CGGCGGUGGCAGUAGCGGCAGCAGACUACUCCGACGCCACCCGUCCGAGUUCGGGUCGCUCAACUGCCUGCACAGGCCCCGCACCCUCAUGGAGGCCCUGCUCAUCGCCAAAAUGGAGAGGGCCUCGCUAAACGGAUGCGGCGGUCACCAGUACGGUUCGCAUCCGUCGCUAGUGCGCACCGAUUCGAUCGGGUCGACCAGCUCGCUGGACUCGCUGUCGUCGUUGAACAGCGACGUGUGCCGUUGCGACGACUGUCUACUGGGCAUCGCCGACUUGUACAUCAACACGUUCGCGUACGAGGGACGCCACAGAAAGGUACGCUCCGUCACGCCACUAAUCUUAACACUCUUACUGUAUGUAGGCCGGAAAUUUCUACGUCCUAAAAACAUUUAAAUUAUCACGACGCGCGUACGUGCAAUAAACAUAGUACGAUAAUGACAAAAAAAAAAAAAAUCACGUUGAAAAUGUCCUAAAAUUACGCACUUAAAAUAUUCUCUAAAAAACACCGAAAUACGCGAAAUAAAAUUGAGUACGCGUCAAUCGUGAUUGGGCGGGAAAUGCGCUUUGGUAUAAAUCAGCUACAUUUUUAAUCAAUACAAAAAUUCAAAACUGUAUAAAUCUCUGCCGUAAUUACGUACCAAACUAUGAAUUACAUUUGGACUCGUAAAUUAUAUGCACUUCCGGAUCUCUGUGGCGAGGUAUCGGAAUACUCCCGACACUACCCGGUGUAAGAGGCGACGUCGGAUCGAUAACCGGUGUAAAAAAAUGUUUGCAAAUGGUUUGGGAAGUUUCAAAUAAAGUCUGGGCGAAUGAUUGUCCCGUCCCGGAUGUAUGCGGGAACAGAAUAAAAAGAAGACGAUGUCUUCGAUAUAGAGUUCAAUGUGGUUCGAUAAAUCGGAGAGAAGCGUUAGGUGUGUUACGUGACGAGAUAAUUGCUACGAGGCUUAAAUGUAAGUUCUACAAAAGCGUGGUGAGACGUAUGGUUUUGAGUGUCGGACAGUAGACAGAAAAAUAGAACAGACACUGAAUCAAUCAGAAACGAGCAUGCUUGGGUGGGUGAGUGGAGCGAUGAAUUCAUACGAGGUAACUGCGGCGUGGUUUCGGUAACUAUUACAAAAACGGAGUGAGAAAGUGUGAGCAUGUCAUCACGAGAAGACAGUAAUCGGUAGUGGUAAGAAUGGAAAUGAAAAUAAACGUGGGAGGAAAAGAGAAAGAGGAAGACCGAAAAAUGAAUGUUUGGAUACGACGGAGCAUAUGGGGUGAGAACGCUGAAGGACAGCCAGAUUAUGCGAGUGGAGAUCGAGUGGAAGUUUCAGACCCCAUGGCCGACCCCAAACGGCUGGCGCGAAAGCGAAGAACGAUAAAGAAGAGAACAAUUGAAUGCUUUAAAAAUCGUUAAAAAAAAAAAAAAAAACCGCAACAUUUCUAAAAUGAAAACGCGGAUCUCCAGCGGUAUACAACCGUAGUAUCGUUCUAUUUGUUAUACGUGCUCAUAUCUGUCGUUUUCAUUUGUUAUAGUAAAAUCAGAUAAAAAGAGAAAAAGGUAAAUAUACAAAACGUAUGUGAAAAACACGGUGCGCGGCACGGGGGAACGGUGAGAAAUUCGCAGUUAGAAAAAUGGUCGGGGCGGGAGACUUUUUUGCGUUUUGCGUUUUGCGUUUUAUCGUACGGACGUACAUAACAAUAACGCACCCGAAGACACGGGAGACGAACGACGGUUAACGAGUUUGACGCAUCCGCAGCUGACGCGCCUUGUCCGCAAGACGCGCGUGGGCGUGCGUGUUGGGCGUUGCCGCGAGCACUCGGGAAUAAACUCAAACUCGUUCGGUUUGUUUGUUUUUUUUUUUUUUUUUUACGCGAACGAUAUUUUUUCCGACUAGAGAGUCUCUACCGUUUUCAAAUUCGAAUUUCACCAUUUUUUUUUUUUUUUUUCUAAUAAAAUGCUCGGAAAAUAUUUCUACGGUAAAAAAAAAAAAAAAAACACAGGCGGGGGCGAAAUUCUACUCUACGUACCGUAUGGUAACGGGAGUCCCGGGGGAGACGCUCGCCGGCGCGUAUGUUACAACGCGUUCGGAACGACGGGCAGUAUUUCGGCGCGGUGUUGCGGUGAAGGAUGGCGGGCGGGGGCUUUAUAAAGAAAAAAGAAAAAAAAAAAAAGUAAUCAAAAAGAAAAAACGCUACCGGUCGGCCGUUUUACGCGAACGAAAAUAAAUCCGUCCGUCUGGCGCACGCGAAAAGACGGACACCGCGCGGGGUGACGACGCGCGCGCGGGCACACGCGUCGUGUCGAAAGCGAAAUAUUGCGUGCCGGCGCUUGUUCGUCCGUCCGAUUUAUCGAUGCGGAAACAGCGUUCGUCCAACGGGUCGUCGAAAACCGAAAAUUAAUUGAAACAAAUAAAUAAUACGAGCGUGAUUUAUUCGGACCGACGGGCCGCGGUGCGCGUGUCCGUUUCGGUUUAACAACACGCCGACGCGCAUCGAAAGCCGGCAGGUGUGUGUUGUUAAAAAGAAAGAGAAAAAAAACAAACAGAAUUUUUUUUUUUUUUUGGGGGGGAGGGAAAGCUAAUUUUAAAUACGGCGGUGCCGAACGCCCGCCAGUAACCCAUCCCAGCCCGCCCGCCACCCUUAUUCGAAAACAUUGUCGGCAUUGUCGGAUUCCGUCUUGUCGAAUGCGAGACCGUAUUCGUUCUUUGUCACAUUUCGAUUUGACUAUGCGAUAUUUUUUGUCAUAAUUUGUGUUUUUUUUUUUUUUUCGGCCUACUAUCUUGUAAUAAAUCACGGCCCUGACGGUCCCGAAAAACCCUCGACCCGUGACAAACCUAACCGAACACGAGUUCAGCGCGUAAUUUUCUCAAACGUUUAACGCUCGGUACGCUGCUGCCGGUGAGCGCGGAACGUGUCAAUUUAUCCGCCGAAACGUUUGUGAGAGACGACGGCACAUUCGGUUUUCCGUCGCGCACCGAUACCGCCCGAGUCGUUUGUCGGGGUACGUUUUCGCGUCGUAAAAAACGGUUCUUUUGUCGCGGACAUAAUGCCAUGAUGAGGCUUGUUUCGUAGCCACCGGUCGCAUUGAACCGUAUUCGUUGGAUGACCGGAUUAUUAGGCAUCAUCAUUCUCGGAUUCGUGCGAAUUCGCGCAUCUGCUUGCCGGUGGAAUACGUACGCGUACCGUAUGCGAAAAUAUUCGUCCCCGCGGAUGAUAAAUUGUCGUACGGUCGGGUCGACGUUACUAUGUCCGUGCGUAUCCGUCCGGCCCGGUCUUUUCUGCGGUCCAAUAACCGCGUGACAAACGAACGGCGUUCGUAUAUUGCCGUGCUCGUCGAUCACUCCGCCAACGAUCCGACGACGGCGACUGGGGAGAGAAAAAAAAAAAAAAUGUCCCGACGGGAAAAAACGGUUUCCGACGUCGAAUCAUCUCGAUAAAAUCAACCGAAAUAUUAUUUAUCAUUUUUUCAUGUUGUUUCCCGGUUUUGGUCGACCGGAACGACGCCCCUGACCGCCGAUCGACAGGCAACCCAUCGUGCGUCAGCGGUUGUUACGGAGCGAACAUCACUGUGAACGGCGGCUUACGUCUUGUUCAGCGGCGCGAAAUCGAAAUCGGUCGGCAUUAAAAGAUUCGAUCGCGCAACGUGUCGACCGCGCUUUUCGUUGGGACACCGAUUAACGCGAUUUCGGCCCCGGGGAACGAGACGGUUUUCAAUGUUAUUUAUUUAUUUUUUCUCCUCCAUACCGUUUUCUCGCGAAAUUUUUCGCCAUAAUUUUCGAAUAGUUCAAUACUUUAAAAACAUUUUGUCAUUUAUUUAUUGAAUAUAUAUAAUUUUUUUCUUUUAUUUAUCCUCGGGAACAGAGAAAUUUAAAUGCGUGUUGUAAUUUAGUGGAUUUCAGGUUUCUGACUUGUGUUUCCCCCCUCCCCCACAAUAAAACACGUUUUUCUUGGUUUUUUAUUGGCUUUUUCUAGACGCGGUAAAUUCUUGGACCAUUAUAGCGAUUUUUAAACCAACUAUUUGCAUUUGACAUUUUCGAGGAUUUAACGUGGCUUUUAUUUCGCGGGUAUUUUUUGGACUUCUAUUCUGACGGUUUUAUAAGACAUGUCCGAAGAUUUAAUGAAAAAAAAAAAAAAAAUGUUCGAAAUGUAGAGAAACCGUAAAUUUUUUUUUCACUUUGACGGCGUUCGGAAUAGUAAUAAAUUGUAAAGUGAUUUUCGUUGAAUCCGAUCCGUGUGAGUUUCGGAUGUUUUUCGCCGAUCGAAAACGCGUUUUUUUUUUUAUAUGUUCGACGUACGGGUGAAGUGAAACCGAGAGGUUCCACUCUCGGUAUCUAAAAGAAAAUGAAUUUCGAAAAAAACGGAACAAAUAAUACUGGUCGGGAAGAGGGAGGGGGUUGGGAGGGGAGACGGAUCGUUUGGCGCUUCGACCUGUCGACCGUCCGACGUCCUGAAAGCCGGUUUCAACUCUUCGGAUACUGAGCGCGUUGUGUUGCCUACACCAUACCCCUUUGUUCGGCACGUUUUUACAAUAUUCUUAUUGUUUUUUAACGCGAAGACGUGUCGAAAUUCGGAGGCGUUAUCGGCGGCCGCAGAUAUUAUUCUUUUUUUUUUUUUUUUUUUUUUUUUUUUUAAUUUUAUUCAUGCGAUUCACAAUACGUAACUGAAAUAAUGCGCGACCGCGCGUUUUCGUUGCCGCUCGUGCGAAAAAAUAUUGCUGGAGGGGAGUGGGGAAAGAACCGUUGAAAUUCCGCCCGAAUGUACGCGCGGCGGUCAACAACAACGACAGCAAUAAUAAUAUAGUAAUAAAAAACAAAAAAAAAAAAAAAUAAAUAAACAGACGUCCGCCACGGCGAGUAGUGUCGGCGGGUUUUUUUUUUAUUUACAUGCUCGUAUAUUAGUAUUAUUAUUAUUUUUUUUUUUCUAUUGAGAUUCGGAUCGCCGAAACUACCUGUAUUGUAGCGUUACAGGUCCCAUAACGUUAUUACACGCGAGUCAUAAAUAAAAACGAUAAACGGGUCGUUUGUUUGUGCCGGUAUUUAUACGAAAUUUUUUUCGCGUGCCGCGGUUUAAAACUACACCCGUAAUAAUAUAUUGUGCGCCGGUAAUAACGUACAGAGUUGUAUCUGCGGGGUUUGAAAAUUGCCCGACUUGCAGAAAACGACCGAACGCUAGCCUCGAAUACACUCCGUAUUACAUGUAACAUAAUAUAAACGACAAUUAAUUGUACACUUGUGUUUUUUUUUUUUAAAUUUUUUUUUUGUUCCUGUAAAUCAAAAACGUCUCCGACGAAACCUUUGUCGAAACAACGGCCGUCGAAAAAAACACGCCUUGUCGACGUUCCGCGGGUCCGAAAAGUAAAAUCGGGUUAUGCGAAAAAAAUUCCGGCGGCCGGUCGGCCAGAGCGCUCGGGUUCGCGCUCGAUGAAAAAUCGUCGUCGUCCCGGAAAAUAAUCCAGUUGUUAUUAUUACAAAUCGGAUAAAAAAAAAAAAAAAAAAAAAAAAAACUGUUUUCCUAGACAUUCGUUUUUAAUACGCAUAACGGACACGCGGAACACAACGCGAUGAUGGCCGGACGGGAACCCUUUAAAUGGACGUGAAAUAACUAUAGUCGGUCGGUCGGUCGGUCGCGCCGGUCGGUCGGUCGCGCCGGUCGGUCGGUCGGUCGUUCGCGCCGGUCGGUCGGUCGGUCGGUCGCGCCGGAGUGCCGGCAGACGGGACCGUAUUAUUAUCAGUCAACCGCGGCGGCGUUGCGGCGCGAGCAACGAGGCCGGUUUAAACGCCGCGCGCCUACCGACCGCAAAUGUCGCGGACCCGCGCAAUCGCGUAACAAGUGAGGUCGAAGGAUGCCGGGAUUACAGGAUUGAGCGUGCGCCGGUUAGUUAAUCGUUGAUCGUGGCCGGGCGCGCGCAGAAUAUGAUAUUAUUAUCGUCGGUGCCCGUAUAUACAGCUGCGCGCGCUUUUGCGUAAAAGCCUUUAAACUAUACGCGCGCACUUUUGCGCUCGAAAACCCCAGAGCGUACGUUGAAAAUUGGCCGUACGUUUAUUUCCCCCCCCCUUUUCUUCCGCAAUACUCAAUACGUUGUUACGCCGAGACGACGGCCGCGAUAAGGGAAAACGACGAAUUGCCCGUUUGAUUUAAUUAUCGUGUGCGACGCGCCGCGACCGAACAAAUAAAACAAAAAAAAAAAAAAAACUAUUCGUCCUCGCGUGACCGUUACUUCGGCUCUCCGCGUAUAAACGUGUAAACGAUAUGUGUGUUAUAGAUUCGAUUGAGCGCCGUCGCGUUAGCAAUAACGAAACGGUCGUCGGCGAUCGAUGACCGCGGACGUCGUUCCGGUAAUAUGUCAUUUUUUUAAGAAAUUUCGCAACCCCCCCCCUAGGAAAACAAUAAAUACACUCGGGUACGCGGCCAGUAGAGUUACGGACUCGGUCCUUUGUCGUCGCGUGAAAAACGGCUUUUUACGGCCAACAACGAGUGCGCAAACGUUUUAUGGCCCGUCCACCGCCCCGGUUAUUUCGGUUAUUCACGCGCUCGCAUUUGUCGAAACUAGGAGAGACACAUUUGAACUGUCGAGCCGUUGCGGCCGCGCGAAAAUCGACAUCGUUACAACGCGUUUUGGUGUUUCACGACGCGCUACUUUGUACGUAUAAUAAUAUUUCGCGUGCGCGCGGCAACAGAUAUUCGGUUGUUUUAUUUUUUUUUUUUUUUUGAAAAUAAUAUCGCCGAAUAAUUGAUCACCGCGAAAGAGCGCUUUUUGUCGCGUCACCGGGAAUAAGUGCAAUUUCGGAGAAUCGAUUAUCGCGUCCCGCUAUUAGUAAUAAUUACGCUAUGUUUAUAUAAAAAUCAAUAUCCAAUGAUAUUUUCAUUUUUGAUUUUUUUUUUCCUUUUUAUCCGGGACCGUGUCGGCGAAACGUUUUCGAUUCGCUUUUAGACUGUACUGCGACGUGACCGCGGAUAUAGAGCCCGGCACACACCGAGGCGACGCAUAAAACGACUUUUCAGGUCGAAGUGUGUCGGCACGACAAAAGUAACACGUUUCGCUUUCAAUCGAAACACGAAACGAAUUGUCGAUGAAACGUUUAGUUACUUCUGGAAAUGUACCGGACGUUUCGUCGUGUCAACAUAUUUCGAUUUAAAAAGUCGUUACGUGUUGUCUCGGUGUGGACCGGGCUUGACGCGUCGCGACGAUGGACGUUGCGGGCCAAUCGAUCCGCGUAAUACCAAAUUUACCGUUUCGGUUUAGCGCUGUCGUAGCAUCGGUACAGAUUUGCAUUGCGGGCGGAUCAUAGUAUAUUACGAGUAGUUUGGUUUGGAAAACCGUCGUGAUAGAAAAAAAACAAAAAAACAAACGAAAUUCCGAAUUAAGCCGUUAUAUUGUUCAGCAGUAACGGAGAAACCGAAUCGACUGGGAAAAAUAAAAACCUACAAAUAACCGCCGCCGCCGCCGCCCAACCCGAACGACGCGUCGACCGCAGAAAAGACGCGACACCGAUCGUCGUACAUUCGGAACAAUAUAUCCGGUAGAAGUGUAGAACAGAUUUGGCGAACGGCGUUGAACAGCGAUAAAAAAACAAAACGAAAGAAAAGAAAAAAAAAAACACGCACGCAUCACGGUAAAACCGACCCGUUCCUCGCUGUGUUUAGUUACUCUACGCCGGUGACACGUCCGCAAUUCGCGUGCGAUUAUCGGUCAUUUCGAUGUAAAUCGGAUAGCGUGACGUCACGGGUGCUGUACUUUUGAUAAAUGCCGUUUUGUUGACGGUUAUCGCGUUCGGUUAGGGAGUUCGGCGGAUGAAGUUCUAGAAGGGACAUUUGCCCCGCGCGCACACCCCCACCCCCCACCCCUCCUCUAGAUUAUACCCGGAUCAAACGCGGAAUUUCUGGACGCUCCGUAUUUUCGCGUCGGUUUUCAGACGAUCAACUCGUCAAACCCGGUACGACACUCGUGCGCGGCGAACCCGACGUGUGCGGUGCAGUGUCGCGUCCGAAAUGACGGAGAAUAGCGGUGCGGUGUGGCCGCGCGUGAAGAUCAAAAAAAAAAAAAUAAAAAAUUGUUCCCGACAGUUUCGGGCGUGACGUUUAGAAACACCGUUGUCGUAUCGCGACGUUCGUACGAUUCCGGGGAUGCGUUGAGUUUUUAACGGCCGUCGUGGUAUCCGCUCCGGGAAAACCGCCGGACGAGUAGCGAAUCGCCCCGCCGCGUAUUGUGUCCGCGGUUGUUACAAUCGGUCGACGCGCGGUCCGUCCCGUAUUUCGAUUGUUGAUAAUAUUCGCCCGUCUCGGCUAUACGCGUCGUCGUCGUCGGUUUUUUUUUUUUUUUUUUUUUUUUUUGUUCCUUUACAAUAAUAUUAUUAUACCGCACCUCGGGUCGACUUUCUCCUCUAUUUUCGAAUCUAGUUUACCCCCCACCAUCUCCGCCGCCGCCGCCGCCGUCGCUUUUACGCCGAGUGUCUAUCUACUAUCAUCGCCAAUAUUACCACUACUACUACUACUACUACUACUACUACUCCUACUACUAUUACUACUACUACUCCUACUACUACUACUACUACUACUAUUACUACUACUAUUACUACUACUGUUUACUACGGCUACUAUUUUUUACCGUGUUUAAUAAUAGAUAGACCGUGCCCUGUUAUAGAGAUGACGGUUCUAAAUAAUUAUCGAUUUGUAAUCGGAGCGAAAUGAGAGUUGAAAAAGAUUUUCGAAAUGGGAGGGAGGUGGUGGAGGUUAAACCCACCUAACGCAUUACUAAGUAGUCUAUCGGUUUGCGGAGUGAUCCUCGGUCAACUGUCACACCCGGCAAAAAAUGACAAACUGGAACGAUACACGGAAGAAAAGUAAAUUGCUCGCUCUGUUUAGGACAUUCUAAAUUCCCGAUCGAUUCCUGUUGACCCGCGUUGACGAGAUAUUUCACUUUUAAGUUUGGGUAGGGGAGAGUCGCGGAACAUCAUUUGUACGGCGUUACGAAGUGAGGUGUUUGAAUAAUCACUGCCUUUCCCUUGUUUAAACAUAAAAGCGGAAUAACUCAACGGACAGCGGGAACACAAAUCUUCAACGCCGAAAUGUAUUUUAAUUAAUACUCCGUAUAUUUCUUCUUCUUCUCGACCUUUUACGGUCCAUGAAGGGUUUUUAAUGCCUCUACUACAUUCUUCCAUUUGAUUCUAUCCAUGCUGUCCGCUAUUGAAACUCCCCGAGUGCACCUAUUUAUCACCAUAACCUGCCUAUCCAGUAUUAUCUAGAACGAAAAUUCCGUUGGCCCUCCAGACGAGAUUCCAGUCCAUUCAACUUGUUUACUCUUGAGAUAAACAUUGUUACUGGGUUUCUGGUAUAUUUAUGAUAUACGUAUCUGGUAUAUGUACGAGUAAAGGUUGUCAUUUUGAAGAUCACAAUUAUAAGUUUGACAAAAAAAAUUUACGUUAUUGUAAUAUUUUAGAACUGCUUGUUUCGUAAAUAAAAAAAUAUUAAAAAAAAACUCGAAAAAAAUUAGUACUUUCCGAGAUUAAUGAGUGCCUUAUCGAGGAUUGAUCGUCCUGUCUCUCUCUCUGUCUUGUUAAUUUAUUAUUCCCAUAACCCCCUCACAUGAAUAAUAAUUAUCGUUAUCUCUGGAUCCGUCGAACCAUUUUGGGUUCUUACUGGCGAUUCGGCGCCCGUGGUCCGCGUAUCGUAUAAUGUUCGCGUUGGCUUCGAAGUCGCAGAUCCGUUUAAUAACGAAGACACGGAGGCCCGCGGCUAGACGAUAUUUGUCUGCGGCAACACGAGUUCGACGAACCCAAUAUAAUUAUUAUAUUACAAUAAUAUUACCGUCAAAAUUAUGCACACGGUUGUUUGUGCGGGAUUAUUUAAUUUAAAAAAAAAUCAAAAAUACAAACAAGCCGUAGGUACGGGUGGGCCGCUGUUCGAAAGGCGUGCAGGGAGAACGUGAUUUAGUUUAAACUAUAGAGUUUAGAUAUCAUUGUCGUAGCUCAAUAAAACAUAACGAAAAAAUAAAAAAAUAAUGCCGUUAGUUUCAAUAUUAGAGCGAACUAACCUAUUAUUGGUGGCGGAUCCAGGAUAAAAUAACGGGGGAGAGGCCAAUUUUAAAAAUGCAUAUAAAGCACGCAUUUAUGACUAGCUCAAUGACUUUUGCGUGUUAAGAGUAUAAUAGCCCCUAUCGCCGUCCCUGGAUCCGCCGCCGAUCAGACUCAGAGAUAAGAAUAUUAUCUGUGUCGGAUCGUCGUUUUUAGUUUUCGUCGACUAGAUCGAAUUAGAUUAAAAUAGAUUACUAUAUUUAUAAUAGACACCGUAGUGAGUAAAAAUUAAAACCAAUGAAAUCGAAAUGUGUGUGUGUGGGAAUCUAGAAAAUAAAAAUGUCGCAAACGUUUAAGAGUUACUGCUCCACGCGUGUCAUGUAUUUCGUCCGGAUUGUAUUUGUAUCGUCGGUUUCCAUCGGAUUAAAAGACUGUAGUAUAGAAAUGUCUCGAAAAACUCCGUGCGAAAAAUCCGCGUAUUUUCCAUGGUUUCGGAAGAUUUUUACUGACUUUCACGGACGUAAAUGAUUCAAAAUUUAAAAUAAAAACAUGCGCGGAUUCUUGAAAAAAAAAUCCCGUUCGAUCUGCUCAGAAAUCGUAAAAUACGCAUUUUAGCGAUUGUUUGUUCUCGCAAAACACUAAUCCCGAUUUGAAAACAGAUUAAUAUAAAUGUUUGUUUUUUUUUUUUUUUUGUUCUAGGUAAGCAGAAAUAUAAAAAUAGAUUUUUUACUGUCGAAACGGACGGGGAGGAAAAUUUGAACGACGCAUAAUGCCGUCGAAUCGGUGAGUUUUAAAACAUAAAUAUAAGCUUUGUAUACAAAAUAACUCGAGAAAAGAAUUUGUAAAAAUAAAAAAAAUCUUUUUAGUAAAAUACCAGGUUUCCCGUAGUCGCCCCGAUUAUAUCUCGACAAAACUGACGGAUCAAAAUUUUUAAAUUUUAAAAUCUAUAUACGAAUAUGCGGGGGCGCUUACACUACAAUUUCACGAACAAUGGUACCUUAGUGAAUUUUAUUUGUUUUUCUUAUUUGUCGAUUUUUUCGUCGGUUCCCAUGCGAUUACUGCGUUAUUUACGAUUUAUGAUUUUUCUCUUGAUAUUUUUAGAAUCUGAGUGGAACGAUAAAUGCAUUGGUUUUACAAUGAUGUUUAUUUUAUUUUAUUUUUUGGUUUUUUUAUGUGAACGCUUUUUCUACUCAGUAUACUCCGAUUAUCAAGUAUAGCACCUUUUCUGAAAGGAAAUGUUCUCUGGGUGGUACUUUAUACAGGUCAUUUUUUUCAGAUUCUCAUUAAUAUUCGAGAUAGUGAGGAAAACGUCGGUCUUUAGGUUAAACAAGAUCGAAAGAUUAAAAAUAUGGUUGUCAUUGACAACCGUUUUUGUUUAUUUUUUAUUAUUAUUUAAAUCUUUUUUAAACAGUCAUUGCUGUCAUGAAAACGCAUAUUGUUGUAUCCAUUUUACCAUAAUAUGACAAAUACCAUUUAUCGUAUUGUGGACAAAGUAACAUUAUCAACGGAACUCAGUUCAAAAUCGAUUUUUCGUUAGCAAUGGUUUAUCGUUGCUUACAGAUACAUUAAAUUCCCUUCUGUAUCCUACCUUCCCAACUUCCCACAUUCAACAGUGACUGCACCCACGUAAGAAGUAUGUCCAUCCUUGUUCAAUUUUUUUUUUUUACACCGUCAAUUCAAAUUGGACCUGUGCGUACCAUGUUAUGAAUUCCGCGUUACGAUUGUCUUUAUAGAUUAUCUUUCGUACUACGUAAUUUAAUGUUUUAUAAUUAUGACUUAACAACUGGGUAAUAAAUUGUUCGGGUACGAAAAAUUCCGUAACGGUUCGGUAACGACGAUUACAACACGUGACGGAAAAACGUUUCGGCAAGAAGCGUUCGGGUCGUGUCGAAAUCGUUACCCGUUUAUUCUGUAGCGUCCGAAAAACGUAGCGGAGGUAACGGAUUUUUAACGCGGUUAGCGACACUUCUGAUAAAAACGGUUUGUGGAACCGAAUUAAGAAAAUCGGCUACUAAAGUAUACAUUGUAAACGUCUAUGCACACAAUAUAAAACCAACGCUCAUAGUUGGUUUUUAAAAACCGUUAAGAUUAAAACAAAUUUAAUAUUUUCACAUUUCAAUCAGUUUUACUAAAAAUAUGGAUAGUUUUUAGAAUAUUUUGUUAUUUUUGUUCCACCUAAGCAUAAGCACGUUUAAAGUUUGCCAUAAUUGAUAUUUAUUCGUAUCGUAAGAUAAAUUUUCGAUAAUAACAAUGGAAAAUAUUGUAUUGUCUGAGCAAUUAUUAUCACGAUCCAAAACCCACGGUUAGAUUAUGUUAGGUUAGAUUUUUAUAAUUUUUAGUAAGUAAAAUUUUUACACGUGCAAAACAGUUAUUUUUAAUUUCCCGAAAUUUUUUUUUUUUAGAUUUCAUAAAUAAACGAUUCAAGCACAAUAAUAAUUGAUAAAACAAAAAAAACCGGUGUUGAGCGACCUAACUAAUAACGUAAUUAAAAACUCAUUAAAAACAAAAACUAACCCGAAAGCGGCUAAUUUUGUUCAAAGACCGUUCGUAAAACCAAAACCGAAUAUUUCAAAAACCGGUUUUGAAAAUCAAAACCGAGACCGAUAAAUUUCACAAACCUAUUUGAAAAUCGAAACCGUUAAAAUUGAUAACGGUUUCGAGUCUUGUACUUGAAUCGUCUAUUAGGUAAUAUAUUAUAUCUUAAAACUUGCAUGGUAUCCGAAUAACUAAAAAUCGUAUUCAAUCUUUAUCUCGGAUAAAUCGUUUGUCAUUGUGUAACUUUAUCCGGUAUCUGAAUAAACAUUUCGGUUAUUGCCUCGCGUCAAAAAUUCGUUAGCGAUGAUCGAUAAACCCCCCCGUUUAUCGAAAAAAAUCAUUUAAAUAGACGCCCCCCGUCUAUUUAAAUGAUUUUUUUUUUCCGGUUUUUUUUUUUUCAACCCACUAAAAUAAUAAUUCCGUCGUAACAACGGUUUUCGAAAAUCAUUUUGGAAAUUGGAUUAUCGCCAACGCGAAACACAUAUUGUUGUAAUAUUAUCAUCACCGUCGUCGUCGUCGAUGAUAAUUUAAUCUCCGUUUACAACGAAUUACGAACUAAAACGGAUUAUCGGCAAUGUACAAGUAGGACAAUAUUUCCGGCGAAGCCGUAGUUACGAAUUAUCACGGGAGGGGGGGGGGGCGAAAAAUAAAAAUUAUCGGUAUUAUUAUUAUUAUUAUUAUCAUCGUUAUUUUAUAAACGCAAAAAUAUUGUAUAGCUUUUUUAGAUUCCGAUUGCGAAUCAGUUUUUUUUUUUAUUGCAACGAUAAAUGUAUAACCUAAAGGUUCCCGAAUUUCCAAUAAUAAAAACGUCACUUGAUCGUACGGGCGAUUGUUAAGAGAGUUUCCCGUGUCCCGAUGGACACGCGGCAAAGUCCGUCGGAUCGACCAGUAUAAAGAGUAAGAGUUCAUACUGACCGCGUGUCCACUAGAAAAACGAAAAUAAAUUAUCGCAUACUGUGUAACAAAAUAACACAUUUCCUAAUGGGAAAUACUCACGCUGGGUCGGUAUGGUAAUCUAAUUUAUAUUGCCCAGGCGAAAAAUUCGCCCGGAGAUUCGUGCGAUGGUUCGGUGUAUCGUGCAAAUAAAUCAUGAUUCGAGAAAUCCGAGGGUUUAAACCGGAGGACGGGAAAUAAUCACCAGAGUCAACAAACAUUCGAGCGCAUAACGUUUAAAACCCUUCGAAACUCUAUGCUGCAAUAACAAUGUUAAAGAUCGAAUAUUAUUUUAGUAAAGUGUAUCGACAGUUGUGUGUACAAAGACAAAAAAACCAAACGAAACUGCAAUAACAAUGUUUACGAUUAAAUAUUACUUUUGUCAAGUUAUAAUAGCAAUAACAAUGGUAAACUUUAUCGCGACAAAACAUAACAGUACAGUAACUGUAUAAUAUAUGAAUUAACAAUCGUAUACAAUGCUGCGGCGCCCACUAAAAGCAUAGCUCAUUGUGCCGUGGGAACGAGUUCUUGACAAUUUUUUAAGAGUGCGCCAAAAACAAUCAGUCGUUCAUAAUAGUGCUAUACGCACAGUAAGAAGGCAAUUUAUUUUAUUUUAUUAAAAACGUUAAACCUCCUUACGAAUCCACUGUUUUCGAUAAAUCUAAGUGCCUGUUUCAAAUAUGUUUUAAAACAUUUUAAAUUUUAACAAAUCGAUCAAUACUAUACAGAACGCUUUUUUGUCUAAACAAUAGACGUAUGUUAACAUUUUGCUUACGUCCAGUUGUUAUGUCGACGGUCCGAUACGGGCAAUAUGUUUACAUAAAUCUACUAGUACUAAAUAGAUUAUAAACAGUCUUAACAAUUUCAACAUGAGGUUUUAUUUUUUAAUAAAAAAAUAGCGCCAGUUUGUUUAGAAAGAUUUAGUGUGAUAUAUUAAUCAGUAACAUAAUUUAUUGUUACAUUCAGCAUAGAAAUAAUGUUGUUAACAGUUUAUUCGUUAACAAUUGGUCGAACUAAAACUAAAUAAAUAACUCUUCUAUAAGAUCUGUGUCUAAUACAUGCCUGGCUUCCUUAAAUAUACAGAACAAUUUACGUAAAUAUGUGUACUAACUAAUCGUGUGUAUUAAUAGUAGUGUAAAAAAAAAAGAAAAAAAAUGGAAAGACAAACGUAUGUCAGACCGGACCGUACAAUAAAAAACGAAUGUAAUAAUAAUAAUAAACGUGAACCGUAUUUCGAUAUUUUAGGAUGAUCUUAUUCCUCCUCCUACGGGGCGCACGCGAUUCCCCUAGGAAAUUCCUACCUUCUUACCGGAGGUGGUGGGGUUGUAAACGCGUCCCGCGAAUAUCGUCCCGGUUGGUGAGGGGGUGGAGGUGGGGUAGGGGUGUAAGAUCCGGUCUCGCCUAUAACCGCCCGCGAUUUCUCGGAGCGGUUUUAUGUUCGGAUAAAAAAAAAAAAAAAAAACACUUAACAGAUUCGCGAGUGCCAUCGUCGAAACCGUGGUGUUAUCGGUGUCGCGCACCCGUGGCGAACAAUUCGAAAAGCCGAUCAGAGGUUUCCCGUCGGCGUGUGUGCGUACGCGAGUUUGUUUCAAGCGGGGAACGUUAAUGCGCGGCCGGGUGUUCGCCGGGAGUCGCGGUCCGUUCGCGACGGACGGCCGAACGUCCGCGACGUUCGUUACGACGUCGUACCGUCGCUGUUCGCGAACACCGUCGGCCGGCGGUGUGCGCGGCGACGGCGCUGUUUUACGGGACGACCUGCAAUUGUGCGUCGCGUUAUUGUUUUGCUGUCCGCGCGCGUCACAAUUUACGGCCCGGCAAUAAAUGUCAACACGGCGCGUCGUCGCCCGGCCGGGUCGUAACGGCCGGGCGGGCGCCUACGAUACGGCCGCGACGAUAAUAACAACGAGCGUUAAUAACGCGGUGGCGCGAGCGCGCGCGUACACGGUCGAAACGACCGCGUAACGGGAAGCGUAUUAACGAGAGAGAGAGAGAGAGAGAGAGAGAGAGAAAAAACACUAAUAAUCGACGAAAAAAAAAAAAAAAAAAAAAAAAAAUUAACAACGAUGUUAUAACGUCAGUUAUCGCGUACGGGCCGAUACGCGCCGGUAUAAUUGAUACGGGCACUCGUACCGCGACGUAUUGUGCGCGGGUUACCGUGCGAUAACGCGGGCGACACCGGCUGCAGCGUACCGGUUUACGCGCGUCACGUACACAACAGACCGGCGCGCGCGCACGUAUAUAAUAACAAUAAAUAAUCUAUACGGUGUACGCACGGUCGGCGCGACGCGGUUAUCGGUAUCGUUUGGCUGUUGCCCGAGAAACGGGCGCGCGCGCGUAAUUUUUUUCGUUCGUUCGUCCGUUUUUUCUUUCUACUAAACGCCGAAACGCGUACAAAAAUAUCGAGCGCUCGUACCCGGCGGACGACGGAUAAGACGCGAUAAGAUAUAAUACGGGGCGGGUUGUCCGUUUCACGUUUUGUCGGCGUUUCACGGGUGGACGGGUGCGGUUGCGCGCGGAGUGUCGUGCGGCUAGGCGUUCCGUCCGUCCGUAUAAAAUGACGGAUCGCCUCGGUUUUAACCCCCCCCCUCCCAUCAGCUCCGGGGACAUCGCGCCGCUCGCGGACCGUCCGUUUCGCUGUCGCCGCGCGGCGCCCGAUUUUUCUCCGCUCGCCGGCGUCGCGAAACGUUUUCUGAAAAUCCGACGGCGCCCCACCGCCCCGGUGUACAGUGUUUGUCUGUUUUUUUUUCUCGGCCGGCCGUACGACCGAAGGUUUCGCACACGCGCGCGGGCGAAUUUGAGUAAUCGAUAGCGCCGGGGGUCCGGAAAAAAUGCGUACGCUUUUAAAACGCGUUUUCGAUACGAAAGUCGUAAUUUAUUGAUGCAACGAUAAUGUACUAAAAAUCAUAUUUUCCGAGUAUCCGCGCGGAUGUAGGUACGGGCUCCAGUCCCCAUAACGUCCCCAACCCUCUUAUCCGCCUUUGUACGCGUAUAUUAUAUUAUAUUUAAAAAAAAAAAAAAUAAUAAAAAAAAUGUUAUAAAUAAAUUCGAGCCGGUAGGGAAAUACAAAAGUACUAUUUUUAGAUAUAAUAAUAAAAAACCGAGAUAAAGCUACACGGGUAUCCGCGGUUUUGUCGUUGACCAGUGGUACAACGCGAUCGUUUUAUAAUAGUCCUGCAUAUUAAAAAGAACGAGUAUAGGUACCUGCAGUGUGAAAAUCAAAAUAUAUUUUGCAUCAUAAUCUGUGCCACUACACGUACACAAAACGGUAUUAAAAAGUUGGUGAUGUUUUUUUUUUUUUUUUCAAAAAUGUGUAUUUGUCCACGUUGGUCUGUUUCGAAAAAGUCUAAGCGAAUCCGACGAGGUUUUCCAUCGAUAAUAUUAUUUACUGCGCAAAUCGUAAGUAUAAUCGAAACACUUAGAUUUUUUUUUUUUAUAUAACAAAAACAAACGCGUCAUAAGAAUUUUAAAUCAGAUUAAAGCGGUUUUUUUUUUUUUUUUUUUUUUAACCGCUUAAUCCAAUUUUUUUUUAAACAUUUUAAUUUGUAAUUAACCAACUGUAUAAUAUUCUUAGCGCUGUGUUUUCAACGAUACAAUGACGCACUGACGCACUAUAUCACGGUCAUAAAAAUGCGUCAUUACCACAAUAUAGCGGUGAGGCGAAAACAAAAUGCUCAACCAUAAGUAUACAUACAUGGAGGGGAGGAUAGGCACUUUUUUCGGCAAACUCAUUAUAUUUUUCCGUUAGAUUUUAACAAUCUUUAAUGGAGUUUUAAAUGCAAGCAAAAAAGCAAUAGAAACACUUUGUUCGUCGUCUUUUUUUUUUGUUUUUUUAAUCGAUACAUCGUUAUACCUUAUACCGCAAUAGGGACGUUAACGCACAUUAUAUUAUGCAUAUAGGAUGCUUUUAAACACAAAAUCCUUAUACGAAGUAAAGUUGAGUGGAACAAAAAAAAAAGAAAGUCAAAGAUGAACAAAAAUAUAAGGAGAACUAAGUGGAAUUAUUUCAUUAUUGUACAUGUCAUACCUUUACAAUUUCAAAUAGUUAUUGAUUAUAAUCAGUGACAAUUUUUAAGGCGGGGGCAACGUGCACGGCGUUUACCGCCCUCUUCUCUUGGCCUUUUUUUUUUAUUUUACUUUUAAAAUUGUUACUCGAACACUACUAUAGGUAUACACGAGCGGAGGGUGUGUCCAGCGGUACGUAUGCAUACGUAUUCGAACGUAAACGACAAUACGAGUGUACAAAACCAAACAAACACUUCGUUUCGGAAACAACUCCCCCUCCCCUCUCCUCUGCGUCCUAAAUUAGUUUUCGGUUACGGUGUCGCGAAACGCUUACGAUAAUACCCGCAGUUGGACCUCGCGCCCUUUUAUUUGAUAAACUUCGAAUCCGCCGCGGCCUCUACAACGACCGCGAGAUUGCGAAAUUAAACCGCCGUGGACGUAAGUAUUAAUAUUUCGGUUUGCGCGGACCUUUGACGGGGAGUUUGGACCCGGAACAUAUCGCCACAGCGAAACUCCACUGAUCCGUUAUUGCGUAUGAUACGUUGCGCUAUUUACAGCGGGGUCUGCACAAGACGUUACUGGAAAUUAUCGCGAACGCUCGCGAAUUCUGACCGCGACUUAAUGUUUUAACGAACGGUUUUCGAGUCCCGUCCGACCUAAUCGGAAAACGUAAUAAGCGUACCGCGUUAUUAUGUGCGUGGAAAUUCGACCGUGAAUUCCGCGCGAUUUUGCGACAACGGGAACCGUCGACGGCUGUAAUAUUUAAAACGGCCAAAGUCGCCACGAUAUCAAACGUAUGCAAACACGAAUCUAACGUUUUCAAAUGGGUUUUUUUUAAAACUUGUUCGCGGCGCUCGUAAAUCGCGCGUUCCGUGUCCGGCACGGGUUUCGCGGUCCAUCAACACGAACCUUAAUGCAGUGGCGGAACGAGAUGUUUUACUUUGCGAGCACCUUUAUGGCAGAACGUUAAAACUCGCAUUUUCCGUGGUUCGCAUUAAUACAAAACGGAUUGCUCGUCUCACCAGAGUGACGUACAUAUUAUACGGUCUUAAGUAAUACAACUGCGCGGGUCGACACGACUCGGGGUGAUUGGGUUUUUUUUUUUUUUUUGCUCAUUAUGAAUUUUAAGUUUUUGAAACAUGUGUAUAACGUAUACAUGUGUAUAAAACAGGGAUGACCUUUAUUUUUUCUUGUAUUUUUCGGCCCGGGGCACUGAGUGGGUGGAUAUACUUUGGUUUACUGCGUGGGCAGUGGUAAUUCCUCUGUGCGCCACUACGUCCCACAUACCCUGCCUUAGGUCGCUCGUAUAGCAGACUAGUGUUAACAAUGUUGGAAAAUGACAGCCGAUAUUACUUACAGGGCGUAUUUUAAUAGGACUUAAUCAUUUACACUGUGGACUCGGUAUUUUCACAGAACGAUUUUUCGGACACACCACAAAUCUACAUAAAAAUUCUGAAUUUUCGCGAUUUGUUUUUCAAUUAUUUUUGGGCUUCACCAAACCGCCGAUCGAAAGUUUGGAAACACGAAAUUCCGAUUUGAUAAUAAAUAUUGAUUCGGUAAUUCAGUCUCGAAGAAAUAAUUUUUGCUCAUACUGAGCCGAGUCCGCCCUGGUAUCAUGUUGAAAAAAUAGUUAUCCACAAGCGAUAUGAACCGUGGAAUUCGCAUCAGUCUGUUUGUUUUCGUCGUAUAAUAUUAACGGAAUUCGAAUUAUUUUCGCAGGUUUAGAAUUCGAAUUUCUUUAUUGGUCAUUUUAUAAACUGAAAUAGUUUUAUUAAACACACUUAUAAAUAACCCGACUGCUGUACUCGUAAUCGAAUUGAUGUAACGACGGCGAUAAAAUAUUAUCGUAGUUUAUCUCAAAUCGCCGCUUAAAUUCAAUUGAAUUUUUCGAUUUCAAUCGUACCGCUCGUACCGUUUACCACCAAAAUAAACCUCUGCCGUAGGUAAACAGUCGUUGAAACCGAGCAAAACGUCGUCAAUCUGAAUAUUGGUCCCGUAAAGUACGAGUGUUUGUCGCUCGCCGAUAAAUACAUAUAAAUCAAAUACAAUUGGUUCGAAUUGAUUAUUGUUUACUCUCGGUUAUUCGAACAUUCGGUAAAUCGAAAACCGACCCUGUAAAUCUCCCAAAAACUCCCUUAUCGGAACAGCGGAAACACUAGAGAUAGACUUGCCGAAAGGACGCCGCGGCUUGCUGGAUUUUUUCCGCGAGUCUGCGCCUCCGAAAUUCGGUCUCUAGUUCGCGUUUGGUUUUUGUUACGUGAACGACACAAUGUGUUCGCCACGUUAUUCCAUUGACGGCCGUUGGAAAUGCGAGGAGACGGCGCACGCCGCUGCAGCGAUGAUCACCGGCCCGCCCCUUGAGGCGAUCGGGAGACGAAAACGAAAUUCGCCCAGAGCCCCGCCGAUCGCCCCACGCACACGCGCACACGCACACACGCGCGCGUGCGACGGCGCGAAGGACCACGGGGAGCGCGGCGGUUGCGUUACUACGGCCGACCGCGCGGCACGUCCGGGGCGUACCGAGCGAGCGAGUGCGUGUGUCGGCCGUGUGACGUGUUGCGACGCGCGCGUGUGUGGUGCGUACGUGUGCGCGCGCGAGUAUCGCUCCGUACGCAGACGACGACGGCGACGAGCCGACGAAGACGAACGCGAUGCGGUCUCGCCGACGGACGCCAACGGAAACGCGGUUGUCGACCGCCGGGACGACGACGAACGACACUACGGCGGCGCUCGGUUGAAAAGUCAUUCGUUUUACGCGAUCGGUUGUUGUUUUAAUUUUAUUUCGUUUUUUUUUUUUUUGUCUUUCUCUUUCCGUUCCGUCCGCAGUGUUGUCCGCGAGUGUCGCGAAUAUCCGUCUUGGUCCGUCGGCACCGGUGCCGCGACCCGCACAACCGCGCCGCGUGUGUCGUAUAAUUAUAAUAAAAUUCUGUUACGCGCCGUUUUUCCGCCGGCGCGUGUUCGCGCGAGCCCGCGUCCGUCCGUUUCGCGCGCCGUUACCGCCGUUACGCGCCGGCCGGUCUCGGCCCGCAGCACGUGGCCGCGUGUCGCCGCCCCGAAACCGCACGUUGGCCGCGCGCGUCGCGCGAGCCGGCCCAGUUUCCGCGGUUCCCGUCGUCCGCGAGCGCACGUGUCCCGUCGCCGCGCCGCUCCCGGAGUGCGUACCCGGACCGCGACCCCCUGAGCCAGAGCGCCCGGACGCGAUCGACCGUCAACCAUGUUCGUAUACCUGUGCACCAUGAUUAUAUUAUACGCAUUUGUUUUACCAGUCCGUCGUUACCGUUGUCAUUAACGAUCGAUUGCGUUAUUUGCAUUCGCUGUCUGUCGCGAGAUGAUCCGCGGCACGCAUUCGCCGGACGGUCACGCGCAUCGCCCCGCGUCGUCCGGCGUUUGUGCGCGCGCUCGCGCGUGUGUGUGUGUGUGUGUGUACCGCCAGAAAAUCUGCGCGAUUCGCCUGCCGGCCGAAUAUUUCGGACCCGCAGACUCGGGUCGGCAAGUCGGCCGUGGGGUCUUUUUGUUUUGUCCGGCGCGUGAAAAAUGACAAACCGAUCCUAGCGCGUCCUGUUUGGCGCAUCGGGAACGGUUUUUUUUAAAUUUUUUUUUCUAAUAGCCCGUCGUGCGCCCCGUAGUCGCGGUAUAGUCCACAUCCGGUACACCCAAUAUUCCAAAUUUAUCCGUCCGGUUCGUCGGGUAUCGUCGUCGUCAUACGCGUUUGAAUUUCGAACGUUUUUCAUCGUUUCCAGUUGAGUUGCGGUACGGCCGACGAAAACAAUCGACCCGUAAAACCCGUAACGUCUCGGCGGGCCCGCCCCGCGGCUAUUAUCGCCCGGGCGUCGAUCGCGCGAUUCACGCCGACGUUCGAAAACGUCAAAUACGUUUAUUUUUGUUAUUUUCUUCGGAAUUCACGCGACCGCGCGUUUUCGCCCCGCUAGGACUCGGCCCUGCGUAAUCGUUCGGCGCAAACCGACGAAACCGACUCGACAAACGUACGCGAAAAACGGUUUUCACUUUUCGACCGGACCGCAUUGUGCUGACGACUGCCUUUCGCUGCAACCGAAACGCGUCGCGGUGUCAUUUUCAACUCUCCGAAUGCGAACGUUCCCGCUUUCCGAGAAAUUAACGAAAAACCCGUCGGUUUGCCGUCCGGCAAACGUACGGACGGACAAAAGCCGCGACCACGAUGGUUUACUCAGAUUCCGGAUACGGGUGUGCACGUAUGUAUCGUCGGGCCGCGUGCGAACGUCCCGCGCAAUUCACCCUUUGAGCAUUUACCCGAAACACGUGUCGCGCGUCGUUUGUUCGUUUGUUUUUUUUUUUCCCCCCCAAUAUUUCCGUGUAAAUAUUUUCGAUCCGUUAUUGUAAUCUGAUCACGAGACCGCGUGCGUCACUACAAUACGCACGAUAAUAAUAAUUUUAUUAUUAUGCCGUCCGUGACGACGACGUGCGCAAUUCGUGCGUAAUAAGUAUAACGUCUUUUUCUGGUUUUUUUUUUUUUGUUCGUUUUGACGAUCGAGUAGAUAAGAAAACGGACACGUGCAACAGCCCUCUCCCCCGCCCCCCCCCCAUCCGCCCGCAAAUAAAAUUCGAUUUUCAGAAUUUUUUUUCUCGUCCCGUUUUUUAAUGUGCGAAUUACUACGAUAAAACUCAACGGGUUUUAUUUUUUUGCUAAAUAUAUUAUCGGUGGAGUGGGGGGGACGGCGUUGAAAUGUACGUAAAACUCGACUCGACAGUCCGUCACAUGCCCGUCACUGAAAAUCGUUCAAAUAAAUUUUUAUUUUUUUUUCUUACGCUACUCAUCAAACAUGAAGUCUCACUCGGGAGCUAUUUACUCUUGAGAAUGCACAUUUCUCCAACGUUCAAUACAUCGGUAAAUUCUUGAAACGGCCUUAGCCGAUUGUUUAGACGGACAGCGACUUUAAAACUUUUAAAUAGACAUUCUUCUACAUUACGUCUGUAUAAUUGUAAAUAUGUUCGUCUACAUUUUCGACCGGUUUUCUCUUCGGAUAGAUAUUUCAAACUUUCCCAAACCGUGCAGUCCAAAAACCGCGGAUCAAAUGUUUGGAGCCGACGCGAGGCCACGACGGAGUACUUGUAUAAUAAUUACGAACCGUUUGUCAUUUUGUUAAAAAAAAAAACACGUCAGUUCGAAAAAACCGGCCAACGGGGAAAAAUUGACGAAGCGGUUCUCGGUCUUUUUGGUUUUUCUUCGGUUUUUAUCCGAACAUUUAUUGGAGGAACCGGGGACGCUGCAUUAAACCUCGGGGAGUUUCGGCGAUCUCUCCGGGCUAUCUUCUAAUCGCGCAAAUCGUGAGCCGCCGGCUCCCGUAGCAGCGCGUUCGCGGACACCCGAGGAUCGCAGACGUCACGAGGACGAUCGGACGCCGCCGACGCCUACGACCGCCCACGUCUGAUACGGCGUUUUGUUGCGACAAGCGGCGGUUGUCGACGUAGACGUCUCGACAUAUGUCACUAUGAAAAGUAAAAUCGCACGCGCACACCGAACAAUGUGACGCGAAUUAAUAAAUAAUUAAUACGGGAUUACUUAAUAAUUAAUCCGGAUUAACACACUUGUAUUUUAUAGUAAAUCAGAAUUGAUUCGGCAUUCGCGUAUUUAUAAAUAAUAAUUCCUCUACGACUAUGCAAAUUCGUCGUCGACAGUAAUGUGCUGUAUUCAUAUGAUAGUAUUUUAAAAGGCUUUUAAAAGGAUUAAAACAGUUUUUUUUUUUUUUAAAUCCCGUUGAAAAACAAAAAUAAAUUUAUAAAUGUUCGUUAUAGGCGAAGAACGUUCAUUAUUGUAGACGACAAAAUUACAUAUUAUAAUCCGGUUUUUAUUUUCAAUGUAUUUAUAAUUUUUAUUCUCGCUUUCUAUAGACGAGUGCACGAGUGUGUGCGCCGAACGGAAUAAUUCCGAUUUACAGAUGAUUGUACCGAUCAAUCCGGAUUAAUCGAUUGUCGGAUUGUUUUCGUUCGAUAAAACUUAAGUGACCGUAUAAUUUUUUUUCGUAAAAGCGGUACAAUUAUCACAAACCUAACCGACGGCUGCGGAGUUUAAAAGGUGGGGAGAAUAGCGGCCGAGGAGGGGGGGGAGUUAGCUUAAUGACGAGGAGAACUGUAAUAAUAAUCGCACGAAAACGAUUUUAAAACGAAUAACUACUGACGUAUAACUCAUAGUCACUUAUUCAAUAUACAGACAUUUGUAGUGGACGUUUUAUUACACUUUCGAUAAUACUUCAGUGUUAACGAAUUGAUGAAUUGUGGAAAUUGAGACACGCUCUAAAUUAUACCUGUACGGAUACCGUAGAUUAAAUUGAAUCCAUGCUUGAAAUUAUGAAAUCGGGACAAAUUUAACGAAAAUCAGUACGUUUCACCGCCUAACCUAACCUAACGCCCCGGCUGUACGCUUAGAAAUUUAACGGCAUCAGUGGCGUGCCCGGGUAUUUUCAACGACACGGGACGUAGUCAAUAUAGUAAUCGCGAUUUUUUUUGCAGCUUUUUAUCUAACCCUCGAGAACGACGGGAAUUUUUAAAAACCCGGUCCAAAAUAAUAAUACGGAGCUAAUAAUUCGAGCUAUUCGGCUAAUUCGGUUAAAAAUACGCACAACGGUUUAAUCCGAAGACGGAUUUUUUUUUUUUUUUUUGGGAACCACUCGCAAAAACGUCAUAAUUCACUCGCAAAAACGUCAUAAUUCAUUAUUAUUAUUAUUGUUAUUAUUAUUAUUAUUAUUAUUAUUAUUAUUAUGCGUGGCACUGUGGCGUAUCCGUGUACCUAUUUAAAAUAGAGGCACCUCACUUAUUGCGCAGCCACCUCAUAUUUAUUCGACAACGACUGGCGAAACGCCGGGGAAAUUCGUGUCGGUUGCGUAAUUCGCUUUAAUUGUUUCUUCGUGUUUUUUUUUUUUUAAUACGCAGGACCGUUGUUUUUUAAUAUUUUUUUAACCGUAUAGGUACGCGGUAUAUUAUUUUUUAAAACUAUUUUUAGGUAUACUCGUGUAUUAUAUAUAUAUAUGUAUAAUUUUUUUUUACAAGUAAUGUAUAAGGCAGUAUACACGAUGAGGUCCGCCUACGAGUCCGUCACCGCUAUAUAUAUAUAUAUAUAUAUACGAGUGGGUGGGGUGGGGGAGGGGGAAACGACGAAAUCAUUGUAAACGAUCCGCCGCACGCGGAGGAAACGGGGGUGGGGAGAAACGUAUUAUAUUAGGUAUAUAUUAUAUCGGAACCCGUCUGAUGCGGAUAAUAAUAAUAAUAGUAAUAAUAAUAAUAUUUUUUAUACGCCCACGACUGAGUUCAUCUUCUUCGUCUUCUUGCCCGCACGAAUAUUGACCAAAUCGGUCGGUACAUUAUUCGGUGAACCAUCGAGAAACACAUACAAUAAAAUAUGAUCGCCUAUUGGAAAUCACAAAUCUGAAAACAUUUCCUAUCGAUUUGCUCGUAUUCCGCAGUAUCAAAUUGCCCCGAAUAGUAAAUAGCGCUGAAACGGGCACGUCAAUACGAUUUCAUCGUUAAUGUGUUUUCAAAGGCGGCGGUUAGUUUCGCGUCUAAUGCGCAUUAAUGUUAUGCUAUCCAUUCGGGUUACACAAAAAAACGCCUCGUCUUUUAUUUAUUCGGCCCGGGAUCACUCCCCCGCAGUCGCACGGGUUCUAGUUUUUUUUUUCCCCUCGAUUUUCAUUGCCGGACGAGUUUCGGCGAGUUCAGCUCCGCAGCCGUAAAUUCCGAUCGAUGCACGCGUAUUUUAAGACAUUUCUACCGAGUGGCAUUGGUCUAGUGUCUGUGUAGUGUUUAACCGACGUCUGUAAACUACAGUCGGGUCCGCGACUGUUUACAAAACUAAAUUAUUCAUUAUUACGCGCGUUUCGUUAAAUAUUAACACGACGUAUGCACUUUGACGUGCUAGUGUUCUGAUCACGAACGUACCUAACAUUAUAUCGGACAAUCAUUUUAUUAUGGUUGCGAUUAUAACAUCUACUAAUGAUAACAACGAUAACCUAACCGUUACACCGUUACAACAGCCGAUGUACAUUACCGUAUUGCCCAAUCCUUAAUCGGAAUAAAUGUAUGCAUAGGCAUUAGACAGUGCGUAUCGGUUAUCCAGCGUUGAAAAUUGCUCGUUGAUUUCGCGAGAACGUUUUUUUCAACCAUAAUAGCGGUUUACUGUAAUUGUUUGUACACGGACAUAAAUACAAUUGCGAAUACCAAUCAAUUUUACGAUAGUUAUUUCCGUUUUUUUUCUUCACUUCUAAACUUUUACAGUUGAACGCGUUGUACUGUAAAUGGUGUUUUCGCAGUGUUCUCCGGACCGAAAGUCUCGGAUUAAUAUUAUAUUCAUAGAAAUUCAAGUCAAGAUCGCGCCGCUUGAAAAGUCCAUUCGGUCUUUCCGCCCGUCUUCAGACGGCCGUGCACGCGGACAGUCUCGGCGAAAAACCACGGCACCGGGGCGCAGUCCUCGGAUCAUCAGAGCCUCUAGACCAGAUUCUUCUCAAUCCGGCCCUAGGUCCGGGGCACGUUCGGUUUUCGUUUCCGCUGGUCGGCGUUAUUAUCGAUAUGAUUAUGGGCCGCAGUGUACGUUAAUAUUCCGUAAAUCACGCCGUUGGUAUACAAUUUUUUUUUUUUUACGACAUUUUUUUUCACCUACCGAUUUCAGUACAAGCGAAUAAUUUUUACGGUUUCCCCCCGCCUCCUGCUCCUGACAAAAAAAUUAACGCUUUUCCGCGGUGUAACACACGCGCGGCUGCAGCACUUGGACAAACAUUUCGCCGCGCACUCCCACGUCGACGGUAAUUUAUGUAAGCAUACCUGUAUAAUACUUAUUACUUAUAAACUCGUUUUCAACCACCGACUGAAAAAAACACGCGCGUAGUGUUCGUUUAUACACAUAUACAUACCUACAAUAUAGUAUUUUUAUUACCAAAAAGCGAGUAUACAAUAAUUACAUAUUAUACGGCGUAUCGCGUAUAUGAUAUUAUGUGUUCAGCAGCCGCAGCAGCAGGAGUGUGUGAACACACUAAAAAAAAAAAUAAAAAAAUAUUCGUCGGCGAUAAUAUUAUGCUAUGUGAAAAUUACGGCGAACAAACCGCGCGUUUAAAAACGAAAAAAAUUAUAAACGCGUGUAAAACGCCGCAAAAUCCAUUUAACGACGCGACGUAGUUUUUAUUAUUAUUAUUUCUUUUUUCUUUUUUUCGAUAUUUCACCGGAUUUUUCAUUUUCAAAACGUUUUUCGGCUGUACAAUAUACGAUUGACGCAAAAGUUGACGCUUAAAAUUGAACUUAUCUCCGAUAUAUUUCAAACGUUUAUGAGUGAUGUUCGAAACUCAAAUUUGAACGCAUACGUUUAAAAUAGAAAAAAAACAUUUUGAAUUGUAUGCAUCAUAUCGUUCUAAUACUUUUUUUUUUACACUCGCGUAUUAUUCGAUUUUUAUAAUACGAUAAUACUCGAUUCAAAAUAUAAUUUUGAAAUGUUGUUUUCGUUUCAAUUAGUGCCCGGAUUUCAAUGCGAAAGUAAAUUUGCUUUUCUUAGCGAUCCUAAUGUUUACCGAGUACAUAAUUACUUCGAAAAUGAAACUUUUAUUUCGCAUUUAUUACCAUUAGUCUACCAUUUCGUUUAGUUUUAAAUGCAUUAAAUGUUUAUGUAGCAUACGGAUUAAUAGUUUAAAUUUCGGUUACUCAAUAUAUUAUUAUCUCGAGAAAUUCGGUUUUUGCUAUAUUUGAUUUAAUAGGUUUUAUAUAUUCUUUUCGUCAAUAUAGAAUAUUAAUCGUUCUGUUUACGAUUUCGAUAACGCCUUUAUCUCAAAUCAUUAUUGGCGGCUGAGUUGCGUUAUCCGGUUCAAACAAAGAACAAUAAAAACGAGAUAUUUAAUUCGAAUUUUUUCACGUUUGUCCAUUUUCAGAACGGCCGUUUUUAGCACUGUCGGGUUAUUUUUUAAGAUUAUUAUUUCGCUAAAAAAGCAUUGUGUUUUUGUUUUUGUUUGAUUUCGUCAAUUUUUCAAAGCCGUUUUCCAUAGUUUUCGGAGCGUUUAAAUCCGGGCCGGAGCCGCAUUCAACGGCAAUAGGCCGACCUACGGGACCGUUAUGUCCUAAAUACGGUCCUGACCCUGGGCACUGCAGUUAUAAUACACAUUUGCCUCGGCAUAGAUUUUCGGUAUUAUAUUCGUCAAACAGUAUGGAUUUUUUUUUUUUUUUAACAGCAUUUGAUUGCCGGACAACUAUAAUACAUUAUGCACGAGCGUAAAUAAAUAAUUUUCUUCGAUAAAUAACGGUCUCUCGGCCACCGUAUGUUAUUAUUAUUAUUAUUUAGUAAUAAUAAUUUAUCACUACCAUAAAUACAUUGAUUUACGCCCGACGGAAUUUUCGGACGAUAUGUUUUCGGGCGCGUUUGGUCACGUUUACCGAAAAAAAAAAAAAAAAAACAACCGUCGUGGGUCAUAUUAUUAUAGAUAUUAUAAUGAUAGUAUCGUAUCGCGUUUUCCCGUGCACUCUCUCGGCCGCGGUCGUAAAUCAAAUCGCAGAUUCUGUUAUCGAGUAUAAUAUUAUACACAUGCGAUUUAGGAAUCUGCGAUGAUAUACGGUAGGCCGAUUUUCGGAGGCGGAUCCAGUUGAAGUUCUUCGCGGUGGGGGGGGGGGCGGUGGAGGGAGCAGAGCCGGAUUUACGACUCUAAUAUAGACGUUAUAAUCGUGAAAAAUGUUAGUCGGUAUUUUAGCAAUCUAACCUGACCGCGGCGAUCAUAAUCGAAAAUAAUAAUUUAUAAGUAUUUACGGGUACAGGAGUACUUUUUUUCUUUGGAAAAAAAAAAAAAAAAGAAGGGCUAGAGGAAUUUGGAUAGUUUUGAGCUAAAAAAUAAUAAGAACCAGUAUAUGAUUUUCGUUUAAUACCGAGGGCGGGUUUUCCGUACGUAUUGACGCGCAUUCGAGCGUUUUUUCUAUUUCGAAAGGCAACAUCAACAAUUAAUCCUACCGUCGUCUUGCAAUCGGAGGGCUCAGUGCAAUAACUCAUAGUCCGAAAUUGCCUAUAAGAGAAAGAUAAUAAACCGUUUAUCCUACGGACGCGACUCGUAUUUUUUUCACCCAAAAUUCGGUUGUACCAUGCAAGUCCUCGUCCCCUAUUUUUCCCCGCGUUCCAUUUAUAGUAGACGGACUUGAAUCGCAUGUCAAAUCGUAUAGCGUUUUUAUCAUAUUGCUCGAAACUAACAAAAAAAAAAAAAAUCGUUUAUUCGGGCUCGGAAUCGUGCUCACCGAUUGUAAAAUAUUGUCGACUCGCGUGCUUGUGCGGUCACUCGCUCCGCGAAUCUGGAAAAAAAAAACGCAAUCGUCAACUUUCUUUUUAAAACCCUUGCGCUGACCGUUUAAGUCUCCAGACGGCGGCGUAUAAUAUCGUAUUCGGUCCGCAUCGCGAUCUCGUACGUGUUGAUACGCGAAUUACCUAUAAUACUGCAGACGAGGCUAGGCAAUUAUUCUUUUCUUUUUUUUCCGCGAACAUCGAGUCAGCUUUUAUCGCCGAGACGGUUUUUCGAAUGUGAUCUCGGAAUAGGAUUACGGUGAACACAAAGAAAAAAAACGGCCUGAAAACCAGUAUGUCGCGCGUGUCUGUCGAAAGGGCAAAAGCGGCGUCGGGUUAAUAUGUAUAUGCAUAGGUAUGUAAUUUUUUUUAAAAACGUACGUGUUCUCCUCGCGUUCCCUCCGUUCCCCUUCUCCCGAUUCCUUUUGACCGGCAACUUUCGUCGUCGCAGUCGUAAGGUAAUCGCCACGACGUCUGCCGGUUGUGCGGCGUUCCAAAAACGGACACUCUUCCCUUCGAUACCUUAUUGUCAUUUUGUUAUCUUUAGAUCUCUAUCUUUUCAAUCGCGGCGAUAUCCACUUGUAUCCGUGUUUUUUUUUUUUAAUUAUCGCAUAUCGCGUGUGCAGUUCACGAUCGGACGAUUUUUCCGUUCAUCGGCCACCGGUGACUGACCUGCGCUUUGUGUGCCUGCAGGAUACAGUAAUAUCUUAAUCGUUUUUGCGCGCGAGUGUCAAAAAUCGAAAACUGUGUUUUUUUUUUUAUUUCGUAAUUUUCUCCAAUAGUUAUAUUUAGUCGUCUAUUCGGGAGACACUUAAAUUAUGUGCCGUCCGCCCUGCAGUACCCCGGCGUUACAAAAGUAGCCGCCCAUUCCCCUGGCUUUCAUCCCUCGCAUCACGAAUGACGUCAAACAAUGCACAUUAUUAUUUUACAUUACGUUUGUGAGUCGUACGUUUAUGAUGUAGGUUUGUAAAACUAAAUAUUUUCGUUUUUAGAGAAAACCAAAAAAAAGUUAUUACGUUUCGAAACAAGGCGCCGGUUCUGAGGAACUGGGUGCAAUUUAUAGGAAAAAACUCAAAAACUUUCUUUUGGUUUCCUGUUCAAAUGAAAAUUUUGUUUUUACAAACUGUUAUAAGCGUAAUGUAAAAUAACUAGAAAACGCGUAUAGUUUUGACGUAAUUUUACUGACAUAAUACGAUGACUGUCUACCAAGUAGAUUGAUAGGGGAUUUACGAUUCUGUGAAACUUUCAGGACAAUAGUGUUACAGUUAUCCAUUCAAGUUCACCUCAGAAUUAAAUUACCUAGAAAAAUGUAUGCGUAUGUAACGAAUGCGAACAAAUCCAACGACCGCAUUGGCAAAAUUCUUAAACAGAUGAUGUGAUGAUUCACUGCAGGUCUGUACUUUCAGCGAAUUUCUCUGUAGUGUUUGACUUAAAACACUGAGAUUGAUAACAUAUAAUAUGAAGUUAUGUAUAUUGAAAGAGAUGUAAUUGGAUAGAGAGUUGACAGUAUCCGUUUUAUCCCUCAUCUCGAUCAUCAGGUUAUCGGCACAUCGACUUGGUCCUCGUCGGACUAUCGAAAUUUCUUUUAGUAGUAUUUAAAAGUUUAGGUGGGGGGGGGGUCGCUGCUCUUUUAUCUUGCAGAAGCCUCGAAUUUAAUGAUCAAAAAUCAUCCGAUUCUCUAGUUCCGCCAUUACGAGUGGUCCGGCAAGAACGGCGUUGUUGCGAGUACUCCGAAUCUAUCUGCGAAAACAAAAAGGUCAAUUUAAAGGUUUUUUUGUUUUUAUUUUUUACCAACUUCGUAUGUGCGUAUACAUUAUACGAAAUCUGUAAAAUGUUGUUGUUUUUCGAUUAACGCGAAUAACAUGCCAGGAGAAUAUUACGUUUAUAACGGAUCGAACAGCUUGCGAGCGUUCUUUGAAGUCGUUUCGGUCCGUGAAAAUCCCGAUCCCUGAGAACGGGUAUCGGAUUGGCCGCAAGAGAUCGUCGGGGAGAAAAUCAUACAAGACGACUUUUUUAUAGUUUUUUUUUUAAAAAACGACAGUUUUCGGAAUAUCGGGAAACGCGCGUCGGGGCCUUUUAAUGCCGCGAACGAGGGGGGGAGGAGGGGAAUAACGAUUUUACAUGCCCAAAACCACGUAUACGCUCAAUCGGCGCAUAAAUUACAAUGAAUUAUAUUAUGAGAGUAAAUCACGUCGGGCCCACGCUUACAAACCGGUUGCGCAAAUAGUUGUUCAAGUGCGCUCGUUCGUUAUUGCACACGCAUCAUUAGAAUAAUACUUAUCGCGUUUGGAUUUUUUUCGUUAUUAUUUUUUUUUUUUACAACAUUUUUACGGCCUAGCGCGGUCUCUUUUUUUGUUCGCAACCGGCCGACGGUAACCCAUCACCGUUUCCGCCGUCUACGAAAACGUUUACUCUCGGUCCGCGAUCUCGUUAACGUUAUCGUAAACUUUGGACGCGGUUGCAUUGCCAUAGACGUUACACCGUUUGAACGGACUUUCUAGAGCCGACUAAAUGUCGUUUUCAAGAGAAUGCUAAAUGGGAAAUUUUAGUGAAAACAACAUUCGGUGUAUUCGACCGGAUUAAGCGGUCGGGUGCAUAUUAUACGCCCGCGUAUACGUCGUUUGCGGAAAACACGAAGCGCGGCUAACAGACGCUUUCGGGCUCGGGCCGCGAGACGUUUUUUCUCGCAAUUCUACCGAAACUGCUCCGUGGCGACGAAUAAUACUUCGCGCAGCCGCUGGACCGACCUUCCGCUCGGCCUCGGCGAAUCCCCCUGGUAUUUUGUUUUCUACAGGUACACACACACACACCUAUAAGCGAAUAUGUCGGUACCUAUAUAGCUAGUAUAUAUUUAUAUAUAAUAAAACAUUAUCGAGAAAACGAAGGGCUCCGCGCGACAACCAGACAAGUCCAUAUAUGUUUUUAUUUUUCCGCACAGAAAAACGGUUUUUCACGUUUUCGAUGGCGGAUUUUUCAACCGCGCGCGAGAACAGUGUUACGCCGGCGGGUCCGAUCGGCGUGCAUCGUGCACCGCGGAUAAUUGCGAAUAAUUGCGCGGAAUUCGGAAAUUUACGCGCGAAAACCGAACGCGUCCGUACUGAUUUCCCCUUCUCCUCGACAAGCCGACGUGUCUGGUCGUCGCGCGCAGGCCUUCGCAUAUAACGGCAACGAUAUUGUGUCGCGAGUUUUCGAAACACGACCGGCGGAACAGCUGCUGCUGCCGUCGCCGCGGUGACAUCGGCCGCCCGACGUUAUCGCGCCCAACUCUGCUAUCGUUAUUUUCCUUAUCGCCCGACGACGGCGCUCGGUCUACGGCCGCGUCACGCGGUUAUUGCGGCCGUGACCGCGUGGCGAUCACGGGAGUUUGUUCGACGCGCACCAUAUCCGACGGCGAACGUGAAAUAAUAUUUCCGAACGCCCAACCGUCGCGAAAUGGCUGUGACGACGGCACUGGCGAUUUUCGCGGCCGCGGCGGCGUCGUUUGUCUGCUGCGGCCUGCCGCCGCGGUCGUGUCCCGCCGCCCCGUCCCCGCUGCCCUGUGGCCGCGCGGGUCGUGUUUCGAAAACGUCCGCCGCCGUCGUCGACCGGACGACGGCGACGACGCCACCGCCGCGCGUACGGUACUGUGAGGACAGUUGUGUUUGGCGCAGGGGCCCCAGGCCAGGCAAAGGCCGCACCAGCCGGACCAGCAGGCGGUCGCCCAGUCCGGUGGCCGGACCCGCGGCCGCGGCUGCCGCACUGCUGACGACCGCGACCACGAUGACCGCGGCUACGUCCACGACGGCGGCGCCCGGCUACGAGCAGUACCAGAAGUCCCUGUUGGAGGUGCCGUGGCCGCACGCCGAAUACGGGGAGGCGUCCAGCGACGACCUGAGCUCCGAAUGGGAUUCGGACGUGCCCGAUCCGCCGCUCAACGCAAAGGUUAAUAAAUUACCGAUUAUUUCUACGCACCUACCGUUCGUAUAGACGAUCGAACAAUCCCCGCGUCUUCGCGGUCGAAUUUAUAGAUAUUAUCAGCGACGGAUCCGGAAAUUGUUCGAAUACGGGAAUGGGGGGGGGGGCGGGCGAUGGGCACAUUAGAUGCGCAAUUUAUCACGCUUCUCUACUCCUCCGAUCCAAACUGUUGUAAAUCACAAAAUCAUUAAUCACUAAUAUCAGAUUUACAAGUCAACGGUUAUACAUCUGAUACUAUAGUGUUACGUGUACCAAAAUGUCUAAAAAAAUAUCCUCUAUUCGAAUCUGUGUUCGAAAAAAGGGGGUCCCUAUUUGAAAAAAAAUGUAUGUACCUAUUCAAAGUACAUAUAACUAUUUUAUAAAGGUAUAAAGUUAAGGGUAUACAAUUAAAAAACUGGUUUUAAAACAAAGCUUAACCGAUUCCACAAUGAUAAAAUUGAUAGUUCGUAUAAAAAAAAUCGCCCUGUAUAGGUAAACCGAUGAAUUCCUCUAUUCGCUCAGAAUCUAAAAGUAAAUAUUCCGUUUGACCGGUGUUUAGACAUUUUUUUUUAUCUAUGACAUCGUCAUGUUUUCAAGGACGUUUUGAUUUUCGGACUACGUGAUACGUCGACGAUUUCAAUUUUCCCUUUUUUUGUUUCCGCACAAUAAGCUAUUGACACAGUUACCUGCAGUGAUUAAUUAUUAUCUGACUGUGGGUGUGUGAUUAUUUUUUCUUUCUAAACGAUGAGUUUUUACUAACUCAUAUUGUGUUGUACGCGAGUAAUAAGACCGGAGAGAUCGGUCGGGGACGGCUGCGGCCGCGUCGCGGGAAUAUCCGGUCGCGGUCUUUUCGUUUAUAUAAUGAAAUUUACAAGACGGUAAAAAUACCGUCAUCGGCGACAGUGAAAUGAAAAAAAAAAAAUAAAUUAAUAAAUUAAUUAAUUAAGCCGACGACUACGCGAAAAACCGUGCGGACGUAUAGCCGCGGUAGCGUCCGAAGUCCGAGUAUAUUAUUACGUUUGUACGUUAGAGAAAAAUAUAAAUAUCAUCGUGACUUAGCGCCGGCGGUCGGUAAAAUUAUCGUUUUCCACAGUGUAGGCAGGCACGCACGCACGUCGGUAUAAACCGCGAUAAAAAAAAAAAAAAAAUAAUAAUAAUAAUAAAUAAAACGCAAUAGUGUACGUUCGUGUGCCGUUGCAAUUGUCGAGAUAAUCGCCGGCUCGGCGGCGUUAAUCGGCUGCUGUACGAAUACACACCCUGUAUUUUAUUGUGUUGCACGUAUAGCACGGCGACGGUCGUGUACUACCCGGUUAUGUCGUCGAUUAUUUCCGUCUUUGGGGAAAUUUAUAGAAAAAAAAAAAAAAAAAAAAACGUCAGUGGUGUUCUCGACUCGCUUAUAAUAUACUUGGAUCGCCCGCCGAUCUUUCCGUCUUUAACGGCCAACGGGAGAGACGCUUACCGAACGUCCGCGGUAUCUUGUAAAAAGCGCCGGGUGAAUAAUAACGCGUAGUGAAUUUCCAAUCGAAUUUCGCGUAUUCGGUAUUUGAUACCGGAGUGAAUUGACCUUAUUACCGUGCUUAAUAAAUUACGAAAAUUAUCUGCGUUUGUACGUCGGUAUUUUCGUCGACAGGUAUUUCAUGAUUUUCGGGCAAAAUAUAACGGAGUUUUUGAACAAUAAAUUGCGAUAUUUCACGUACUUACUCGUAUCAAACUUUUACAUUAAAAUAACGAAGAAAAAAAAAAAAGAAAGAAAAACCAACGCGCGCGCACCACACAGAUAAUGUUCUGUCCUUCCUAACUAUCGGUAAUUUUGCUAUUUGCCGUCCUCUUGAAAAGUCUGCGUCCAAAACCCACGCGUCUAGUGUUCCUUUUAGGCAAGUAUUCGGGGGGCGGUAGCCGGGUAUCCACCGUCCCCCGCCAGACAAAAUUAAAGACAAAUUGUGUACUACCAGUUCGUUUAACCGUAAUUCAUACUACGAAAAAAUGUGAUAACUAUUAGAGUUUUUUCUCCAGCGCUAAUCCCUUAUGAUAAUCUUUUUGGGUUUGAUGUAAACUGACUGUUUAAUAUUAUUUUCGCAUUCGAACAUUUCAAACGUUGUAGCCGAUCAGCGGAAUACCAACCGCUCAACCGGUCUUCGCUGACUACGCCGCCGCCGUCGUCAUGACUGUCGGCUUUGGUUGAAAGAUCUCUCAGAGUUAUGAAUAGAAUUCCGGGUAGACGCUACCAGGGAACAUGGGCGUGACUAUAGGGGAGGGUUUCAGUCCCCCAGAAUUUCUUAAAGCCAUUCCGGAAUUUUCGGGUAAAUGUGUGUGGAAUUAUUAAUUAAAAUAUGUGACUAUGUGGAGGAAAUCAUGUUCUCGUAGGUGCCUUAUUUUGCUAUAAAACAUUUUUAGGACUCCAGCCCCUUAAAUUAAAGGGCUAGUUACGCCUGAGCUCCCUGGGACCUUAAUACAUUGUAUGACGAUAAGUAUUGAUGGACUUGAGAUUCCUACCCACGAAUUUGUGGAUAGUAUCGUAGAAUUGUAUGCAACGUGUAAUUUGUUAAGCUGUUCUUAUUUUAUAUGCCUACAUCAAUCAAUUUUAAAGUUAACUUUUACCAAAUUAAUGGCGUGGGAUUUGUCUUUAUCUUAUAUUUCUUGCCACCCCCCUCCUCCGAAAUGUUGAAAUGCUCUUCUGGAAAAAAACGCCUGAAAUAAACACUGCACGCACCGUUCGUUCUGUUCAUAAUUAUUGUAAUUUAUCGUUUCCGAUUUCGUCUGGGAGCAAAAAAUCUUCACGUAAAAUACGGAGUUUUUCCGUUUUACGCGGCUGCUUAUCGUGUUUUUUUAAAUUUUUUUUUAAUAACAUAAUUUUUAUACUCAUGGCGCCCGUAUUGUAAUUGUACGAUAAUUGUUAAUUGCGGUUUAUCAUCCUGUACAUACACGAUGACGUCAAUUACUGUUAUUGAAAUACGUGCGUAUUGUUAUUGCAUUGAAAUUUCGAGGGUCAGUUGAACAGUCGAACGCCUAAGGGAAGAAAUGACUUGACGGCCUCACACUAUAAACGCGGCCGUUCUAAAUGGCUCAAAAAGUGUACCGUAGUGCGCUUUAAGGUGUUAUAUUUUAAUUGUUAGUACAUCACACGUGUUAGAAUACACAAUAAUAUACACUUACGCUGUAUCUACCGAAAAUGAAGAAAACGAGUUUUCAUGGACGCGAUUAAAAAAAAAUUAGCUGAUUUCUUCGAGACUCAUGAUAUGAUGCAUUCGUUUCUCUCGAAUUCUUAACCUCAUCUGACCUAGGUUUUAAUUCUGAACAUUUAUAGGCGUGAAACACUGAUGAAACCCUGGGGGCAGAUCUAGGGUCAUAUUAAAUUCAUACAAUUUGUCCCUCCCCCCUCCAAAAAAAAAAAACCGUUCUAAAAACGUUAAAAAUGUUUACGCUUCACAAACGUCUUAAUUUUAAUAUUUUUACACAUCGCAUUAUGUUAUUUUACUGUGCAAUAGUACUUUUUCGAUUUUAUAAUACUACGGAAAAAAAUCGCUUUCCUACAUGAUUUCGAAAAUUAAACUAAACGACUCGAUCGAAUACCAAUUCAGUAGUUAAGUAAAACGUUAGAACCGAUAUUUUCUGUCUCUUUUCAACGUGUCCUCUAUAAAUCGGGGAGAGGUCACUUUUUAUUUUUUUUUUUUUUUCGUUGGGAUUUGUUGACAAAUUAUUGUUAUAUUGUUGUGUCGAUCGGAAGUCAAUUUGAAUACCUAUGUGUAGUGUAUCACACUUUUACCACCACGUGGUCACGUGAUAAUAGACGAAAACACUUUAAUUCAAUAUGAUUCAUUUGAAUUUGUAGCCAUGAAAACACAUACUAUAGAUAGGCGUUUUAUUGUUUGUUCAAACAUUUUUAUUUUAUUCUAUGUCAUUGAACGGUAAUAAAUAUGUAGUAGUGUAUUGAACGGGUGACCGGACGUAUACCCGCAGAAUUCGUACACUUAAUUUUAGUAUACUCAAUAGCGUUUUAAUUUUUUUAAUCGUUUGAAAAACCUACUAAUAUUAUGACAUCAUGAGUAAAGUCAAUGUAUCCUGUACACGAGUCAAUUUUCGAUUUUUCUGGCUAAUUUCGGAUUUUUUUUUUUUUUGAUACCUUUCUAUAUCGAUGUACUUAUUAUUACUUUUAAAAUUGACUUCGUAUAGGUAGUUCUUCUGUUAUGGGUUUAUAUAUAAAAAAAAAAAAAAAUAAAAACCUUGAUACAAAGAGAUAUGAUGUUUCGGAAAAGCGCUCGAGUUCCCCUGGAUCGAGAGAGAUAUAAACGAAGAACUAUUAGACGUGAAAAACUGCAACGAACUUUAAUUUGAAGAUUAAUGACUAAAAACGAAAAUAAAAAGACGGACAAACUUUGCACGAUGAGUGGGCCACUGUUGUAGGUGAGAAAUUAGGUAGGUAGGAUAUAGAGGGAAUUUAACUAAGAAAACCGAUUCGGAGCAAAGUUCCUCUCUAAAGUACCAACUAAAUAAAAAUAGAUAACAUUUCUUAUCAGAAAAGGUAAUAGACAGAGGAUUAUUUCUGGUAGAACAGUUGCUCUCAGAAAAAAAAAAUUACAUUGUAAAACCAAUUGAUUCCUAUCACAACGUUCUGAAUCUAAAAUAUCUUUGCAUAUCAUUUAUAGAGUUUUAUCGCUUUUUCUAUAUAUUUUUUAAAUAUUUUUGUUUUUUGAGAAGGAGGUAGGCUUUAAAAUGCAUACUCUAGCGACGGUGACCUUUUAAUGCUACGUUCAAUAUUUUUUAUGGCAAUAUUAUAUUGCCGUAUUCGGUUUACGAAGAUCGUAUAGAUAUUUUGUUCCUCUUGGGGCGUGGAGUACGUCACUUCGAUAAAUCGUUAAACCGUAAAAUUGAUACGAACGUCCAACCGAUCGGAUUGGAUAGUGUCAUCGUCGUCGUCGUACCCGUGUCUCGAUUUGCCGCGAUUAUGACGUCGGUGACGGUUUUCUAUAUACGAUGAUAUAUUAUUAUGGUUUUCACAAAAAAAAAACCCGUCUACGGUGUGACGGGGCGUGUAAAAAUGUCAACUCGCGUUACGAUGAUGAGACAACACAAUAAAUUAUAAUUUCAAAAAAAAAAAAAAUAAAUUACACUCGAUACGCGAUAAAACGGUUAGAUUUUCGUUAUUUAUCGGCCGAUUUCUCGCUCCCCCCUUUUCCCUAGUUUUUUAUCGUGUUUAAACAAGUGCGUCACCACACGUUAAUAUUAUUACUGUCCCCUCCCACCCCCUCCCCUUCGAUUUACGGACGAUACUUCAACGAUUUUCAAACGGUUUUUUACCCGGAAUGUCAUCAACGGUCGCGUUUAUACGCAAAAAUUAAUUACCAUUAACUCGUAAUAUUAAUAAAUUAUUGUAGUUGGUGAACUACAUAUUGUUUCGCUAAAUGAUAAAUCGUUUUAUUAUAAUUAUAAUCUAUUUGAAUUUAAAAUUAUUGACAAAAAACCAGACAGGAUACAGGUGGGUAGGCCACUGCAGUUGUUGUGUAGGCGAGAGAAGUUGGACAGAUAAUCGGGUUUUAAAUAUUGCAGAAAGAAACGAUAAAUCGUAUUGUAUACAGAAAACAAAUUCGAUUAUAGGAGCUCGUUUAACGGAGAAGAAAAAUUAGAAAAAAAAGUACGAGCAAACAAAAAAAUUGCAUGAAAACUGUCGGAAAUCUGGAAAAAAUGUUUGAAUAAUAAAAGUACGUGGACCCGGUGUGGACAAUUCGAAACACUGACGUAUUUAAGGGGAGAUAUAUCUCCCCUUUUGACUUUUUUUUUUAGUUUAUAUUAUUUAAAUUUCUACCUGUUUUAGAUUUUCGGUCUACCCGAUAAAUACAUCAUUUUUACUGUGACGCGUGCGUGUUGCUUCUUUUUUUGAUGUCUAUGAACAAUUUUUCUACCAGAGAGAAGCACUACUGUAAACAAAUGGAUUUUUUAUACCUACAAUUUUUUUUUUGGUUUUUCAGGUGUUUUUUUUUUCUCAAAGGCGUUUUAUCGCAUUAAAUUUACAGCCCUAAUAAUUAUUACGUAUAUUCGUCUGGUUUUUUUUUUUUUUUUGAUUUGAACGGGAAUUUUAGAGCUCGAGUUGAAUUAUAUGUAUACAAUUUCCAAAUUCAAUAUCUCCAUCCCCGGGUAACGUAAUGUGAUAAAUAUUCCAGAGGUACGUGUAAUGAACGAUCGAGUUCGGCACAACGCAACCGCCAACUCCCGAAACAAUAUUAUCGUCGGUGAAUCCCGCGCGUAACCUAACUCGGGAACCGCGUGCACACGCUAUAGUCGAAGUCGUCGAAGCCGACGUUUCGGUUGGAAUUUUACCCGCCGAAAGCGCGCGACGACAGACGUGAACAUAAUAAUAAUAAUAAUGAUAAUAAUAAAACUUUAUGCGUUAUCGUACGCUCGUAAAUCCGGUACGGCUUUUGCGGUAUUUUAAAUCGAAUAGCGCGGGAGCAAUAAAGGUACAUCCGCUCGUUCGACGUCCGUGACGUAUAUUUGUGCGCGACGACGAAUUUAUCGACGACACGGCGGUAUUUAUGUUGACAUUUUCCAUCUCGGGGUAUUUUUUUUUAUGAGAUUUUUUUAUAAAUACGUGUAAGCAUAUUAUGUACGAAACGAGUUUUACGUUUGGAAAAAAAAAAAAAAAAGUUUUUUAUCGAUACGGCGUUUGUUGUUCCGCGGCGCGCGUCAGUAAUUCCCGCAAUUGUGUUGUUUUCCCCUCCGUUUAACCUGUUAUUAUUAUUGCUAUCAUCGUCGUGGUUUAUUUCUCUCCCCUCCGCCCCCCCCUCACAUACGCGCGUGCAUCGUUAUCAAAAUAACACGCUAAACGAUUUGUUAUCGCCGCGUAAUUUUUUUUUGUAUUUUUUUUUUUUAAUUUUACCUUUACGUCACUGUACACGCGUUAACCGAACACAGCGCGUUGCACAGCGAACACGUAUAGUAAUAUUAUACAUUACGGGACCCGGGGUUAAACGAUAAUACUAUCGCGGUUCGUUUUCACGGAUUUUAUUUAUUAUUUAAUUGUAUUAUUAAAUUAUUAAAUUAAACUUUGUUAUAAUAACGGUUUCCGUCUGAAUCCGAGCAUACCGGUAAGAUCGUCUAUCGUGCAUCUAUCAUCCGUCAUAUCAUACUUGUGCACGGUUGAUAACCUAAAUUUCAUACGAUCCGACGACGGUGUGUUGUGUAGUCGCGUAAUCUUAUCUACGCGAACGCAAACAAUUCCGACACCGUCGAUUUUCCAUUGUGCGAUGGUGGAUUUUGCAUAGACGUAUAUUUGUGUACUAGUCAGAACCGCGGCAUGUGCGUGUCUCGUACCUGGGAAAUCAGGCGACCGUCUGAUAAGCGAAAAAUAGGCGUCCGGAAAGUAGUAAAACACAAGUUUACGCGGUUUUUUCUACGGAAAUCGUUGACUUAUUGCCACGAAUUUGUGCGUAUCGUGAAUCGCCGUAAAUCAUACCGUGGAUACCGUAAAAAGUCGUAUAAUAUACCUAUAGUGAUAUUUAUGAUAAAUCGCCAUUUUUCACGAUUGACACGAGAAACCGUUAAUUUUUUUUCCGGAUACUCCUUUUUGCUUAUCAGAUGUCCAACCAAUAUUCACGCAAGACGCGGUUAAUUAUAUCUAUAGUUAAUAGGUCUAUUGUAUUUCAUACACGAUCAGUAAUCUAAUAUGAUAGCUGUUAUUGGAUUACUGGCGAUAAAGUCAAGAUAAUACGACAAUUAUGUGUUACCCGUUUACCUUCAUGUACACUCGUUUAUAUCUCAAUUUUGAAGUGAGAGUGAAUUUCCUAAUCCACGGGAUAUAAUGGGGUUAAAAACAUUCCGUUGUCCUAGUCGGAAAUGUAUUACUUUGGUGAUCAGCACGGAAUGUGUAAAUUACGGUGAUUUUAAUUGAAACAAUUUUUUAUAACCCUUAUCCUUUUUUACUGUUGGGCUUCAACAGCAAUCAAACAGCCGCAGACUGUUGUUUAUUAUAACCAUAGAUCUCUAAUAAUCUAUUUUUAUUGAUUAACGGUUAAAAUACGGUCAUGACUUCUUAUCAUUAUAUCACUAAUUGGCAAUUAAAGGAAGAACUGCGUCGACAUUUUACACAUUUUUAUCCACACCACUAGCAUACACAAUUUCACAAGUAUAUUAGGUUGUGCAUAGCUACUAAAUAUAACGUGACUAAAAUCUCUGGGAGAGAGAGAGGGGCGAUCCACAAAUAAUCCUUCUCCUGAUAUCCGGCUCUGGCUCGUACCAGAGUUGGUCAGAGUUAAAACGGUAUUAUUAGUAAUAGUGAUAAUAAAUAAUUAUUUAUUAUUGUGUUGCUGCAUUUGAUGUUCACGCGAAAACAAAUCUAAAUAAACAAAUAGUUUAAAAAAAAAAAAAAAACGAUAAACGUUCUGCUCUGGCACUGUAGUAGCAGCAGACGAUUUUCACUUUCACCUGGAUUGUUCCGAAAAACGAUUUUUUUUUUUUUUGUCCGCGUCUUUCACCAGCAGCGCGGCGCCGAGUGCGGCAUUCGCACGACCGCGUGCGGGUAACAAAAAAUAAUAAUAAUUUAUAAAAUCCCCGACGUUUUUCCCUCCCGUUUCGAAAACCAUAAUACACGAGACGUGUCGCUUUUAUACAAAUAAAUAAUACGUUCUUUUCUCGAAGGCGUGGAGGCACACCGUGUUGUAUAUUUUUUUUUCUCGGUUCUAUAUUAAGAAUUCCGAUCGGACUACGGAUUGGAAAAAAAAACACGACUUCUCGUAUUGUGAUUCGAGCGAUCGUUUUUUAUUCAAUUAUUCUCCCGCGCUUCGCGGCGUCUCGUUGAACAUCACAAUUAUUUAUCUAAUCGCACAUCAGUGCGCCAGGCCAAGUUCCAGAGAACGCACGCCAGUGUUCUUUACAUUAACUAAUUCGUUCGCAUAUCUCUGUUUCUCUACUAUUGGUCAAACUUAUUAGGCACUUCCCGUAUAGGUAGAAACGUUCGAUUUGACACGAAGGUUGUUCUUAUUCCGUGUAAAGAGAAAAAUCCGCUUAAAGGGUCGUUUUCGGCAAGGCGGUAAACCUAUCGCUUCGGUGUGCCCAUAAAACAGCGAUCGCUUUGCCCCGGGUACGUAUAAAAGCUGACGACGACGGCGAGGCCCGUACGUUACGUACGUCAAACGACACUCGCGACGACACAGCAACGACAAAUUAUUAUUAUAUUAAUAUCGACGAGACUCUCUCUCACUCGUCGUCGUGUGUUUAGCUCCGUGUUCGGACUCGGUCGGCGACGACGUGAUUGGCAUCGGUUCAGGUCAUUCACACCUGUCGGCGAGUGGGACCGGUUGCUUUAUGCGCCGCUUGUGUCGGUGUGCGUGUGUUUGAGUGUUUGUGUGUUGUCCGUGUGUAGUGUGUGUGUGUGUGUGUGUGUCCUCCUCCCACCGACAUCGGCAAUCCGUUUAAUAAUAAUAAUAAUAAUAAUAUCUAUCGUGUACCGUUCGAUCGGCCGAUAUAUAUAUAUAAAUAUAUAAUAUUAUUGAUAUUAGGCGUGUUUUGGCGAUGCGGUUCUCAGCAACCCGGUUUAGCGAACAAACCGUUUUGGCGAUAUUGUUUACCGCAACGACAUUAUGGUUUGAGAACCGAACGCAUUUUUCGACAACCGGGUUACACCGACAAUUCAGGGGCAUUCCCGAGAGCUAUUACUAUACCUAACCGAACUUUCGGGAAACACAUCACCUGGGACAAAACGACCGAAAUGUUUUUUUUUCUCUCACACGUUCGAUAUUGUCCGACUCGUAUGCCUGUUCAGUAAAAAUAAAGUGAAACGGAGUCUGAUUACUUAUAAUACUUAUAAUCUAACAUUCUUAUAGGCAUUGAAUAACUUAUAUUCAAUAAUACUACUUGCAGUUUUUAAUAUGUUAUUAAACACGUCUCAGGAACAAUAACUCAUGCGUCCUCCGGAUUUCAAAGACUCGAUAAUUUUACCUAAAAAUAAUAUGUAAACUUCCAAGUUCCGGCCUACUAUAUACAAGUCUAAUGGCACGUUCGCACCUGAGCGCAUUUAAGCCGAGCAUAUUUGAUUUAUCCGUUUAAAGUUUAAACGUUUAUAUUAUGAAAACUCAAACGGUAGUCGAGUUAAUAAGCGUAAACGGCAAAAAUAACGAACUGGACGAGUUGAAAAGUUCAAAUAGAAAUUUGCUUUUUAACUUGUCGAUGCCUUUGUUGAAAACGGCUAUACUCGAUCGGAACGUUCGAUAUCGGCGUUGCUUUCGGCGAACAGACGAACGGGAUUAAACUCCCGCAAAUCGAAAACUGUUGGCCGGACAAUGAAACGGUCCGGAGGAGAAUUCCCGUUUCAAGACCGGCUCACGCUAAUUGUAUUAUUGCGUCCGUUCCGAGACUGUACGCGAGCCGAACAGAGCCUGAACGCCGCGUAUGGUGGGGACCGGCCUAAAAAUGGUGAUCCCGUCGCUCGGCGGUCAAGUCGAUUGAGAGAUUUUUUUUUUAUCUCUUUCUCGACGAUCGCGGGAAAACGGAUUCGAAACGGUUCCUUGGGGCGCGAAGAACGUUUUUUCACGACUACCGUACGCGUGACUUUUGUUUUCAGUUCUCCGGGCGCAGUGUAACGUAAUAUCAACGUUAUUAUACACAGGCGAAAUGGUUUCACGGCGUAUUUUACAAUAACGUCCGAACGAUAUAACGAGGAAGAGGAAGCUCUCGGAAGUCGCAGAAAAAAAAAAGCUAAUCUCCGACGCUUUAAUGUAGGCUCAAAAUAUCGUCAACAUAAGCAGCGCGCUUUACAAGAAUACCGUUGAAAACGGGAAAACGCGCGAAACACAAUUUUCCGAAAUGAAAAUCCGAUAGGGCCGCGAUUAUAAUAUGGCACGAUUCGACUGACACGAAUUUAAUAUAAAAACCGUGGAAUCAUUGAGAACGAACGGAGCGAUUAUAUGCGAUUAGUUCAGAUAAGAUCGGCGAAAACGAUGCGUUUAGCCGUACUGUCGUUUGAAAGCAGCAAGGCGAAAUAGCUAAAUCAGCGAAAUAACUCACGUGAAGUAUAUGGAACAAGUUUGUUUCUUACUCGGAAUGUUCUACAUAGACGUAGUCGAAAAUAAUAUACAAAUUCCAUUUUCGAAUACUUAAAAUACUAUUUCGCGCGUCGUCGUAAUCAAAUCUAUUCUGUUCGAGACGGCGGAUUUUAAAUGUCUUGUUUUGAGUUUUCAAACCGUUCGAGUUUAUCUACACCGACACGACGUUAUAAAAUAAAUUCGUUAUAUUGGAUUCUGAAUAGAGCGAGGACGUUAUUUUGGGCUGACUAAAAUACUCCGUUUUUUUUUCAUUUCGGCCUCCGCAUAGCAUAUCCAUCAUCCGUAAUGCGUACCUACAUCAUAAACGAAUCGGAUUUUCUACCCGGUGGCUAUACUUUUUGUUAAAACCGCCGUUCUGUAAAUUUCCAAUAGUUUCCACAAACUGAUUUAAAAUGAUAUUUGGUACUGUAACCCAAUGGAGUAGACCGCCGUUGUAGGCGCAGAUUAUGGUCAGGUGUGGUAUUUCGAUAUUUGAAUUUAUCUUCAUCUGAAAACCAAACAGAUAUAUUCAAUGAUUUAAAUUAUGAAUACAAAAUACAUUUUUAAUGAAAUUAAUUUUACCUCUUGCCUGACGAAUAUUGAUGUUUACAAAUCUUGAGCAAUUAUUUAGUGGUUAUCGAUUCGUCGGGUUGAAAAUGUCUUUAAGUGUAUGAAAUUCUUGAAAUAUGCUCUAAAAACGCGCAAAAGGUUAGGUAGUACAAUUAAUAUGCCUUAAUAACCCUCAAACGCCAAAAAACAAAACUGUUUGUAAUAUAGACGCAUUAGGUCAUGAAACACAUUUUGGUAGGUGUAAACUAUUUUUUUGGCUAACCAAUAAAAAAAUACAAAUAAAUAAAAAAAUGUUGGUCCUAAUAAUGAGCAAUAUUUCAUAAAAAAAAUAUUAUAAAUUUUGAAAAAAAAUAUGUUCAUAUAAAGUACCACCAGCCGACAAAUCCGUGUAUGUUUCUAUCAUAUUGGUACAGAUCCGAGCAUUUUUACUGACCUUUUUCGAGGGAUUUUGAAUGGGCGAGAAAUAUUAUUAUAUUUUUUUCUAACAACGGUGGCGUGUCAUUUAUUUUUAAUAAUACGACCGUACCUACCUAUAAUAAAUUAUGAUUAAUAUUUCCGCCGAGACGGUUAUUAAAAUAUACCUAUUAAACAGUAUACACACAUUAUGUAUCAUUAUACGAACCCGUUAAAACGUAUUUUUUUUCGAAAUCGCUCUCACGCAAAUUUACUCCGCACUCAUGUUGUAUUAUAUUGUCUCUCGUGUCCUGCCUUGAGUAGCCAAUAGGUUAAUACGCUGCCCUGGAGCGUAUUGACGACCCUUAUAUUUGAAACUUGAGCCACAGACGCCAGUGGAAUCCUCCGGUUGGUCAGAUGUUAUUCGUUUUAAGUAUACAGAUAACUUAUCGUACAACUCAAAAUGCGUUUCGAUGGUAUUUCGAAUCUCAAUAGAUUACUAUCGGCGGUGUCCAUAAACUGUUGGGUUCGAAUCCGACGAUUAUAGGUCAUUUUUUUUUUCCCAGUUUUUUCCCUCUAUACUUCAUGUGCAAUUAUUGUUGCGAUUUUCCAUCGACUAAGUUCAUACUCAAAACCUCGGAUAAUUUUUAAACUAGCACUUACUAUAUAAUGCGUAACAAGUUCCAAAAAUAUCCGCUAAGACGGCGUUGCGGCUCAUAAUGAAAAUGAUAGCCCCGCGUAAUCACUUUUCAGUCAUGCAUAUAUCUUAUAUUGGUCCGUUAUUAAGUUGCUAUAUUAAUUCCUCGGAGACGGCUCCAACAGUGAAAGGUAUUUAACAUAGAGAAGUGUGUUUAUCGUUAAAAUCAUAUUAUCGAUUUUAUAACCUGUAAAAAAUCAUAAAAUUCCGUUAGGCUCUUUUCGAAUUGGGAACGUUUCUACGCGCUCGGGUAUCCAACAAUAGGACUUCUAUGGGCUAUUUUUUUUUCUAAUAAUAACGUUGUUGUCUUUGUUGUUAAACUUUCCUCUCUCUCUGUCUUGCUCGUAACAUUAACGGGUAUAUACACGGUGUUACGGUGUGCUCAAUCUUUUUAUGACAACGUUGCCCCUCCCCCGGACCUCAUGCUCUUCCUCUCUCUAUUUCUUUCGCUCGAUGCUAUAAGUUCAUUUUUUUUUUUUUUUGCCAUAGGUCUGUGACUCCGCGUCUAUUAGGUUAAUUAUUUAACUAUAUUAUUAUUAUCAUUAUGAGCUCCACGGUCGUCUCCUAAUAUCGUUUUAAUUGUUAUUAUACACACUGCCCUAUAACACGGGUAACGUUUAUACGUACAUAAAUUAACGGGCAACCUACCUAUAUUAUAAAAUUAAUUAAUAAUUAUGUAUGCCACACGUCCAGAAAACAUGUUAAUAAUGAACAAUAAGAAACUCGUAAUGGAAUAAUAUUUGUAUACAGAGUGAUUCUUUUAUUGUUGAACACUCGUUAUUUAAACAAGUAUUGGUAUUUUUGAUCGUUGAUAAUUUAAGAAAUAAACGGCUCGAAAAUAUUACAUUUCCAUUAUUUUUGUCGGUAAAACGAUUACUUGCUUUUGAUAUUUUCAAAUGAAGAGCUGUACUUUUUUUAAAUAACCAACGUUCAAUUAUCAAAGAAUCACCCAGUAUAAUUAAUAUAUGUGUGUAUUGAGUGCGAGCAUAUCGAUCGGUUUGUAGAUAUUAUGGGGGACUGGAAUACGCGUACGAUGUGUCCGGGGAAAACAAAAAACCGAAAAUUACCCUGGGAAAUCGAUAAAAUUUUAUUGGCGUGUUGAUGUCUAUAUAGGUAUACUUACAUCGCCGCCGCGUAGGUAAUAUACACGUAAUUAUGUCGUAAAAUUUAAAUGCACGCUGUCGAUUUUCCCAUGAAAUCCGUCGGGAUAUAGACAGUACUUACUAUCGUACACGUGUAUAUUAUAUACGUCCGUUUCCGAGGCGUGGCCGGAAUUGAAAUGAAAAAAAAAACCUUUUACGAUCUCAUCGUGCCGAGCCACGUGUUAAUGCGCGUCCACACCUAAGUACGUUCGAGUAAAGUUAGCGGGGGCAAACAAAAUUAAAUAAACCGUGCGAAUGUAAAAUAGUGAAUUUGUAACGCCGUAGUACAUUUGUCCGUUUUUCUUCUACGUGUUUUCCCGUUUUCCCCCCCAAUUUUAAUGAAAAUUCAAUGAAAAAUCAACAAACUACUUACUUCAUCGCCAUAUAGACGUUGCCAAAUGCAACAAAAUAAGUGUCUUUUCGGUUUUUGAUUUUUGGCAAGAUUUCUGGUUGAAAGUUAUUUACAAUACUAAAAAAAAACCCCCGUCAUAGUAAAACCAAUAUGUUAUUCGCUCCGCUCAGAAUCUGAAACACAUUCUUUUUAUAGGAUUUUGCUAUAGCAAAUUAGAACCCUUAGAGAAUUUGUACUUUCAGCUUCCGGUAUUAACAUCAAUCGGAUAGACGAGAGAACGAUAUUUAAUAAACGAUAACAAAAAAAUAUAUAACGGCUAUUCGGCAGUUUGUUUUGUCGAAAAUGUGAAAAAAUCUUGUUUUUAUAAGAAAACAAACCGCCGUUAUCUAUAUUAUUAAUACUGUUUACCGGAAAUAGUGAUAAGACUUUUAAAUAAAAUAUUAUGUACAUAAGACACCGUUACCUCUGUCCGUCUCGUGCACGUAAUAUAGCAAAAAUUAAACAAAAGGCAACGCAUUAUUCACUUGUACGUAUUUGUAUUAUGCAUACAAAGAAGAUGCGUUUACCGGGGUACCCGAGUGCGUCCCGAAAUGACUCUUUUCAAUGUUCCAAGAGCGUCCGGAAUAAGGCGUAUCACCCAAGAAAAAAUAUCAUAUUUUUUAACGUAGCCCGAAUACGUUACGGUUCAUGAAAAAAGUAUUUACUUUAUUGACCCUGCAGGUUACGAAUGAUUUUUUUUUUUUUAAGUGUUAUAUUUAACGGUUAAAAUUGUAAGACUCGCGCUUAAAAAAAAAAAAAAAAAAAAUGAAACCGAACGGUUGACGGUGUUGUACGCGCGCCGUCGUCGUGUGCGGCGUCGAUUUACGGAGAUCACGUCUGUCCGCGACCGCGUCGGACCGCGCAACGUUAUAAAUAUACAUACGGACCGUGUGUCGAAUAAAUAAUUCGAAUGGGUACGAACGAAAACAACAAAAAAACGAAAAAUAAAAAACAGCGUAUUUAUACCUGGUGUAUACCGGGUAUUGUGUACCGCUCGCCGACGCCUACACGAGCGCGCACACCGGGAAUGCGAAAAACACGAGCGUACGUCGUCGCCGCCGCCGCAGGUACGCGCGGACAAAAUUAAUCUGCGGUGCGAGCGGCCGGUAUUCGCGGUCGUACACGGUUGUCGUCGGAAUUACUGUUACAGUGCGCCGACGGGAAUACUCGCGAGAGGUUUUAUUAUUAUUAUUAUUUUUAUUUUUUUUUUUUAAUUCUAUUUUUCGAAAUAAAACAUUGUAUGCGUACGCUCGGCGAAAAAAAAAAAAUCGCAAUCACCGCGCGAAUCGAGAGUCCGCGGGUGCGUUUAUUUACGAUCGAAAUCAACGCGGUCGGGUCGCGCGGGUCAGGCGGUUUCAUUUUUUUUUUUUAAUUCUUAUUCGCUAGGGUUCUCGCCGAAUUCAUCACUCGCAGGCGUACCGUGUAUACCUUACUUAUAAUUAAUAUCUAGUGGCAACAUUAUUACAUAUAUAUAUAUAUAUGUACCUAAUUAGGUAAUGACUCUAUUAUCUCUCGCCGGCCCUUUCGAAAACGCGCCGACACUCGGUGUAUUAUAUCGCGAUUAUAACGGCGUUGUAUCAAAACCAGAGGUUCCCAAAGUGAAUCCGAAUCGAACACCGGCGGCCUAUAUCGAAUGGGGGAGGGGAGGGGUGAUGGGAUGAACAGGGUGUAAACGGGUCCGCGACAGUGCGGUAAACACACCGCGCAUUAGUGUAAUCGAAUUUCACUCGAUCCGUUUUGCGAAACGUUUCGAUUACCUCUCUCGGCGGUUCCUGGACUCCGAGCCGGCAAUCAAAAUACAUCGGCGCUGACGAUCCCUACGUGAAACCGACAACGUUUGUGUCAAUUGUCGCACGAACCUUCGAAAUAGCUUACACGGUCCGCCCGGGUACCGCGAAACGGAUGAUAAUCGUGUGGCAUGUUAAGCGCGGAUAUAAUUUGUCGGUUUAGACCAAUAUUAAGUACACAAUUCAAAUUUAAUUAACAAAGGUGUGCGAGUAUAAACGAAUUUUUCGUUAUUUUUUUUGUUUUUUUUUGGUUUGAAGUCGUUCGUUCCACAGUACGCCUUUUUGGUAGAGAGCAGCUAUCGAACGAAUACACGUUUGAAGUUAGUCAAUGCGUUUUUGUCAAAACCCAAUAUUACCCGAAAACACGGAAUCGGCCCGUUGUUCACCGUACAAAAAAGUUUAAGAACUCCUGCCAUAAACGAGCCGAAAAACUCUAUACGGCGCGUACGCGACCGCGUCUAAUUAUUACAGCGAUCAUUUCCCGAGAUAGACGAAGAAAAAAACAUUAGGCUGUCGCACAAACAACUGCACCACCGGCCAGAUACAAUCAACGCAGUGUCGAGUUGUAUAGGUCGGAAUUGGCAAUUGCCCGAGGGUUUUUUAGACAAUUACAGCAACUAGGACCCUAGCCGCGGUAACCUGUGUUCUUGGACUCGAAUGAUAAAACCGCGAGAUUGUCUAAAGUAGUUUUUAGAAUUUUCGAAAUCUAGAUAAACGGAUAUCUCGGAAACUAAUGUGGUUCGGCACCUAUUUUUAAUCCGUCCGCGCAAUGUCGAAUCCGAUUUGCAGCACACACCAAGUGUUUCGCGUGCCGGGGUACAGCGAUAAGCGAACGAAAAACGAAUUAAUAUAAUAUUAUUUCGGUUUCGAGACCAGUUCUCGUGUUUUAAUAAUCAUUAUCGCCGUGAUCAUCGGGUCGAUUUGUUUUUUUUUCAAAUAGACCUCACGAUUAUAUACGCGUCCGAAAACGUAUUUAACGGAUAUAUAAAGGUAAUAAUAUAGGUAUAUAUCGCUCAAGUAUUGUCGGGUCUUUCAUGAAACAAAAUCGUAAAAGCCCAGGGAAGUACUAAGGGAAGAAUUGAGUCUAAAGGCAAUGAUUUUCGUCCCAGUACCAUAGUUUUUCGCGGAGACUGACCAAAUAUCUAACCUCGAAUACAGGGGGAAAAAGGGGCCAGGGUUUUUCAAGGGGCACAGCCCGACUUUUGGAUCGACUCAAAUUUGUAUGCAUAAAAAAAAACCAUCCAAAGUUUUUGGGGCUUUAUGAUUUCUCCUCUUCCAUUGAGCUCAGGCUUUUCUCUCCAAGACCCUGCGAAAACUGAUUUUGUAUGCUUAUCAAUCGGCUAGAAAAAAUACAAGUCACGAUAAAUUUCGAGUCAAUUUAAAAAAUUUAAAAAUGCUAUAAACAGAUUUUUAUGAAAUAUUAUAGUAAAAUCAAUUUUGUUUUUUCCCGGGUAUAAUACCGCAUAUAAAUCCUAUUAAUAAAAUUUCGCAUAUGAAAAUUGUUUCUCAAUAUUCAAAUGUUUUUUUUUUUAACUUUUAACGAGUAUAUUAUGUAUUCGAUUUGCAUGCGAUUCCAAUCCGCUAGUACACUGCACUCGGAACUUGUGUCGAAUAUGGUUAUUUUUUAAAUGUAUAAUGAUAAAUUGAUAGUGGAAACAGGGAGACGAAGGGAAUGAAAUACAAAUCUAUAAAAUUAGGAACAUUUUUUUUUUUAAUUAUUUAAAGUCAUAUGAUGUAUAUCCUACGUGGAAUUUUUAAAAAAAAAACAUAUAAGAGGACCCUUCUAGCUAGUGCGUAUACAUUUUGUAAUGUAAUACGAUUUUUUCAAAUCUUCAUAAUCUCCUUCGCGGUUCAGUCUUCUCCGUAAAAUAAUUAUUUUGUUUACUACACGUUAUAAUAAUAUUUUAAUUCGUAGAAAAACCAACAAAUCAAUUUACAGUAGAUGAUUUUCGUCCCGUUUCCGUAUUUCGUUUACAUUAUUUUAAUUUAAGCGUUUUCGUGUUUUAUUUUUUUCAGAAUUCUGGAUGGCGAAAACUGAGAAACAUUGUUCAGUGGACUCCGUUCUUUCAGACCUACAAAAAACAGAGGUAUCCAUGGGUACAACUAGCCGGACACCAAGGUACGUUUGAAAACUAAAUAAUACUAUUGUUAUAUUUCAUACAAAUAUAUUUAAUAGACAUAUAAAAAGAAAAAUUGUAUUUUAAUACAUUUCAAAAAUUACUGAAAUUUAACAACAACUAUUCGCACGUCGUCAUAAACUCUUACUGUGCGAUGCUCGUUUUGUUAUCAAUUCGUCUCGAGUAUUUUUAAAUAAGAGUCAGGCAUUUUAUUUCGUUUUUUUUUUUUCGUUUUUUUUUUUGAUUUAUAAGUCAUUUUAUUAGUUCAUUUUAAAAAUGUAUUUUUUGAAAUGUUUGUAUAAAAGCACGUUUUCUUUCUAGGGCAUUUUUGGGGUUUUGUGUACCGUUACACAUUUUCAGUAGUGAUUCAACUCAAAGACGGGUCCGCGUGAAAAUGACAAAAUAUAAGACCCUUCAUUUGAAUUCUAAAUAAUAAAUAAUAGUGUACACGUACGUGUAUUGAAAUUUCGAAUAAAUAUUUCUAUGCUUGAAUAAUGAAAUCGUAUGCAAACUCGCAGUACUAUCCAUUUUUAUGGAAAUUUAAUUUUCGCACACAAUAAUAGUCCGUAGAAUAUGAUAAUAUGAUAUAAUAACAAAUAUUAAAAAAAAAAUACGAUACCAAGCGGGGAACCGCGACGUAGUAAAAUCAUCUUGUUUAUAUUUUUGUUUAUACAUUACCUAUGCGUAAAGUAAAUUUAAUUUUUUUUUUUUUUAGAACGUCCGAUAAUAAUGCCCCUCCCCUCCCCUUGUCAAGGGCCAUUUGCACAAGUCGCGCGCGUACACGAAACGCCACAUUUGUCGUAUUAUUUUCUUUCGGUUCGAAUUUUACGCGCGAACAAGAUUCGAUUUAGUAAUAUUCCGCAACAUAAAAAACGCGGCGAUGUUUACGAAUGCAAUAAUAUUCAACUACAAUGCCCCGGACGGCGGCGGCGGCGUUCACGUGCAUAUUGUUGUUAUUAUUAUUAUUGAAAACGUGACGAUCGUAUGAUAUUCUCAAGAGUCUCGUAAAACACGUAUAACGUCUUUAUUUUAUAAUUUACUCCGUGUACCUUGAGGCCGCGAAGUCGUCAUUCCUCGCCCGUCUCGGAAAGGCGUAAAAAAAAAAAAAAACUAUUUCGAAAAUUCCGUUCUUUUACACUCACAAUGUUGUUGUAGUAUUUAAUAAUAUAAUAAUUUUUUUUUUUUUUUGUAUUUUGUCCGACGUAUCUAUACGUUUUUGAUUAUUCGUACAGAUAACCGAGCUGCGGUUAUUAUAGGUGUGCGCGUCGUCGUCGUCGUUGUUUUUACAAGUGCGGGUACAAUUUGUUUCCCUCCCGAAACGCUGCGUAACGUUACACUGCCGAUAUUAUUUAAACAGUUUCGCGGAUUUCGCAUACAAUAUCAUCGAGUGUCACACGUGCAACGCAAGGCGACACUUCGUUUUUUCGACGAAAAAUGGACGAGCGUAUUAUUGUUAUUUUUAUUUCAUAACCGACAUUAAAAAAAAAAAAGAGGAUAUUUCUCGUCUCGUGUGUACCGAAUACGCAUCGAUCAAGAUGAUAUUUUUUCGUUUUUGUUUAAAAGAUUAUUGCAUUUCCGCGAUAGUCCCGUAUAAUAAAUUUAAUCGAAAUCCGAUCAUCAUAUUUUAAUAUUUACGAAUCCGAACCAAUAACAUUUACGGGCGGGACGGGGUGAUCAUUGACGUUGCAGAUGUAUUAUGGGAUAUAUUAGGCUGUGUAUAUGCUAUUCACAGUCAAUUUGGUAAACCAUAAAAUAAAAAAUAAAACCUACUAAAAAAAAAAAGAGCCCUGAAAACAGUACCUACUUUUAAGUAUUUCUGUUAAGUAAUCCGUUAGAAUUAGCGCUAAAUAAACGAUAAUUGAACGAUGAAAUAUAAUUAUUAUAUAGCGAGUCACUUAUUAGUGACAAAUGACGAUGAUGUACCACAUAUAAUAGUAGGUGAACGCAGCUGUUACAGUGUCGCCGAAGUCUUAAAAUUAUUCCAUGUUCAACCUUUUAGAGUUGUUUUGUUGUUUUUUUUUUUAGUCGAUCAGAUUUUAAACGAACGAUAAAUGAUUUACCAAGUGGUUUUUUUUUUUUUUUUGUCUGUAAACAACUUAUUUAUCAGAAAUCUUGGUCCGAUCGAAAUAUCUGUAAAAACUUUCUCGUAGAAUUUGCGAUCUACAGUCUCGGUGUACCGUGGAGGUCAUCUUUUAAAUUGUUCUCGUUGGUUACUCGGUUACUUUGACAACGAGGGACAAAAUACUGGUAAUAACAAUUCUCCGUUCAAAACCGUUUUUCGUCAAUAACGGUUUAUCGCCGUCAGAUACAAUUAAUUAUCGUGUUACCGCUUUUAAACUCGACCCCCUAAACCAGCGGCACGCCCGUCGACUGCGGCGUCGGUAUUUUACGAAAAAACCAAUCCGUUUCGUUCCGGGAGUCGAUUUUUUUACUCGAAUAUACUAUAAUGCUAUACGAUUGUACGGUCGACUUUCUCGCACCGUCUCGGACGAACGAGACGCGUACGCGUAUACAGGGUGCCCGCUCGCCGCCAACGAUAAUCGCCCGGCCGAGCGACUGAUUGCGCGUGAAUUCUCGCCCCGCGGCGCCGGGCCGGCGAUCGUUAGUUUUCUCACCGAAUGCACACGGCCGCGCGAGUACGAGAAAUACCGCGCGUUCCGGUCGCAAGUACGGUGGCCUACGGGUUUGAAUUUCGAGGGGAAACGAUCGACACACUGUUCGCGCUUGCGCGCGCCCAUCGUCCAUCACCGUUUUGCCUGAAACGUGGUAUAGACAGACCGCCACUCUCGUUUACAAAAACCAACGGGCUCGUACGUGUUUUCGCCCGAAAUCGACCUUUUAGUCUUUGGCCCAAAUGACUUUUCUUUUACGCAAACGCGAAAAAUAAUGAUUCCGGUUUUCGCCCAGAGUAAUAUUAUUCAUCAGGAAACGAAAAAAAACAAAAAAAAAAAAACAUUUUGGUUAACACUGUAUUUUUUUUAUUUUUAUUUUGAAGUGUUGUUUAAACCUGUACAAAAUCAAGCACGGCAUUUAAAUGAUCCAUCAACGUAAAUUGAAUCAACCAAACACAACAUUUUUAAAUUUGUAUCACAUUAAAAAUUAACAAUACUUUUUGUUUUAUCGUUAGAAAAUAAAAAUUGUUCGCCUCCGCAAGUUAUUAACAAGUACAUCUGUAUUCUUUAAAGCCAAGGGCGCCCGCAAGGGGUUUGCCGGUGAAGGCCAUGGCUUCCCCUCGCUAUUUUAGCUAAUAUUAAAUAUUAAUCGUUUUAUUACUCGUAUGGAUUAAAUAUUCAAGCCAUAAUUACUUGUAAGUUGUAAGUUGUAAAAAAAAAGUCUUAUACUUUUGACUUUGGUCCCCCUCAGUUUAUAUUUCUGUCCUUGUUUAAAGCUUCAGUUUCAAUAAUUUAGCGCCGUUUUCGAUAAUAACUUAUCUAAUUUAUCGGCAAGAUUACGAUGUAUAAUUUAAUUUAGAAUCCGGAGUUUCAUAUAAAAGCCGAAAGUAUUUUAUUGAUUACGACUCGUGGACAGUGAAAACAGGUCCGUGCAUUCGGUAGCCAAAUUGUUUUUUUGUUUUUUUUUUUUUGUUUUUAUACAUUGUAUAAUAUUACUAUGGACGAAAACCGAAGCAUUUUUUUUUUUGAGUUUGGGUAAAAAAAGUAAUUUGGGCGAAAACUAAAAGGUCGAUUUUGGACGACAAAACCAGGUUCGCCCAAAACAAACUCCCAUACAACUAAUACUUCGAAUUUUAUUGCGUAUUAUUAUUAAAAUUUUUAACAAUAACGAUAAUAAUUUAUUUACAAUACCGCAACGCGCGCGUAUACCGGCGGUAAUAGUAAAACGCGUAUCGUCGUAAACGGCGAUUUUUUUACAAUUUUUUUUUUUUUUUUUUCCAUUAAAAAAAUCUGAUAUUACGAUAUUGUUGUGAUGUAACGCGCGUAAUAUAAUAUAUAUUUUUUUUUUCUACGCGUCGUACAUUCGAGUGUGAUUCGUUCGUCGACCGCGUGCGUACAUAUUAUAUAUACGAAAACAAUAACACAACAAUAAUAAUACCACGGCGUUCGAUAAUAAUAAUACAUACACAUGUUAUGUAAAUUUUUUUCCCGAACUGUGUUCAACUGGUGUGGAAAAAUAAGAAGCCAUUACCUACAUCGCGGGUGUUUCCGUGCCUCAACUAGUUGAUAGGUAGCCAUUUGUCGAGCCGAACAAAUUACAGAAUCUAAAUCGGAUUUAUAAUAUUAUAAUGCGUAGUAGAUGAGGAAAAAAUAUCGCGGUUUUGAAUUAUUUAUAAUAAUAUGACGGUGUGAAAAACGAGUUUUUCGACAAAAUAUUAUUAUUAAUAAGAAAAAAAAAAAAAAAAACUACUACUACUACUAAAUUUGUUAUCGUUAUUAUUUUUUUUAAUUAGCGCGAUAGUGUUUUACGAUACAAUUGUACCUGCGGUUUUCGUUUUCUUUCGUAAUAUUAAUUUUUAUACGCGUUAGUGCAUAUUGUAUACGUAAAAAACACGACUUGUUUACUCUUAUCAUUGUUUUUAAAUCUACUAUUUUUGGUGAGAAUCGUGUAUUAUAUUAUUACACUCGAUAAAGCGUGUUUAGGAUAACGCCAAGGAGGACGAGAUAUUAAAUUUAGAAAUGGCACAAUAUUAUGUAAUAUAUUGUAUAAAGUGUACUUACCCAGGAUACAAACAAACACAUCAACGCUUUCGGUCAUUUAUGUCAUUUUUUAAGUAAUCCAAUCCAUACCCUAAUCGUCAAAAUCGAAUAUCUAACUUUUUAUGUAUAGCUUAUUGUUUACAUUAUAUUUUUAUGUUUGAGUACUAAUUUUACCGACUUCAUAAUACGUUUGUUCGGGUAAUAGACUUCUUUUUAAAAGAGAACGUGUUUACACUCAUUUAACAAUAAUUAAAUUUUUAAUUAUUGCGAAUUUAUAUUGCGUGCUAAAAAUGUCUAGAACAGUAUACGAUAAAUUAGUGAUUGAUCUAAGAGGGAGUGGGGGCAACGGGAGUGGGUCAUUUGUCUCCCAAACACUGUAGUGGAUUUUUUCCUUUCUUCAUCAAAGAACACAAAUCGACAGAUCACGGACUAAAUAAAACCCGCGAAUGUGGGAUUAUAAUGUUUCCGAAAUUCGUGCUGCUAUAGAUAGUACCCGAAUUACUAUAAUGUUUUAUUUGUACGGUGAAGCGAAUUAAUAAAUGAAUAAGAGGCUUUUACUAUUUUUAUAGAUGCCUGGUUAACGCGUAAACUCCAAUAAAGACAUUAACACCUAUCUAUACGGCCGUCGUAGUUGUGCGUUUUUACUAAUGUUUGCAAAAUGUUUUGCACUUUUCAUCACCUCCCGCGCCUAACCGAAUCCGAACUUUGGAUUCGACACUACGGUAAACGGCAAAUUCAUCGAAACCGUCGGUACGUCGUUCCUCGUCGCGCAGAAUCUAAGUAAAUUAUUUUAAACUGACGGCCGUCAGUGACGAUGUUACGCGAUUCGUGUAAAUCGCGUUCGAAGUAUGCGAGCGAUGUUGUUUGCCAUUGUCUCGGCUUAUAACGACGUCAAAUCGCGCGCUAUUAAACGAUUACGUUAUUAUUACGGGACGAGUAGGUCGCGAUCGUUACGUUAUUAUUAUUAUUUUGUCCGUUGUAAAACAAACGUGUCUGCCGCCGUACGUGUGUGUACAUAACACGGUAUAAUUGUUGUUGUUUAUAAUAAAAUAAUAAAGUGAAAACGAAAUUAUUAAAAUGGUUAAUUGUUAUUGUUUACUAUUUCGGUUCGUUAAUAUUGAACGUGCCGUAGACCGACGAUAUUAUUAUUAACGGCGUUUCGACUUCUGUUCCGUACGCGCGUCGCCGUGCCUGCAGUGCGCUACUGCCGUAUUGCCACUCGAACGCAAUAACAUACAGGGCGGUUAUCGUCUACCGCGGCGUAUUGUGCGGACAGCAACAGCCGUGAAGUAUGCAUUAUAGUGACAGCGGACGGUUACACAUUGAGCGAAAAUUAGUCGGACGACGACCACUCGUCGUCAUCGUUAUUAUUAAAACCCGAGUCUUGUCAUCGGAGACACUCCUUUCUGUUUGACGUCACGUUCUUUAAUGAAACAAAAACAACGCACUCGGUUCUUGCGGAUGUGUUCAAAAUAUAAUUGUUUCUUCGGGGGAGCGUCCUCUCGACAAUUUCUUCCCGUCAACUGUUACUUCGAAUACGUUUGUUACGGAGUCGGUGUGUUGGAUAAUGUGUCCACAAUUCGCUUUGCCAUCCUUGAUUCAAUUGUGCUCAUCUUCUAACACUCACUCGUUGCUUAUCUCGUGUAUCCGUCUGGUCUUUGCCGUUUUCCAUCACGUCCGCAUCUCUCCUGUCACCAGGUUGUCUCGGUAUUUCGUGUCCGUUGUCCACGUUUCACUACCGUAUGUAUACCCACGCUCUAAACGAAUGUCUUAACGAGUUAUUUACUCGAUCGCGUGCGCGUUUGCACGGUGAAAAGUUGACGAUUGUCUUGGAAUGUUUCCUUUGCUCGUGUUAUUCUUCUUCUGGCGAAAUCUAAAAAAUAUUGACCACAAAUAAUACGGAUAGUAUUAUGAUUAAUGCGCGUGAUCUAUUCAUGAUAAAUCGACGUUUUUCACGGGAAAAGGUUUUUUUUCUUUCUGUAUAACCGCUAAUAUCCACCAAUAAGCAUAGGCAUAUGUCUAUGAUCAAUAUUAAACAAGAAUAAUUCGAAUAAAUUCUAUUGUUUCGGCGGUUUUUCAGUCGUUGAGUCGUUUGACGAUAACACAACAGUUUCAACAUUCGGUCCCGUAUAUUAUAAUAAACUGCCAUAAACGCAUAUUAUUGACUUACGUUUUUAAAAUCGCGUUAUAAUUGAUGGCACGCGCUCAACACUACUAUAAAAUACUUAGGUAGAUGCCUAGUAUACAAUACAGGAGACGGGCCGUUUGUUCACUAGUUUGAAAUUAAAUUAGACCGCGAAAGAAAUUUAUUCGAAAUCCGUUCGUUUUCUCGUAGAUAAUCUCUGACGACGGUUUGUGAUAACAAAAAAAAAAAAAAUCACUGUAUUUUGUUAGUGCAGGCGGAACAACUCGCACGUUCGGCCGGUUUUCCGUCGGCCGAGUAUAUUAGCGAAGAACACAACAACAGCAAUAAUAAUAUUGAAUGUAUGUGUGUGUAUUUUUUAUUUUUUUCUAUGUGUCGUAGCGUAUGUAUAAAUCGUUCAAUGUCAAACCGAUCUAUUGCGAAAACCUCGUCGUCGUCGUCGUCGUCGACGGAGACACUCGACCCGGUGGCCGUAACGUCGUAAUAGGCUAUCCGGUACCAAUAAUAUACCUAUAUAAUAUAAUAACCAGGUGUGGCGAGGCGCUCUACGUGCGUCAGUAGCAAUAAAAUGAAAGAAUUAAAAAGAAUAAAAUAGAACAAUAACUCGUGGAAACGCAAGCGAUCCGCAAAAGCCUGCAUAUUGAAACACGACAGUCCUGUUGUUAUAUUAUAAUAAUAAUAAUAAUAAUAGAAAAAAAAAAAAAAAACCAACGCCCUAGCCUAUUACAAUAAUUAUAGUUUUAUAAAUGAAAAACUAUUAUUUACAACGUGAUUGACGAACGCGUCGACAAUAACGGGGGAGAAUUAAUGAAUAUACCCGGGUCUGAAAUUCGAUUAAAUCCGAUACGAUUAUAAAUUGCCGCUGCUAUUAGUAUAUCAUAAUCACCGCGGGUGUUUUUUUUGUCUACACAGGCACCAAUAGGAAAUUAUUCCAUUAUCGCACGCACAAACAAUUUAUUUACAAUAUUAUUAUUUUCAAGGUUUGACCGUGAAACGAUAUCCGAAAUUUCGUAUACGGUAUUAAUAAUUCAUAGAAAACGUGUCGGAAUAUGUUAUUUUUCGUGAAUUCGCCAAUUUUUAUUAUUUUUCUCCCGGCGUAGUCUCCCGUAGCCUUAUACUUUUUGAACGUUUUGACUGCCACUAAAACACCAUUAUAUUCUGACACGUAUCAUGGUACUUAUUUCAAUCUUUUACAGGUCUGAAAAAAAAAACCAGUGUCCUGUCGUAUUUUUCCCAAAAAUAAUAAACUAUCGAACUGUAAUUGUGACUGUUGUACAUAAUGUUAUAAUGUUAUGUGUAUUUCUUUUACCCGGUACAGUUGAACACUUUUAGUGGCUCCCUCUGCAUCUAAAGAGCUCAAACACGGGAAUUAGAAAUUUUUGUGGGUGGAUUGGAUUAAUACGAUUUCGGUUGAAUUUCAAUAUGAACUUCGCAUCAUGUUGUUGCGGGAAUUUUUUCGACUUUUCACAUCCCUAUAACAGACACCUCUAAAUGAAGCCAGAGGGAUACAAUUCUGCGCGUGAAUGGUGUAAGAAUCAAAUAUCUAAAACUGAUUUUGACUUUCAAAACCCUUCGCCAAUCAUUUUUAUCUUCAGAUUUCAUGUUUUCAGAGUAAAUGUUGAGUUUUAAUUAUCCUUUCAGACUCAUGAAAGUAAGAAACUUGAUUAAAAUGUGUGUCUAUAAAUAUAAUUGCUGUCGAGGAUGUGUCUUCAGAAGGUUUUAACUUCCGACUCUCAACCCCACCAUCUGUUUGUAUUUUAUCACACAUUUCGAGACCUACUUUACCUAUUUUGUCCAAUUUGUAUAUAUACAUAUAUACAUCAAAUAUAAAAAAAAAAAAAAAUUUUUUUUAUAAUAUUGUAACAUAGUAACAAGGAAAAUUCGAUAUAUAGUGUAGAGCUCUGUUGCUCAUGCGUUUUACAUAUUAAUUUUGUUUAAAAUGUGUUUUUGAUUGUAAAUAUUAAAUAAUUGUUAGUUUGUUUUUAUGUUUCAAAAAUUAUUUUUUAUAAUAAUAACUUUUAAUCAAGAAUAAAUAGAAUUUUAAUAAUUAUUUAGAAACAAAAUAUUAAUUGAAAAAAUGUUACUUUUUUUCCAAAAGUAAUAGGAACUUUAUGAAUAUCUUCACUCUUCAGAAUAUAUUAUUAGUUAUUUUAAUUUUUGAACGUUUAAAACGGUUUAAAUAUUUACUUUUCAAAUACAAUUGUCUUUCAUAUAGAUAGUUGUUACUCUUGAUAUUUGAAGCAAGAGCGAUCGGACAUGAUUUCCGGUAAAAAAAGGUGUUAACCGAUACGAAAAAAAAAAAAGAACACAAAUCAUAGUACAAUCAAUACGUUCCUCUCUGCGAACAGAAUUUAAAAUACAAAAUACGGAAUCUAAAUAUAAAUCUAAGUAUACGAUUUAUUAUAUCUUCAAUAACGAGUCAAACAUUUGGAGAAUUGUAAAUCGCAAACCCAGAUCGAAUUCAAAAUGCUCUCAUUUAAACAUUUCGUAGUAAAUUCUCUCUCACUCUCUCUCUCUCUCUCUAAAACCAAUUUCAAAGGUUAUAUGUGUGGGUUUUGUUUUGCGCGAACACGUUUUCGCUAUAUUGGUCAUUAAAAACGAGACAGAGACGGCGAAUGUAACCGCGAUAGCCUCUUACAUAACCACGAAAUUACAUAAAAAUUCUAAAUUCUAACCAUUUAUAUUCGUUUUUAAGAGAAUAUAUUAAACUAGGUGUUUAGUUUUUAAAUGUGACCGUUGUCGUAUCGUAAUAAGUGUACGAGAAUAGUCCCCGAACGUGUUUUCUGUACAAAUUGUCACCUGUUCCUGGCGUUAUCAAUUUUUUUUUCUCUCCGCAACGAGUCGAUCAUAAUCUAAAAGUGCGCAGGUGUUCCCCGUAUAUAAUAUUUACCUGUCCGUGUCGUCCGCGAUAAAUAUAAUAUAUACUAUUUACAUCUGCAUAAUAAUUAUUCAACACGGUCACGGUUGGUCGAUAACAUGUUGAUAUAACCGUCUGCAUUGCCGAUUUCGUACGGUACAUCAGAUCGUUUUUGUCAACGAUAUGGCGCAGUCAUAUUAUAUUAGUAAACGUCUAUUCAAUGUAUACGGAUUGGCAUAAAUAUACCCGUGACACAUUCGUGUUACGAACGGCUCGGAGAAAACGGAAAAAGCGAUUACCACCGCCUUUAGCCGGACCCGUUAACGUGUUUAUUGUACUCGAUAUUGACGGAAGUGCUCCCCCCGCCGAAAUUUUAUAAGCAUAAUUUAUUUUACACCGUUAUUUUAAUGAUUGUGUGCGGUUUUUAAUUUUUUUCCAUCCGUCAACACGAUUUCGACCCGAAAACAUAAAGAGGGUGGUUAUAGUAGUUUGAUUGUAUUUUCGAUAUAAGUGGUGUCUUUGGGAAAAACCGCGCAGAAAUCCGAAACGUCGAACAUUUUCGACAACAUUUCAAUGCCGGUUUUUAAAAUUUUGAUUUCGGAGACUAGCGCGCUCGAAUUUGCGACUUUUCGAUUCCGGAUGAAUCGAACAAUACACUGAUCAUUAUGUAUGCGAUUUUUAAGUUUUAUUUUUUUUUUUUAUGUGUCGUUUAACGAGCUAACUAUCACUUUAAUUCUAAAAUCUUAUCUAUCUCUAAGCAUAACGAGGAACGUAUUGAUUUAAUCUCGGGUAACAAAUUUUCUACCAGAAAUAUUGCUCCAAUCAAAAAACGACAACAGAGAUUAAUUUUUAGCAUUUUUAAUCUAGUUGUUUCGUUGAACAAGUCCUGUCGGCUGCACGCGAAAUCCCAUUGUAGUCUCGAAACUGGCAUUUGUACAAUUUUGGUCGCAUCUCUGGAUUGCUUUGGUAACAAGUACGACGAUAUGACUAAUAAUACUCUACAUGGAAUCGUUUAUCGAAUGGAUAUAAAUUAAAUUAGUCUCAGUACGCGGGUGGGAUGAGCAAAAAAGAAAACAAAAAAAAAACAUCAUGACUAUAAUUUUAGUAAUGCUCUCCCUUCCCUAGACAAAUUUUCUGGAUCCAACAUUGAAUACGCAGCCAGCGGUAUUGUAUCCAAUGUCCCCGGCGUGUAUAGUAAUAAUAAUAUGCAAGUACACAAGACGUGUAUCUAUUGCUCGGUCUGUAAUCGUUUUCGACGUUCUGCGCAACAUCAGUUGUAUAGUCUCCUCCGCAAAUGCGCAUGCGCGUUUCGCGUUCUCCGCGACUCAUUAAUUACAGCGAAAUAAUAAUAAUAAAAAGGAAAAAAAAAAAACGAAUGCGAAACGCCGAGCAGUGUAUUAUACAUAAUGGCGGCGGCGAUCGUGACAAACCAGUUUUGAAUUGCGCUUCGGGCUGUUAAUCGGUUUACAUAGGUAGUUAAAACACCGAUCGUACUAAUACCGCGCGUAUACCCAAUAUUAUUAUUAUUUACGCGUAAACACGCGGCUCCGGUCGUUUUUUAUUUUCUUCUUCUUCCUCUCCUACAAAGUGUAUUUUAUUAAUUUCACGUACGAUUCGCGCUGUCGCACGUACCUCAAUAAUACGCGCGUAUAAUAAUAAUGGCGGCGCGAGAUCCACUCGGUCCGGUAACCGAUACACGGCGGGAGUGCAGCUGCCGGCGGGGCAUCGCCGGAGUUUUCUCGUAUAGUCGGGUAUUUUCGAGUAGCACGGAAAUUGCGUGUCGUAACCUAACGCGGUCGUCACCGUAGUUUUAAAUUUUUUUCGGGUGCAUACGAAUGAGGAUCCGUUUAUAGCCGGGCCGGGCACGGUAAACGGUAUUUGUCAGAAAAACGCGGUAUCCGCUUCUGUCGCGCGCGUCAGAUUAGACCGCCGGACCCGGCGGAGAGUAGCGACGCGAACGGAUGAAUCCUAUACGAAGUAACGGCCGGUUCACAGCCGAAUCACGAGGACGCGCGUGUGCAUACAUGUUGUUUAAUUGUCAAACGUGUAAACGAAAAACGCGUGAAUCUUAUAGGAACGUCUGUAGAGAAUCCAAGAUCAGAUUUUUUAAAAGGAUUAGGAAUAUUUUAAUAAGGUAUACGUGUUUAAAAAAAUGUAAGGUUAAGUUCGGAUACGUUCAGAGUAAAGAUAUUAAAUGAUAACAAUAGGCGACAUAAUAUUAAGCAUUAUACUUGAAAUAGCUGGUGGAAAUUUCAAAUAAAUGUUCAAAUCAAAUAUCACUGAGUAACAAUUAAAAUUUAUUUAACCGAAAAAAAUAUUAUUUUUUUUUUUCAUUUGAAGCUCUCAAAUAAACACUUAAAAACCAUUUUUAAAAAACUUAUAAAAGGAUUUUUAUUUUUUAACUAUUAAAAUAUACAAAAAAAAAAAUUUUCAAAUUUGAUAGCUGAACUCUUGAAUCUUUUUGAAAAUACAUUGGUAAAUUUGUAUUAAUGACGACCGACUCGGAACUCGAAAAGUAAAUAAGAUAACGCAGGGAAACAAAAGUUCUUGGAUAAUGGGGACGGGUGCAGUUUUUUUUAUAAGUAAAAAGUUGGGAAGGUAGGAUGUAGACGCGAAUUUAAUGUACAUCUACAACGCAAUGAUAAAUCAUUACUAACGAAAAUACAUACCUCGCUCCAUUCAGAAUUUAAAAUCAUCAGGGAGGAGGAAGAAAUUAGUGUUUUGUCUGUAACCUACGUAACCAUAAAAUAGAAAAUGAACACGAAAACAAAAAAAAACAGGGAAAACUAGUCAAAAACAUAUAUAUAAAAAAAAAAAAAAUCUAUCAAAAUAAUCAAAAACGCACUUUUAAAUAAUAUUGCGUAUUUAAACAUGACAUAAAUGUCCAUGGCACUAUGCCGGAUUUAAUAAAACGUCAAAAAAAAAACAAAAUAAGCGAAUGCUGUAAAUUCUGAACCUGUACAUGAUCAUUCAUUUAGUCGUCAUAAAAUAUCGGCGGUGACUUCAUCUACGGACAAUGUUUGAACGUAAUAUAAUUAUUAAUAUAUUAAUUUUUCCACUCGGCAGAACGGGCGAUAGAUACUGCGGUAAACAUAAACGAUAAAUAAAAAAAAAAAAAAAAAACAAUAAUAAUAAUAACAGGUACUUAGAUUAAAGAGUAUUUGCUAUCAUAUACGUGGAUUAGCAACGGAAAACGAUAACUGAGCUGUUGUAGGUUUAAUAGGUAGGCGGGUAAAGUCGGCGUUUACUAUUAUUAGUGUUUUUUCUUUUAUUACUACGAUAGCAACACGUUAUUUAUAUAGUAACAGUCGUUUGCAUAUUAUCUCCAUGCGGCACUAUAUUUUUUAUUCAAAUCACACUUCCGUCAAAGGUUUUUUUUUUGUUUUCUCUUAGUGUUUUACUUUCGUGGGUACUUGCGAUAAAUUUCUAUGUAAAACAGUAAGUAUGCGAAGUUUCUCUGUUUCUCUUUUACACGUAAACUGACGUACUCACGUGAAAUCAACAUCCGAAUCUAUAAAAAUGUAUAAUUGAAAAAUCCGUGUACACGGGUAAUAUUAUUCGCGUGUACGCGUACGUUCGCGUAUUUUAGCAUUUUGAUGUUUAUUUUGAGUUUAUAAGAGUAUUGACAACUUUAAUUUAACAAUAAAAUUAAUUAAAAUUAUACAAAAUCCGCAGUAAAUUUAGUAUAUAGUACGUCAUCGCCUUAACACGUGAACACGGAUAACGAAUUCAUGUAUAUUAAGUACACGUGGUACAUUAUAACUUACAAUAAGUAUAAUUAUAAUACACAUAUAAUUUUCUUCACGUGUAGACGGACUCUGCAUUAAUGUACGUAUUUAAUUCACGUAUUCAAUUUACUUCUAGUAAGUACCCGUUUUAAAAACGAGUAGAGCAAAACAAGGUCAACCGGGAGAUCGGCGUAAACUUUUCCGACAAUAUUUUACGAAUAAUAUACACUCGCCUUCGGAGUUUUCGAAUUCCCGUACGGGUCUUUCUAAAAACAUAAUGUUAUUCUUCUAUAAGCCGCUCGGCUCGACUUCUACGGGGUCGCGAAAACUUUGUAAGUUUACGUCUAAUCCGUAAAACCAGCCGAAACGAACGCUCGACUUCUGGAGUUGUCUAACCGUUCCAAAUACCCGUACUACGUGGUUUAGUUAUAUUAAAACAGUAUUUCGCCGUACGAAACGUGCUUGGCUUUUUAAGUCAAGUACCUGUGUCGUUGUCAUUGAAAUCAUGUUGUUCACCAUCCUGCGGUUCCGUAGAAAAUUGCGAUAACGCCAUAAUGCCGUUUUUUUUUUUUUUUUUUUGUGUGAAAAUCUGAUCAAACUAAAAAUAAAUAUUACGAUAAUACGAUCGCUUAUUGAUUUAUUUAAUGGAUUUAUUUAAUUUUUGUAAGCUCAUCACCGUACUAAUAUUAUAGUGCCUGGUGUGGCGAACUCGUUUUGUCUUCGCGCGUGCAUUGUAUUCGGAACCUAUGCCGACAAUAUCCGAUGGGAGGCGUGCAAUAAAAAUUGCCGAAUUAAAAAGAAACAGUGACCGGUAGAAAAUUAUUUAAAUUAAUAGUAAUGCGGAUAUAAAAACAGAUAUAAAAAAAAAAAAAAAUAAGUUUUAACCUUUUUUACUUUUAUCAAACCAUCUCCGUUCCGGCAUUCCUACCGGUUUAUUUCCCCGCGGGAUCCGGUUUAAUACAUCAUUUAUAUAAUUGACGUAGCCCUAAUUAUUUCUGACCAACUCGGUCUUUUGAGUCCUAUUUCAGCUACUAAAUUCGGUUUUCGAAUAAUCCCUUUACUUUUAUGUUGGAUCUAAUUUCAUACGUUUAUCUUUGUUGGUCUGAGGGGCGUCCGUAAAUCCUUCUAAGGAGUUUUCUCACCAUGACAGAUAAUUUUCUCUAACGUUUCACACACGUAAAUAAUCACUGGUCUUGCUAAUACUCUGUGUAGCGGUUCUUACGAUUUCCUUGGAUAGAUGAUAUAUUAUUAUUAUUACUUAUAUCCAUGUUGGCCAUUUUAUCAUUACAAUAUAGCGCAUCGUGAGGUAUCACGCGUGGUAAUAUGGAAAUUCGCCGUUUUUCCCAUCAUGUGUACACAGCGAUUGUACCGGUUUUUAAACAGAGUACCAUAAUAGUAUUAUAAAUCGUUUUUUUUUUUUUUUUUUUUGCAGGUAACUUCAAAGCCGGUCCGGAACCCGGCACGAUCCUCAAGAAACUCUGUCCCAAAGAACAGUUGUGCUUCCAAGUGUUGAUGAAGGACGUGCUCAGGCCUUACGUGCCCGAGUACAAGGGCCACUUGACAACCGACGACGGAGACCGUAUCCUUUUGAAAACUGUAAAUAAUAUUAUCGCUGUCGCGGGGGGGGGGGAUCGAACGAAUCUAUGCACAUAUUGUAAUCCGUUGACUAGCCGGCGAAAUUCCGUGAGUAAAUUUUAACCGCACGUUUCGGAAGAGAAUCUAAAACUUGUGGCAGACUGUUUAAUAACGUGCGGCCGAUCGCGGUGCUCGAUGAAAUAAUUGCGUGUCGGCUUACGGGGGGGGUUUUGUUUUUCCGGUCGUUGACACACUUAGCCGCCGUGUUAAACGCGAUAAUAUAGCUAUGUUUAAAAAAAAAAACAAAAGAAUAAUAAUAAAAAGCGCUUUCGAGGUUGGAGGGGGGCGAGGGGGUAAUUUGAUCGAAAAUUCGAUUUUCCUGGUUCUCGUUACGACGAUUCGUUAAUACGUUCAGAUCGUUUAUCGUAAACGCGAAACGGGGUACAUUAUAAUCGGCUGUGUCGAAACGUCAUUAUUAUUCGCUCGAGUUGGGUGACGCGUAGAAAAAAAAAAAGGAAAACGCGUAAUAACAUUAUUAUAUUUCUAUGGAAAUCGCGUGUCGCGUAUAUUAUUGUGCACCGGUGACGUUCUAUCCCGAGCCGUUUAACCGUUUUAGGUAGAUAGGUACAUAAUAAUAGUGUUUUUUCGGUUUAUUACUUUUGUUUUCGCCAAACGCGCGGGUUCUUCUCGUUUUAUUUUUGUAUAAAAAAAAAACAAAAAAAAAUCGAACGCAUACGUAUAUUUAAUAUCGCCGCGAAUAAUAAUAACGAUAUUAUAUAAACGUCGACCUCCAACCGGAAUGACGUACUGUUCAACAUUUUAUUAUAAAGUCCGUGACCCAUUCUGUGUAUUAAGUUUAAAUAUUAUUAUUAUUAUACGCAUUUUACGUUCGGGCCGUUUAUAAUGCGGGCGCAGACGAAAACGUUUAAAAAAAAAAAAACAGUAGCCGAGUCCCGCAACGUCAAAUGGCUAGUUUUUUUUUUUUUUUUAUCGUUUAAUUAUUAAUUCUUUAAAAUUCGGUCGUGCCCACACACGCGUUUUAUACGCAUUGAGCAUCAUCGUAGUGGGUCCGCGAUAACGGUCAAUAAAAUCGUACGGUAUACAGGACGAUCGGAAUUUUUCGUUUAAACAAAAAAUGAACGUAUGACGACAAAAUUGACAAUAUUGUACAGUAAUUUAUUACGAUUCACAGUUUUAUGAGUGGGUUUCAUAGGAGUACUGGGGGGAGAGGGAGGGGGUGCUAUGGGAUCUUAUGCACCCUAAAAUUUAAAAUUAGCAUUCCCGAAAAACCCAAUCAGGUUUUUCAUAUUUAUGAUAAAAUAUUUCACUAACGUUUUUUAUAGUUAAUGAGCAGAACAAUAUACAGACAAUACAUGUGUGUGUGAAAAAUAAUGUUAAAAUAUGUCAUGAUAAAUUUACAAGUACGAAAUUGUGAAUUUAAGGUGUAGCUAUUUGUUGUAAGAGUCAUGUAAAAGGGAUUUGUGGGGACCCCAUGCGUCUUUGAUGUGUCCAUAAUUUUAGAAUACCCAAAGUUGGUGGUCUAGUUGCGCCUAUUUUACUUCGGAUAAAAAUAGUAAGGGUAAAAGAUUUAAAAUCGUAUACAAAUUUGCUUGUAUACAUUUGUAUACGACCUCUCGGAUGGGAUUUCUGGUAAAUUUGUAAAAUUCAAAUAUGAAUCUAUUUUUUUCUUCUCUUUUAGCAAACAUCGCGUCAAGACGAAAAACGAUUUAAUUUCCUAACGAAUUUCGGAAAAAACUCACCCAAAAAUGGUUUUAAGUUUGUAAAAAGCUGUGGUACGCAUACGUCCACGCGUGCGAUUUUCUCUAUAUUGCAUAUGUAAUAUUCAUAUCAAAAAAAUGACCGCGACGCACAAUUCAGAUCGGCCUGUAUGCUAUGCUAAUAUUAUUACUGCAUCUGUCCGUUAUAACUAGGCCAGAGAAUAUAAAAAUACGAUUAUGAUGCGCUAAAAAUAUAUUUAUCAAAUGUAGAACGUUAAACAUCUAUAGCUAGACUUCUAAUUAAAAAAGAGCUAAAGUAGCAGAGAAUUUUUUUAAAAAUAACUGUGAAGAAAAAAGGUUCAGAAUAUCGUAUUGUAAUAUAUAAAUUUUAAAUAUUUUGUUAAAAUGUCGUGAUUUUUGCGAUUCACGUCAAAAUCUUAAUUGAAAACGAUUUUUGAAUAACAUAUUCCAAUCGUAUCGAACUAUGUCUUAAAAUGGUGGGCAGGUAAAAAAAUGAAUGGACCACCAAUCUCGUUUACAAAACAAACUUCUAAGAUAUAACACUCUUAAUUAAUAUUCUAUACGUACAAAUUUGAUAAAAAUAUGGCUCAGGUACCCAUCACUACCUACCCAUUAACAAAAAGGGCGGCGAUCGCCACUGCAGACACAUUCAAUAUUAUAAUCAGCUUUUUUUCUUAUUUUUGACCACUAUGUAAGCACAAUAUUUACGACAUAUUUCAACAUGUGUGAUUUUUUUAAGUACAAGACACUGCAAUAAAAAAUAUUUUUCGGAGCAAUAUUUUCGGUGAUUAAAUUCGGAUUUUCGAAAUUCGGAUAAAAUUCGUUAACGCCUACCAAAACGAAAACAUAGGUGUUAGUCCAUAACGAUGUUCUAAUAAAUACGAAUAAACAUAUCUAAAGCUAUGGAGUGCACGGAGAUGCGUUUAAAAAUAAUUAUUACGCUACACGAUAGUUAUAAAGAAUUGUAAUUUUGUGAGUUACCUACUUGUAUAUUGUUUGCCGGUUUCGUUCGCGAAAUUCGUCCGACAGUCGUUUUGUAACCCGACAGUUGGGUACAUUUUUCACGUAAACGGUUUUGAAAAUUUAUUGUUUGAAACGCUUUUCGACAUUCCGAUAAGUACUCAUACACAAAUCGCCUGCACAGUUUAAAUCGGUCAGAUGCUUCGGUCAAUGUUUACACAAUAAUAUAGUUGUAGUGUAAGGUGCACUUUAAUCGAAAUACCCAUUUUGAAAAUGUUUGCUUACAGUCGAUUUUCGAAUAAAACAGACGUAUACACCGUUAAGAUGACGUGUUAGACGUGCGUAUUUUGUUGUUCCCGUCUUACAAACACAAGAUAUAGCAAAAUCAUGCUCCCGCAGACCACUCAGAAAUUGCUUAAUUUUAGUUUUAGAGUAAAAGCGCCUAUUAUAUAAUUAAUAGAGAACAAUAUUUUUGGAGGCCAAUACAAUGCGUUUUUUUGAAAAUAUUUUUUUUUUUUUUUUAAGGUUUUAGUGAAUUAAAAAAAUCGUUGAAAAGUCGCAAUUUGUAAUCGGUAAAUUGACUGUGAUUUUCAGAGAAAAUUGAAAAAAAUUAACGUCUUAACCUCCAGAAUAUUCUUUUCUUUUUAUUUUAUUAUGGAUGGUUCUAAAAUCAAAAUUAAAUGAGUUCUGUGUAGUCUGCGCAAGCAUGUUUUAACUAUAUCGUGCGUUAAUAAAACAAAAAUAACAACAGCGUGUGUAACGUCCUCUUAAAAUAAAAUAUGAAUGCGCUCUGAAAAAAAAAAAAAAAAAAAAAAAAAUUCUACUUCACAUCGAAAGUGCGUCACCGUUAUAAACGACCACUGCGGUUAUCCACGCGGAUUAUCGACGGUAAUUAUUUAGGAAACGUAAAUUACAAUCCGUUUUUAAACGAAAGGAAUAAAUAACCUGCUGGGUUUAUAAUGUUUCCGCCGAUUUCAUUAUUUCCCGACUAUACGAUAAAUCGUCUAGAUCGGUAGAUUUUUUUAAUCUCAAAUCUAGAUAAACGAUAAACUAGUUAUCCUAGCCGUUACAAUGCUAUGUGUAACGAAUAAAAUGAUCCUACCAGACAGAUCGUUUUUAAUCGCAAUACUAUUAAAAAUAAUUGGGAAAAAUAUUUGGAUUUUUAUACAAUAUCAGUACGUUUUAACGAAUUAAUUAUUGAGUAACAUCGAUCGCAUAACCUUUACGGAAUGUGAAUGUCUGUAUCGAAUUUGCAGGUACACUUUUAACGCGUUAAGCACGUAAAUCAACGAAAUUAUCUCGUUUAGUGUCUAGACAAAAAGUCCCGAAUUAUUUUCUCUUAUCUUUAUCUGGAUAUUUAAAAAAAAAAAAAACAUUUUUUAAAUUUUGAAACACUGAUAACAACGCUUCGCGGGUGGCAAACUACGACUAUAUUAUAACAUAAUAGUUUAUAUUGUUUCUUCUAAAUCGGUGAUUAGGCCUCUUUUCGACGCCGUGACGAAUGUUUUUUUGAACGCGCAUUUCGUUCACGGCCCGAGCCCAUUGAAAUCCCGUGAUAUUAUUGUUAUAAUAAUUAUUAAUAUAAAAGAAAAAAAAAUUAUUUACGCGGCUGCAUUGGUCGUCGAGGUCGAUUAUAUUAUAUUAUUGUUGUAUUUUCGAAUUUUUCAAACUUCUAUUGUGCCCGUUUGUGCGAAUUUACACGUAUCGCGUAGGUAUAUUAUUAUGAUAUUCUAUUCCGCCGUCCAUUCGGUCCAUCGAUUAUUUUCGACCUCCUCCUACUAAUGUUGUAAACGCGAAAGUUUGUUUGCACGGACGAACGUAUGUGUUUGUUAUCACCUUUCGCCCAAAUCACUGAACAAAAACUACGCAGACCCGCAGAAUUAGCACAUAAUACGUCCCCCCCGUAUUUUACCCCUAAAGGGGGGGCUGACACACGAGGGUCGAUUUGUAUUUCGGGAACGAAAAUCAAAUAAGCGUUAUCGAUUUACGGGUCACUUUUGUGACACGGAUGAAAUUCAAAACAAAAACAAAAAUAAUGAAUUAAUCCGAGAUAGCGUAAUGUUAAGAACUGUACUAUUACUUCUUUUGGCAUGGUUAACGCCGAACGGAAACGCCUUCAACGUUAUAAUAUGAUUUGACAUUUGCCCGAGACGACAUACGAAUCUGAGUGUUGGCCGCUGAUCGAAAUUGACGAAAUAAUGAUAAAGGAAAAAAAAAUUGUUCUUAUGGUUCAGGUUAAUAAUCCUGUAGUUAAUUGUUAGGUACAGAUGACGUAGCCUAAAAUUACUUUAGGUCCUAUUGAUUUUCCUCAUAUAUUCUGACCCGGCCUUUCUCUGCACACGUAUCCUUUUAACAUCUUCUGUAUAACACGAAAUAUAUAUAUAUAUAUAUAUAAAUUUGUUUUAUUCUAUCUGCUCUGGAUUGAAUAUCCAUUUUCAUAGUAGCUGAUUUUCCUCUAUUCUUAUCUCUUCGUUUGCACUCGACUUUUUUAUCCACGAAGGAAUUUUAGCGUUUUCCCGAAAAUAAAAUUGUAUCGAAUGCCUUUAGUUUACUGAGCUUCAACUAAGCUAAUUCAUGGAUGUGUAUUACAGCAGAGAAAAACCAGAGAGAAUAUAAUAUUCAUUGACCACAAAAAAAAAAAAAAAAAAAACACGCACCUAUUAUCAUAGAUUCGCGAAUAUAUCCAUGUAGGCGGAGAUCUGUGCAGUGAAUUUUAAAUUAAAGAGGAAUAAAGACCACGAGUUUAUGAAAACUGUCGCCUUGGCGGUAGUAAGGGAGGACGUAUUAAAUUUAUAGACCGGUAAGAAAUUUUAUUGCAUGUACAUUUUUCAAAUGAAUAAUUUUUUUUUUUUUUUUUUAAUCGGUCUAUAAUACACAUUUUAUACAUUUUUACGCAUUUCUUCGCUAGCUAUAUGUAAUAACGUGUACGUAUAUUUUAAUUUUUAUCUAUUAUUGUUGUAUACGUGUCCGUAUAGUUACUAUUUCAUGGUAUUUUUAUUGUUAAUUGUUGCAUUGAUCCACAUAUUGCGCGCUAGUACGUGCGUAUUUCAACAUAUUGUUUGAACUAAUAAUAAUUAUACUACUAUCAAAGUAUAAUAGUAAUAUUAAUUAAUUACGAAUAAUAAUAUUCGCAAUCACAAAGUUUUUUUUUUUUUAUAAUAAUAGUAUGAAUACGAGCCGACCAUGAGGCAUGAGUAUUAUGAUAGUGUAAAUAGUGUAAUAGUGUUACAAGGAUCCAUUAACAAAAAAAAAAAAAAACAACAAAAUUAAUAAAACGUUCAGCGAGACGGUUUUCUCCCCAGAGUAAAUCUCGUGUGUUUAAUAGUUUUGGUUUUGAUAAUAUUCGACAAUAUAAAUAGGGAAACGGUGUACACGAAACUACGAUAGUUUACCGUUAUACAAGAGAUGUCGUCCACGUGAUGAUAAUGUAGUAUAAAAUUAAUUUCGUUCGAAACGUGAGUUGUAGUCACGGAUAUAUUGAUCCGUAAAAACCAGCGUGUCGAUCGCGGCGGGGGCUCUAUAUUCUGUUAUCUUAUCAUAAUUUAUUUUUCUGAUAAUAACGACGAAUUCAUAGAAACAACUUGACAUUUGUAUCGUUCAUCAGUAAUAACAAUAAUAAUAAUAUCGCAGCAACGAUAAUUGAUAAAAUAUCACAACCGACUUUGUCGAAAAAGCGGCGUCAUCCAACCCGUAGCUUGUCUAUGCGUUAUGUAUUUUACAUGGUUGGCAAUCUGGUCUAUUAUCUGUAUCUGCGAUGACGGUUGUGCCAUCGUCACGGCAAUAAAACAAAACAACAGUGUGUAUCCCAUACCACGAUAGUUACUAUCACUCUCAACAGAUAGUAUAGCGUAUAGCUGUCAAUAUUUUAUUAUGUUUAUGGUAGUGUGAUAGUAGCUUUCGCGAUACUUCAAUAUACCUACCCAGUCACUAUUUCCUUGUUUACACGACACCAAUAGUUCGUGAUAGUCACUAUCGCAGUAUUGUGAAUUUCACUAAUAACGCGAUUACAGUGACAUUCACCGCGUGUACCUGCAGACUCUUAGACGGGCCGAUGACUUUUGAUCGGGUCGACGAGAAAAUCGAAAACACGUUAUCGUUCAAUAAAUCAGGGUUAGGUUUUAGCGCGAUUCUUUUUUUUUUUUUUUUUCACAUACACCCAAUAUAUUAUUUAUAUAUUAUUAUUAACACUAUAUAAAUUAUAGGAGUGACUGAGUAGACAAUGCAAACGAUACCAUUAUAUCAGGUGUAUAUUAUUAUACUAUACACAUUGCAUAUACAGUAUUCAUAUUUUCGCGUGGUCCAAAAUUCGCAUUUGCAUAUUAUAUGGCAGUCGACGAAAUUCUAUAGGUUCCGGGUGUAUCGCCGCUGAAUAUUGUAAUGCACACAAACGACCUUUUUACGAUACCAUAUGAAUAUAGUUCGGGAAUUACGUGGUCGUCGUCUCGUGUGGGCGUCCUGUGUAUACCUAUGUACGUAAAUACGUAUAGAAAUCACGGAUGGUAUGACGAAUCGCUUUUUUUUCGUAUCGAACCUCCGCUAUAAUGAAAUGUCAAUAUCCGCGUAACCGCAAAAAAAAUCGCGUGAAAAAAAAUAUAAUAUUAAUUAUACAUAGAGCAAAAUAAUAUAUUAUAACUACGUUACACAUUUGUUCAAUCAAAUUUUCCGUGACUCGUAAGUGUUUGCACAGUAUACCUACAGCUGGAAGACUUGUUGGGCGAUUUUACCUCGCCGUGCGUCAUGGACUGCAAGAUCGGCGUCAGGACGUACCUGGAAGAAGAACUGGCCAAAGCCAAAGAGAAGCCCAAGUUAAGAAAGGUCAGUAUAUAAUAAUAUAAUGAAAUAUGAGGACAGGAACAAAGGGUGUUAGACGCAUUAGACGAGCAUUAUCGAAUGGUAUUAUAUAAUUUACUAUUAAAACCCAAAAGGACAAAAACAAAUUCUGCCUAGGUUUAACAUAUUUGUAUACAUUAUAUAGACAGGGAGAAAUAGGAAUGGUAAAAUUUAAAAUCUAUAAAUUUGUAUAAUGCAAUAUGAGGACAUGCGUUAGAUUAGUAAUCAGAUGUAAUCAGGAGGGCACAAGUAGCACGCCUAAUCCCGUUGUCACAAAAUAUUUUUAUCGUAAUAUUUUCAUAUUCAUGUUACUUUAGUCUUUAUGGUAUAUGUGAGGUGCGUGUUUUCAGAUUCUGAAUGCAGUGAGGAGUGAAUGGGUUUUAUUAUGUGUUUUUAUUUAAAUUUGUUACCAACUUUUCCUGAGAAAUCUCAUGUUUUAAUCGCAAAAAUCAUAGUAUUUAACGUACUAUUUUUCGAUUAACUUGGACGAAACUUAUUUGGCCUUAUACAAACAAUUUAUAACCAAAAACCAAAAAAAUCCGGACAAAUAUAAUUUAUUUUUUAUUUAAAUAAAAAUGAAUACAAUUUUUAGUACGUUUAGAUUAUUGAAACACGAUUAAACUUCAUUCAGAAUCGUUGUUCGUUAGCUAUGAUAAUAUUAUUUUUGUGCACGGAUAUAAAUUAUGUUACCCAACAUAAUAUGUAUAUUUUCUUCGAAAUUUCUCACUUACAACACUGACCUAUCCAUGAUCAGUGUAUCUUAUACGAGGAUCGUAGAGAACAUGUACCUAUGAAACACCCAUAAUGUUCUGGCGUUUCUUCUGCCCUUUUCCUCACCCCCCCCACCACCCAUUUAGGAAACCUGGCUACGCCACUGGACUGUAAACAUAAACGAGAAAACAGUGACGACUAUUGUCGCUUGAUGCGGAGAACGAGAGCUGAUCUGACUCUGGGACUAUAAAAACAGAGGAUAAAAUUAUACUUAGUAUUAUUAUGUUAUUGUUGUUUAUUGUUUUACACAGGACAUGUACGAGAAAAUGAUUCAGAUCGACCAGAACGCGCCGUCGGAAGAAGAACAUCGGCUGAAGGGCGUGACAAAACCUAGGUAAGAAAAAAAAAAGAAACCAAUAAUAUUACACGUAUAACGUUUUGACGUUUUUUUUUCGUCUGAAUUUUUGCACUCUGUCGUGCACAAUAAUAUUCGAGCAAACCACAACGAUAGUUGAUUUAUUAUCAUUAUUAUUUAUCGGGAGCGUCGGGUCGGACACACGAAAAAAAUAUCGCGAAGUGGCCGUAAUAAUAUUUUAUACGUAUAUAUCGUAAUUUAUAGUAGCCGAACGAGUUUGUGCGUACGCGUAAUAAAACAUAUAUGUAUACAUUUUGUUACCGUCAGAGAAGAAAGAUUUCUAUAUGAUUUACUUGCGAGUAUACAGGGUGUUACGCUUAUUGCGGACGGUUGAUUUUCUCGGAGAAUAUCAAGUGAAAUUGAUUUCUGUUUUUUUUCUCAAUCAUAAUUGUUUCGUUUAGACUUAAUUUUGAAUUGUUUACCCCCGUAAACACUACACCUCGAAUGAGUAUAAUAUUAGACUUUCGAUUUUCAAAUAGCGACCUCAUUUUCGAAUACAGAUUUGAAUUGAGAGUUUGUUUCCAAAGAUUCUAAUAUGCAUUACAUUAAUAUCGGUUUUAUCGUUAACGAGUUAUAACAGUUUAAAGCUCAGACCGGAAUUAUAAGGGAGGAUUAUCGAUUUAUCGCGUAAACAUGGAUACGUAAUGAAUUACACUUUCUUACAACACUUUUAAUUUGUUAAAACUCAUAAACGGCAAAUCCGGUGUUAGUGUUAUAGGAAUACAAAUUUUUAGUCAAAUAUUCUCUAUUGCAGUCAGUGUGUCGAAAAGAGUGGUGACCGUUUUAAAAUCAAAAGCGCGCGCUCAUUUCCAGUACAAACAAGACUGCAGGGGUAAGAGAUACAAUACAAAACGGUUUUGAAAUAAAAUUUAAACGAUUCCGUAAUGACUGAUAAUAAAAAAACAGAAAUCAGAAAUGGAGUCCGCUUAAAAAAUAUCCCGAGAAAAUCGUAACAUAAGCGGAUCACUCUGUAUAGUCGUAAACGCCUUUUUUUUUCUGGCCGAUAAAAAUCGCAUCGUAAACCGAUCGAGUAUAUUAUACACUGUAUCGCGUACGUCUGCAGUAUUUAUAUAUUAUUAUAAACAGUAUUUGAUCGGCUCUUGAGUUAUAGCCGUAAUAAAAUUAACCGCGCAUAACGUAUGUCUCAAUCAUAUUACAAGUAGGUGUGCGAGCGAUUUUUUUUUCGCCCCGGAAAGACAUUUCGCGCGGAAGAACCGUCCAUUUCUUACAAUUUCUAACAGGUUGCGUAAUAAUUACGGCACGCGCAAUAAAAAAAAAAAAACAUAAUAAUAAUAAUAAAUAAAUUAAUAAUAAUAAUAAAAAAUUAAUAAUCGCGCAAAAGACCGUGUACCCGCAGUGAAAAUACUUAUUCAUACGUCUUGUCCUACCGUCCAUUUCUUACAAUUUCUAACAGGUUGCGUAAUAAUUACGGCACGCGCAAAAAAAAAAAAAAAAAAAAAAAACCGUUCGAUUAAUAUUAGCUAUUAUAUACUAACCAGCGGUACGAUCGAAGUUGUUUCCUUUCUUACCGACCCCCCUCCCCAUCUCAUUAACGUUUUCUUAUUGUACGCACGGCGAUUCUUUAGCGGUGCCAACCGGCUGGCGUUUACACGAAGUCUUCUGGUAAACGAUUGAUAUCGGUUUUUUUUUAUUUUUUUUUCAAAUCGUAUUAUUAUCACAUUAUAUUGUAGAACUGUUUGAACACAAUUCCAUUAUUCACAAUAUUUUAGACGUUUUACACGAACACAUAUUCCGGUCAAAUUGGACUUUUUACCGAAAUUAAACGGUCGAAAAAAAGAUUUCAAAACGCUAAUUUCUUUUCACACAUUCGGUCUUGGGGACAUCAUAACGUCAUAUGAAAAAUGGUUGACCAGUAAUAAAUUUUCAAUUAAUUUGUUAAUCCUGUUAACAGUAUUAUAACACGCGUUGUGUGUAAGAGAGAUUUUAAUAAAAUCGAAUAGUUUUUUAUCGGUGUUAAUGAUAAUUUAUUUAAAACAUGUAUUUUUUCGUUUUCGACUUGUUUUUUUGUAAAAUCAAUAUUUUCGUUCCCAUUUUUCAGACUUAGAACUGGCAAUGUAAUUUAAUAUUAGUGUGGUUAAAAAUAUCGGUUUUGCUGUAUUUUGUUUAGAAUUUUAAAAAAUGAUAUUAUUAAAAAUUAGUAAUUAAAUAUAGUAGGUAUAAAUGUGUAUGAUUAAAAAAAAUGUAUUAAUUAUCCGAUAAUAGCCGCACAUAGUCUAAUCGAGUAAUUUCGUUUGCUCGCGAUUCAUAAAUUUUAUCAUGUAUAUACAUAUAAUACAUGUUUAUUUGUUCAGCUAUUUUUUCGCUUUUUGUCCCCAGACUUCUCACUGAGAAGUUCUCAAGGUGUCAUACGUAUCACAUUGCAUGUUUUUUUUUUUUUUUUAAUGUUAAAUAAAUUCAAUAUGUUUGGGUGUGAUGAAUUGAAUGAACUGUUUAAUUUUUUAUGAAAUGAUUCACAAUUAUUUGUUGUCCAUGUCGUUGAGAAUACAAAUUCGGGCCAUAUCUAUGGUGAAAACUGCAUAGUUGGUUAAAUAUAUUUUUCAAAUAUGUAGACACCAAGUUGUUAUAUUAUCCUAUCAUCUUGUGGUUGCAAUAACAUUAUAUUGUACGCAAAACAAUCUUCAACCAUAUCAAAACUGAAAAAAAGAAAUUCAAAAAAUAAUUUUACGAAAUAACUCAUUAUUGUUGUUUUUAUAAGCUUUACUUAGGCUCAGCGGCUGUAUCAAUUGUAUCCUGUACCAAUUUUGAUGAAGGCGGAAUCUACACUUUUUACUUCAAUAGAAGGCCAAAUAUGUCUUGCUGUAUUGUGAAUUGCCUUUUCAAAAUCAGCAUACGACUGAUAGGACGGAAUUGUAAAUUAUUAUUUUUCGCAUUCUAAAACUAAACAUGAAAAGGAAAAUAUUGAUUUUACAAAAAAAAAUCUUUGACGUAAUUUACGUAUGAAUAAAAAAUAUUUAGCCAUAUAUUAUACAAAAUAUACCCGGGCCGCAAUUUGCAUAUAUAUGACUAUGACCUUUUUGGGGAGACGCGAUUUACCGACUACGUUGACCUUAUCCUUACGUAGAACGAAGAUUUCAACGGGUAAAAUGCUAAAAGGGCAUCUCGAAAAGCGUUGGUUAGACGAAAUUAAAUUGAACACGCGCGGAAAACGGAAAACAUCGAUUGUAAAGAAUAGUGUAUUGUUGAUAGAAAUAAACGGAAGGUAAUCGUGUCUACAGCUAUGUAUCGUAAUUACAAAAUGUUUAUAGAAAAGUAUAUCGUCUUAUCGAAUUCGAAUUUAUGUCACACAAAAAAUACUAAACACGAGGAAUGUAUUGGUUUUACAGUAAUGUUUAUUUUGUUUCUACAAUGGACAACUUUUUUACUAGCAAUUUUGUUCCAAUUUACAAUGAUAGCACUUUUUCCGAAAGAAAAUCUGGCCGGGGAGAUACAUUAGGGAGGUCAAAUUUUUAAAUUUUCCCAAGAGUUUUCCCGAUAAAUGGGAAAAACUUAGGAUAAACGAGAAAAUUGGUACAGUAUAAUAACGAAUAGUAUUCAAGAAUACAAAUAAUGUAAAUGUAAUUAUUUUACCAUAAUAUGACAUGUAUAUAUAUUGUUGAAGGACCAACGCUGUAAACCAAACUCCGCUCAUAAUCGUUUUUUCAUUAGCGUUUUAAUCAAGAAUCACGUGGUUUCUAAACUAUUUUUACAAUAUCACUCUGACACUUUUUUUCGUAAAUAUAGUUUAAUAUGGUGACGAAUUAAAGUAUUUAAACGCGGUAUUAUAAUAACAGUGACUUUUUGCUCUCGGUCACUCGUUGCACGACAAUAACGAAAUUAUACGGAAUAAUAACUGUGUGAAAUAUCGCGUGUGAGUAUAUACAAACGUGAAACUAUUAUUUGUAAAAAAUCCGGACAUAAAAAGGAAACACAGCCAAUAACAAAUUCGUUCGAAAUAUUCGUGGAUAAUCGGUACGGGUUCGACGGCUACAAUAUCAUAAUACAUAUAAAAUAGACUCGCCCUGUGUGCGCAUACGUAUAUUGAUACACCGUGUACAAUAUACGAAACCAGCGUGCGUAUACUCGAUUAACGUGUAAUUUCCCCGUCUCUACGGUGGUUUAUGAAAAAAAAAAAAAAAAAAAAAAAUGCACGAAGUAUGCGUGCUCGCGCACGUUUCUACGCGGACGAUAAAAAAAAAAAAAAAAAAAAAAAANAUCGUUCUUCUUCUCGCGAUUAUCACGUGAUAAAGACGUCUUGAGCGCGGUACACGGUAAUAGUAAUAAAAAAUUACACAACCGUUUUUAAUCGUGUAUGUUUGCAUCGAUCGACUUACCUAGCCGCGUAUGGUAUAGGUAUAUACACGAAACACGAAUACAACAACAAUUAAUAAUCGGUCGUACUGUUGACACUGACAAAUAACUUCAAGAGCAUUCGAUAUUGUUAUUAUAAUAAUAAUAUAAUAGGUACCGGACCGUGAGUCCGAUAUUAAUUGAUUAGUAUGAAAAAAAAAAAAAAAAAUGCACGAAGUAUGCGUGCUCGCGCACGUUUCUACGCGGACGAUAAAAAAAAAAAAAAACAAGAAUAAACAAACACGGACUUUGUUAUCGAAAACAACAAUCGGAUGUUACGUAUAUACGCUCGGACGCACAAAGUUUGAAUUGACGUAUAUUGCGUCGAUGUGUGUGUGUAUUGUCUGUAAAAUAACAUCGGACGUUUCUGUUUUCGUUUGCCGCGUUUUUUUAUUGCUACUAUAUUUUUUUACAGAUAUUACUCGUAUCUGUAUAAAAUUAUCGGUUAUGGGUAUUUUUCCGACGCCACGACGACGCUAGUACCACCUGACCUCGUGCGGUUCACGCAUAAUAGUUAGAUACAUAAUACUCUAGGUCUCAUUUAUCGCAGGCCCACGGGAAAACAAAACUGCGGGCACCCGCGAACACCGAUAUACUAGUCGGAGACGGUCGAUUGUUGCGUCCCGUUCGUAAAAACGAAAAAUCGAUUAGGUAUUGUAUGUCUAUUGCCCAUUGCAUUUGGAGAUUUUGUUUGUUUUUUUUUUUCUUACUCUCGUGUUUCGAUUGCGUACGGCGAUGUUAGAAGAUAUUGUAUGCGGAUUGGGAGAAAAAAAAUUAUACAUAAUAUUAUACGGUAUCGUUGUUUAUUAGUUAUUCCAAUUAACAAUGCAUAAUAAUUAAUCGUCGUGAUCAAAGAAUCUCUGAAAACUGUACAUAAUCGUGUUUUUAAUAAAAAAAAAAAAAAAAAAAACCCGAAAUUGUAAACAUACAAGUAUAUUAUUAUAAUUAGUGUAGUUUUUGUUAUUAUUGUUUUGUUUUUUUUGAAAUUGUAAAAAUUACAUUUAGAUAUUUAAAAUUUACAAUAGACAUUUUUUGAUAAGAGAUAAUUAUUAUUAGCAGUCAAGAUUUUUAAUUAUUAUGGUAUUAUUGAAAGGAAAACGUUUUGAGUGACAUUUAUUUUUUUUAAACACUCUAAACGUGAUAAUAUAACAUUAUUUCUUAAAUCGUUUAUUUUGUUUUUCGAUAAGCUCUUGUAUUCGCUAUACUUUUUUAUGCGUUUUAUCGAAAUUCAUUUCUAAUAUGUAUGAUUUUUUUUUAUAAUGAUAAAAAUCAACGGUUCUCACUUUCAACCAUCUACAAUAAUAUUGCCAAACGCAAUCGAAAUUCUCGAUUUUUUUUUUUUUUGGUACGUAAUGGGAUGCACAUCCGUUACAUUCGGACGCAAUCGAAACUCGAGAAGGGUUAAAUAAAUUAAAACGCCCAUAGGUAUGCGCUGCGGUCUUAACGAUCGUAUUUUAGUGCAUUAUGCGUAGUUCGGAUUUUGACCUUUUUAUUCAUUUUUACCUGAGUAUAUUAUGCCCGGUGAAAAUUCGUUUCUGUAGAGAAUUUUUUUUCUUCCCCGAGUUAAAUAUACACCGCUCGAACGUAAUUAUUAUAAACCGGCGGCGCAACGAACCUGCAGUUGACAUUUUCGGACCCCCGAAUAAAAACUACUGAUCAAAAAAACAAAUUGCCUUCUUCUUCCCAUAAUGGCUCUCCAAGAGUUCUUAAAACUCGUUUUAUUAAUGUCGAUAAUGAUCUCACUCGAUCAACUGUCGAGGUACGUGCUGUUGGAGUGCAAAUGUACGAAUAUUUUCGGUACUGAAGACGGUUCGGUUGCGAUUUUAAAUCUAUUAUUCCAAUUAACAAUAUUGUCUAAAGCAUUCGUAUCGUACAGAUAGUUUUUUGUCAACGUCAUUGUUUCCCAGUGUAUAAUAAGCGUGUGGCUCAAAAUAAAUUGUCGACGUAGAAAUACAUAGAUGGCGCGAAAAAACAAAUCCGAACGCGUUCUCGUAACUACAGUAAUAUCUAGUAUAUAAUUAGAACGUUUAUUUUAAAUUUUUAUAAAACUAUUUUUACAUUCUCAAUCAAAAACAUUAUAAUUCGAGAAUAGCGCAUAGUUAUUAUAACCCGGUUACCGGUUAGCGGGUUAUAAUAACUAUAGGCGUGUUAAGCCGAUAUGAUUUUGUUUUUUUUUUUUCUAUAUUUUCUAUAUUUCCUACCGAUAACUUGGUACAAAACCUAGAGUGUAAAUUCAAAAUUAAAAACCGCGAUCCGAUAUUGAAUUUAACGGCCUGUGUAUUGAAGUUAGGGACGCUUUUUGAACAGACUUCAAAAACGGAAAAGAAUUUUCCGAAUUUAUACACACAUAACCCAUGAAAUUUGACAUUCGUAAAUUUGUUGACGAUUUGUUUGUUCAUCUUCCAAUGACAUUAGCGGUUUUUUCUGCGAAAAUAUCGUUUGUAUACUCGAUAAUUGACAUUAAAUAUCGGUUGACGACGAUACUCACCACCAGUUUACACUACGACAAUAACGUUAAAGCGUUAGUGUAUUCUCAUUGUAUUGGAUACGUACGAUAAAGUAAUUAAAUGCACUUAUUACUGCACCAUAUUAGUAUAGGUAGGUCUAUACUUAUAGGUAUACAUUGUUCCAAUCGUCUAAUUAGGUGGAUAACUCAUUUAUGGAAAAUCAAUGAUUGUUUUUCCCGAGCAAACGAGACGAAAAUCUCCCGGACAUUUUGGUCAGUGUCUACGUCACUGUUUGUAUGGUAAUUAUUUUAUAAACGUUUCAACGAGCUUGUUACGACGAGAAAAUAACAGGUGCAAUAGAAUCAAACUGUCGAUUUACGUCUGUUUUGUUUUUCGUCGGACAAAUGAGAAACAAUGCGAUUUCGGUUAGAAUAUUAUUGGAUACACGUACAGCAACGUUAAAAAAAAAAAAAAAAAAUAAAACAAUCCAAACUACUAAUGACACAAUUCGUUAACGAAUCGUCUGUAUGGGUAUAACAUGCAGCUAAUGGUAUCGACUUUAAAUAAUAAUGCACCGGUAAUCGACUUGUUAAAAGAAAAUAAUAAUUAACCGAUCCUUAUUUUUUUUUUCUAUGGGCUCCGUUUAGACGAACAUAGAGCGCGUUUCGGCUGUCUUAUUGAUUUAUGCGUUAGACCGUGUACAUAUUAUAAUACGUGUUUAAUGAUAUUAUACUUACUUACAAAGGCGAGUUUUUAUACAUGUGUACAAGUUUUUUUUUUUCAAUCCUAAGAUUGCUGGUUAAACGACUACUGCGGUCCUCGCCCGUCCUCACUCUAUUCUCUGCAACAGUCCACCGCUACUAUUUUAAGGUCUUUGUACAUAAGUAUUCUUUGCUCUUAUCACCGUGUGUUCGUUUCGAUUUUUCCAUUAUACCAGCUGCGUGUGUAAUUUUACUCGAUAGUAUAUUUUGUAGCAGGAGUGACCAAACGGUCGAUCCCGGACGAUUUCAAUGUCGAUCUCGUUUUGUUAGAAUUUAUUUGUAUACAAUUGCCGUAGAUAAAUUACAAUUGCUGAGCAUUUCUAUCUUAUUAACUCAUUUGCUUAUCAAGUAAUACAUUUCAAGAGUUUUUAAGCAUUGAUCAUUUUUUUCUGGCUCAUUUCAUUUGCAAUACUAAAUUAAAAUCUUAAUAAAAGUCCAAUUAAAAACAUUAUUUAAUUAUACAUUACAUUUAUAUUUAUUAUUUUUAACUAUCCAUUUUUUUUUUUUUUAAUGGAAGUUGGUUUGCAAAGAAAAAAUAAACUGUUUGUAAACCUCUACCAAAAAAGUUCGAUCACCACUUUUAUACAGGGACAUGUUGUAUCCUACCAAAUUCGGCCACUGUUUUCCUACUCCUCCUCCGAAAAUAUCAAUCGAAAUCGACCAAAUGAUCAAAUAAGUUCGAGAAUUAGAGUUGUUUUAUAUUCGGGUUUUGGUGAUAACAUUUUGGUUUGUUUUCAAUACGAAUUUCACCGUGUUCGUGAGAAUUGAGAGGAUGGUAUUUUUUCAGCUUUGUAUUCUAUUUCGUAUAUGCACGGUGUAAAUAUUAAUAAUGUCUUUUGGGGGGUUUCAAUUAGUAACCUCUUCGCCAACCACUUUUAUGCUUAUAUUUCAUAUUUCCACAGAAUAUACCGGAUUCAAAUUUUUAAAUACUCUUACAGACCAAAAUACAAUACGCAUCUAUAACUUGUUUAGAUCAAUCAUAAAAAAUUAAUUAAAUAUUAAAAGUCACCUGGAGCAAGCAAUAUUCGACUAUAGUGAUGGAGCUCGCGGAUGGUCUUAUACAUAUAUUAUUAUAAUAUCGCAAAUUCAUAAUGUUGUAAUAUUUUGGGAAAUAUAAAUUAUUAAAACUUUACAAUAUUAUAAAAAUGAAAACAUUGUAUUGUUUGUAUAGUAUAAUCGAUUAAUCGUUGAACACUGAUAAAAGUCAUAGACAUUACGUUUUUUUGACGUUUAUUUAUCAAAAUUUAAAUCAACUUAAUUAUUAACAAUUAUUAAUUGCAGUCUCGGUUCAUGUACAAAUAAAUGUGUAAUAAAAUAUCUUUUAGCAGAAUAUGAAAUUUAUCGGUUAUAAACGAUUAGGAGGACGAUGAAAAUAUUUCCAAUCUUAAAUUUAAGGUGGUAAUUGAAACACCCUCGUUGCAAAUACGUCUCGUGAACGGUUUGUUUUUUUUUUUUUUUUGAACGUGCAUAUCGAAGCUAUAAACCUAUGACCUAUGACCCAGCUGUAUAUAUGUGAGUUUAGUCGAACGAUUUCGAAAUUAAUUUUAUUUGCUAGAUAACGUACAGAUAAUAUUCAUUACUCACCAUACGGAUAUUUUAAAACUAUCGAUUUUAUAGUAUUAUGACAAAUACUAUUAGGUAUUUAUAACGCGGUUGAGACAGAGACAGACGAUAAUUUUAUAAUAACUGUUCAAAUAUUAUUUGUCAAACGAAUCGAAUAUUAUAUCAUUGUUAUGUAUUCCCUACAAUAUUACAACCGUGGAAAUAAAACACUAACAUUACGGACUCUGAGCCGGUUACGCGAAAAGUAUUACACAUAAGUAAGUAUUUAAAACGUACAAAUGGUGAAGCGUAAUAAUAUUGUGAAGAAAUGUGUUUGCUGCAAUUUCGAACAUCGUCUUUAGAAUAUUAUUUAAUGUUCAGAGGCGCAUGAUAAUAAUAUUCCUCUUCCUACACCGCGUUAAGGAUAUUUGGAUUUUCGAUAUUAUAAAUGGCCUGUAAAAAUCGAAUGGUAUGUAGUUUUUUCGCGGCGGCGCUGCGUGGCGCGGUCUCAAACGAAAUUUCGUAUUUACAUACGGGAAAACGAGUUUCUUGACAUUUAUAAUAUUUAUAUUGUAUACAAAGAAUGCCAUCGAAAUUCGCGUUACGCAAUAUGUUGAUAAUGUCAAUAUUGUUUGUUGUUUACACAAAUUGGAAAAAAAUAACUCGUAUCGUUCGCGUUCGAAUUCAAAUAUUACAAAAGUGUUUGUAUAUAUAGAAAAAAAAAAAACCGAUCGACUCUUCGUCGUCUGUAUACGAAUAUCUAAGGAAUACUUUGUAUUUUUAUUUUUCUGUGUGUUUCGGUGGAUUUCGUUUAAGUAAACUAAAAAAUUGUUGGCAAAUAACGCGAUCGGAGGGGUAGGCGACUUUACCUGUAACGCACAUGUAUUCGUCGUGGUACACUCAAGUCGGGGGACGGUUCAAAACGGAUAACCGUAUAUACUUGAAUAAAAUCGAUUUCAAGGAGAAAACACCAAGCCUUUUACCCAAACCCGGUAAAACGUUUAUGAUCAUUGUGUAGCCCCGCGGCUGUAGAAGCUCCGGCUGCUACUAUCGCCGAGUUUCGAUAACCGCAAUAUUCGCAAUAACCUGUGUUCUCUCCUGCGAAUCAGUUACGCCAAGUAUCUCCAGUACUCCGUCCCAGUGGCGUGCUGAACAUUUUUCACACUUGAGGCAAAACAAACAAAAUAGAACACGCCCGUUCAAAACGUGGAUCUUUAUGGAUGCCCUACAAAUAAUUACAACAACAACUUUAUUUAGCUAUAUUGACUACGUACUAUAUGCUAUCAUAUCCGUAAGUAGGUGUAUUAAUAGUAUAAUGUACAAAACUAAACGCAUCUCUGAUCUCUGAACUAGUCAAUCUCAAUUAACAUUCAACAUAUUUGGUCAGCCACCCAUCCACACAUUUUAAUAAUGAGGCAAUUGUCACAAAAAACCUACUUCGGCACGUCACCGCUCCUUCUCCCCAUCUUUCGUUGGUCUGCCUCAGUGCCUUUUUCCUGUCGGUUGCCAUUCGAUCGAUGCCAUUACAAAUACGGUACCAUUGAUUUUUUUUUCUUUUCUCACUGUGUGUCCGAACCACUGAAUUCUCCGUCCGUAGCUGUACAUUGUUAUACUUAAACAAAGUUCUUUGACCAUUUCAACGUUUUUUUUUUCUUUUUAUGUCAACCAUUUAGUGCUUUAUCGAAUGACGGUCCACAUAUUGAUCUCAGUAAUUGUUUUCCAACAGUUGUUUUUUUUUUUUAUUUCUAUUCAAUUAGCGCUGUCGUAAGCCAUACUUCACAACUCAAUAAGUUAACGUGUGUCUUACGAUAUAGCUACGUAUAAACGUACACUAUUCCCGUAGAGAAUAUUUACUUUGAUUUAAAUUAUUUCAACGUUAAUAAUACAUUAUGAUUAAUAUUCGUUUUGCAUCGCUCGCAGGUAUAUGGUUUGGAGGGAGACGAUUUCGUCGACGGCCACGUUAGGCUUUCGGAUCGAGGGUAUCAAGAAGAGCGACGGCAAAUCGAGUAAGGACUUCAAAACGACCAAAACCCGGGAUCAAGUGAUCGAAGCGUUCCGAGACUUUGUCGCAGGUUUCCCGCACGUCAUUGUGAGUAUACCCGCCUGUCGUUGUUUUAGUCGUGUACUUAGGCCAUCACCGCAUGUCGUUUCGAUAACAUUCCGUUUUGACUUUUCGCAGCCCAAGUACAUCAGCAGAUUGCGGGCUAUCCGGGACACGCUAAUGGAAUCCAAGUUUUUCACCACUCACGAGGUUUGUAUAAUACACCUGUCAUGGUUAUUAUGUGCGAAUAAAUAAUCUCAAAAUUAAAAAAAAAAUAAAGUACGAAAUGUUAUUCUUCCUAGUGACGAGUUGUGUGUGGUAAACACCAGUCUCGGGUUCCAGUGUCGUCUUUUUCAAUAUAUUAUCCCUAAAUAAUCUCACCUAAAAUAACGUUUUACCGUAGAAAUUAUUUUUUUCUGUUUAAAUCGAAUUUUAGUAAAAUUAAAUUGAUCCCCUACACUCGAUUUCUAUUAGAAAUACGAUAAAAAUAUUAACAUUUUUAUUAUUCAAUAAAACUUUUGUUAAAAAAUAAAUAUUAUUAUUAUUGAUCCUAAUAAAGGGAUUGGUUUCGUUUUAGAAGUGAUUUUUAUAGGAGAAAUUUCGACCGCGGUCACCGUAAAAAUCUAAACAUCUAGACACGGUCGCAGUCCUGCGGUAAGACGAGAUGUUAUUUUUAUAUUUCUCUAUAGUUCUACACGUUUCGGAAACUCGUUUUCUUUUUUUUUCUCAAUAUAAAUUUCCUCGGCACUACACGCUGUACGAGUGGUAUUUUCUAUUCAAUUAAUCGGUCUAUGAAGAAGACUGGUCGUAAAAAAAAAAAAAAAAAUAAAUAUUCUACCGACUUUAUAGAAAAUCAGCGGACAGUUAUUACACAACGCACUGCUGUGACCUUAAAAGAUAAACGAUCUUUACACUCGACGCCUACCACUAGAAUCCAUUACCGAAACGUAUUAUAAUAAUAUCAUAUAGCGUACGAGUUUUGUCGGGUUCCCUCCCCCCCACGGUCCAUCGAGACGGGGGCGUUAAUCCUCCCAAAUCAAUCCGUAAUAUACAUAUAUAUAUAUAUAAAAUACGGUAUCGAUAACGACGACGGCGGUGUUAUUUGUACGUUAAUAAUAAUUUCGUAAAUAAAGAAAAUCGGCCCGUGUUCGUUGUCCGCGCAACCGUCGCAAUCGUCCGCAUCUCCGGCAAACGCGACGGCGAACUGGAUUUUACGGUGGAGAACAAAAAAAAAAAAAGAUAAAUACGAAUCGCGCGAGGAAGGAAACCGAGAAAAAACAUAAACGAAAACGUUUCGCUGCGGCGAGUGACAUUGCGCGGAGACUUUUCUCGCGCGCACGUGUCGCGACACACGGAUCCGUCGGAUCCGAUGCGCACGCGUCGACGUCACCGGCGCCCCGUGUAAUAUCCGAAACGUCGCGACACGCCCGUAAAACGUAAUAUUUCAUCCGGGUAAACAGCGGCGAAACGAAUGUGUCUGUACGGUCGUUAUGCGCAGAGAAGAAAUCGGCGUCAUGACGCGCGCAACGAGGAAAACGCACUGCGCGCCGUCGUUAUUGUUUGUUAUCGCUACUUUGUUUUCCGAUUUUAAUUGACGUUUCGCAAUUCACGUCCGUGUUUGUUAAUAUCGCGUCAACGCCAAACAACAGUCGUUACCGUUGUCGUUUAAAAUCCGCGGUGCGCGAUGCCCUUUUUCGGACCGCGUUAUCAUAACGCGGCGUCCCACGGCGACAAUAACAUUACGACGCGAUAACAACGGCGGGCGCAGUGUUCGCGUAAGGCAGCGGUUCUCAACCGGGGGUCCGCGGACCCCUAGGGGUCCCCGAGAAGGUAUUAGGGGGUCCCCGGAAAAAAAAGCGAAAUGGCGGAAAAAUUGAAAUUUGUUGUAAUUAAUUGAAAUUACUCGCGAAACCAGUUGUGAAAUAUUUUAAAUGAUGUAAAUAGGUUUUUCGUAACUUAUACGGUUUAGUAUAAGCGUAUUUCAUCAGAUGCCUGAUUUCAAAAAGUUAAGUGCUAGCAAACAAUCUCAAGGAUNUGUGCUUACAAAGCAUUCAAUGUUUUACUACCGUUUACGAGCUCUGUAUUAGUGGAGAGAGCCUUUUUGUCAUACACAUGUAUUAAAAAUAAGUACCGCAAUAGACUCUCGGUUUGUUCAGACUUACGAGUUUAUUUAUCAUCCGUGGAGCCAGAUUUCAAAAAAUUAAGUGCUAGCAAACAAUCUCAAGGAUCACAUUAAAAUUACAUUUUUAACUCAAUAUUAUUUUUAUAUAUACAAUGUAUUGCGCAUGUUGAUCAAAAUAAAUCAAGUUUUUCAUUAUUAAACUUAUUUCGUUAAUUCGUAUCUAUUUUAUGUGAAAAUAUAUGAAAAAUUGGCAUUUGGGGGUCCGUAAAGUAGUAGUGAGUGGUCAAGGGGUGCGUGAAUGAACCGCUGGCGUAAGGGGACGCUGCGCACUCGUUUGCCGCGGCAUAAACGCACGGCGUCGUUACGUCGCGCUUACGCAGACUGCACAAAAGAAGUCGUUCGGUUUCGGUUUUAGGGCACGGCCACGCGGGUUUCCCAAGAGAACUUGGACGAGAGUAUCGCGUUCGUCCGUGAAAUUGUUGCCGUUCGACAUAUCGACAGUGAGAUUGCCUAUGCAAAACCCCUUAAACGAUCACAGUCGCGAUUUUUUAUGGCUCGUCCGUUUGGCGUUCGAAAAACCAUAUUACGGAUGCGCAAUACAGAAGUGUGCUGUUAAUAACAAACCGGAACUUUUUUAUUUGCAAAAUAAAAAAAAAACAAAACAAAAAGUAAAAGAGGACCCUCGAGACGGACUGUAUAGGAACUUAAACGAACUCGGACAGAACGUUACAUAAGAACGGUCUCUGUCAAGCCAUAUUUUUUUUAGUGAACAUCUACUGCGUGUCCGUCCUCCUUCCUUAUAAAAAAAAAAAAAAGCUCCGCGAUCAGAUAGACCGAACCUUACUCUUGACUUUUGAAUUUUUCCCAUUUAUUCAACCCCUCUCCACCAUCACUGAGAUUAUUUUCUCUAUAAAACCUAAUUUUUUGUUACAAAACUUACUCCCUCAAUUAUUUACCGUUUAUUUUCUAAUGGACACGCGGUAAGUGAAAUCUCGUUUCACUGGAUGUCCAAUAGACUUUAAUUUAUAUCGAUUUAGACACCGCCAUUUCGGAACACUUCUGUGAAAAAUGCGAAGGUUUUUAUUAAUUAUAUACCGUCACUUUAUCGCUGUAUACUUCCGACGAACUCCGCUUAAAAUCGUUUCCGUUUACAACGAUAACUAGAAAACAAACCACGACAGUACCAUCUGAAAUUUAUCUAUAGUCGAUAAUAAUUAUAUGAUGGAGCUGUGCUAAAACAUAACGAUAUAGUAACGAGUUUUUUUGUUUUUUCGUCCACAGGUGAUAGGCAGUUCGCUGCUGUUCGUGCACGACAGCAAGAGCGCCAACAUUUGGCUGAUUGACUUCGCCAAGACGCUGAUACUGCCGCAGGACACCAAGAUCAACCACACUUCGGAAUGGGUGGUGGGCAACCACGAGGACGGUUACCUGAUCGGCAUCAACAAUCUGCUGGACAUAUUCACCGAGAUGAACGCCGCGACCGCGUUCCCGGUCACGCUCAUCGAAGUCACAGCCCCGUCCGAAGUCGCAUGAAGCUCUUCCACCGUUGCCGUCGUCGUUGUCGCCGUUGUCGUCGUCGUUCCCCGCCCGAUCGCCGCUGCACACCGGCAAUAAUAUUAUUAUAACAAACGUUUCCGAAACGAUGCAUAGAAAAAGGAAUAAAAAAUUACGCACCUGUAUAAAUGUUAUGUGCGCGAACGCGACUUAAUGCCCUGACCGCACAAACGUAAUAACGUAGUUUUACGGUUUCGACAGACGGAAAUCAAAAAGAAAUUAAAAUACAAAUUUUCAAAAAAAAAAAAAAAAAUUUAUUACUCUAACCAGCGGCGUGUGUUUCGAUAUUUCGAUUAGUUUUUUUUUUUUUUAUUUCCCCCCACCCCUCUCGCGGGUAUAGCGGGAUAUUACGAAUAAAUAUUAUAUGGUAUUAUAUUUUGCCAUCAGUAUUAAAAACAGUGAUGAAAUAUUUGAAUAUUUUUUGAAAAACGACGGUCUAGACGGCGAAUUCGACUAUAACACCGCGGUGUCGUUUUGUAACGUAAACCGCCGUACGUAAUCGGUGUCGUUAAAAUCGUAGAAAUUCAAAAAAAAAAAACAAAAAAUUUAAAAAAAAAUGUAACGCGACAUGUAAUGUACUAUGUUAUACACGAUUCUCAAACGCAAUCCGUCACGGAGCGCGUGUCGGCCACCGACUCUUGCAUAGAAUUCGCGCGGAAAUCAUACGUUCUCGCGCGGGUCGUCCACCUCCCCCAUCCACCACCCACCGCGGGUACGCGGCGCGUCGCGCGCGGACUCCGGGCGGCGACGACGGGCCGGACCGCAGGCGGACGGACGGCGGAAGCGUACGCGUGAACCGGACCGCGGCCGCGACGAAUUCGCGAGGACGCGCCGAAACGAACGGACGCCGUCCGCCGUCUUCGCGGCGGGCCCGACAACCUCGGCCGCGCACUGCGUUCCGCCGGCCGUUCCCGCCGGGUCACCGAUCCGCUAGCCGGCCGUCGCGGCGCGCCGCGGAAACCGUAAAUGCCGAAAAGAUGCCGGUGUCGAUCGCGCUAAUAUUACGAUGUAUUUUUAUUAUUAUUAUUAUUAUUAUUAUUAUUAUUAUUAUCGAUCGUUCCGGCUGCGGCGGCGGUCGUCGCGUCGUUGUUACGGGCGGUUUUCGACGUUUCGUCGUUUCAUUAUUCUUAUCAUCAUUAUUAUUAUUAUUAUUAUUAUUAUUAUUAUUAUUAUUUUAUCGAUAUAUUAUUAUAUUUUGCGAUUAUCAUUAAUUAUCGUUAAUUAUUAUCACUAAUUCCCCCCUUCCCGAAACCGUUUAUAAAAACGCACGGACAUCGUUUUACUUUGUCGACGCCCGGACGACAAUUAUCAUUAACAAUCUCGUUUCGUUCGGCGCGGACGAGAUGUGUGUGUGUGUAUGUUUUUUUUUUUUGUAUCAUUUAUUAUUUUUUAGCUCCGUGUGAAAUAAUUUUCGAUUUUGUCGCGUACGCGUAUAAAGGAUUCCGUUUCGAUUCGAUUUUUUUGUUUUUUUUUUUUUUUGUCGUCCCCUUGUACAGAAUAUUAAUUAUAAAUAAUAAGACUUGUGAAGUAAACCCUUAAUAUUGUUAUAUGAUUUUUUUUUUUUUUUUUUUUAUUUCACUUCGCACAUGUGUACAUAAUAAAUCGUUAUCGCCUAUUUUUCUACCCGUUGUUUUUUGUUUUUUUUUUUUUCGUUUCAUGUUUCCGUAUAUAUAUUUCUUAUCGAUUUUGUGUACGAAUGAAAACACAUCAUUACAGUUAUAGGAAAGACAAUGUUUGUAUACGCUUCUUAUAAAAGUACACGCUUCUUAGCAGUAGUUGUACAGUAGGCGCAGCUAGUUCACCGACCAUAAUCAAUAAAUAACAGUAUAGGUUAAGAAUAACCUGCUAUGAUAAUUGAUAAUUUGAUUACAUUAUAAUAUCACAUUUACUGUUUAAAUAUUCAAAAUUAUACAGUUUUCUUGACAAAAUAAAUAUAAGAUAUAAGAUGUAAGGUAUAAUAAAAAAAAAAAUAUUAUAUUUUUUUUUUUUUAUGUCUAGAUAUAUUAUGCUUAUUUAUUAUCUUAGAUAAUAUAAUAUUAUAAAUGUGUAUUAUCGUUAUCUCUGUAUCAAAGCGAUUUCAAAGCAUUUAUCCUUAUCUUUAUCUUUAUCUAGAUAAAUUGUAACUAUCCGUGUCUCAACACUGGUCCCCGGAGAAGGGGGGAGGGCAGCUAUGCACCCGAAAUCCUCUGUGUACGACAUUUAUAAUAAGCAACUAUAUAUUUCGCGUAUUAUAUAAAUUUUUUAACUUUAUUUGUUAUACAUAUAAAUGCAUUGUAUGAAGGUUAUUUGUAUUUUGUUGCGCGUAUUAAUUACGAAACAAUUACAGAAAAAAAAUAUUCAACUAUAAAAAUUAUACAACGGGUAUUUUUGGGGGUUGUAUUUUUAAAAUCGGGGGUGCUUAAGACCCCCUAGCACCCCAUAGUUGCACCUAUUAAUCUGUUUCAGAAGAGUAUUCUACUACUAUGGAACUUACGAAUGAUUUUUCAUAGAUAUUAAUUUCCUGAUGGGAAUUGUAACAAUCGGGCUUCCACGUGAGUCCCUCUCAGUAAGACCCAGUAACCGUCUGGUAUUAAAAUAAUAAAAAAAAUAAAAAAC